AUGCUGGCUACCAAAGCGAUAGGAGCAGGAAAUCCACAGCUACUAGACAUCUCUAAUGUCAAAAACAUAUCAAAGGCAGGUAAGAGGCUCUUAUCAAACCUUUUUAUGAAUAGCAAUGCCCUAUCUAGUACAUGAUAUCAUUACCAAGGCUGUGGGGCAAAGGUAGCAGACACAGGGAUGUGGGGAUUAGUUAACAUAGUUUGCGUCAACUUGGUCAGUGGAGAAUGCUGCACAUUGCCUGCUGGGAAAAACCUCUGUUCUGUAACUCCUUCUGUAUGCAGUUUCUAGUGAGAUUAGACAUUGUGAUGCAAAGUAUGCGCUGAUCUCAAGAUGCAGAAUGAGCUAUUUAAUGAUGCCCAGCAUGUUUCAGCUAGAUGAGGUAUUGCUCUAGGAAUUACAAAAAGGAAAGGGGACAACCUACUCUUUCUUCAGUACAUUCAGAUUGGUUCUCUCUUUUUUUUGUCUACUCCAGUUGAUGCAUCCCAUUUUUUGUGUGUGUUGAAAGUACAAGUUGUCAGCUAACUGCAUUUCUUAAAUGUCGUACUUACUAAAGUACCUUAGAAAUAAAACUGUUAGCCGCCAGUGAUAUUUAUUUAUUAAGGACGUUUUUAUUUUUAUGUUUUUCAAAAAUUUUAUUGAUUUUCCAAAGAAUUUUUUAAACAAACAAACAAGCAAACAUCUCAGCUGUAUUUAAACCAAGCUUAAUAACAUUGUUAAGUGACUUCCUCGUAUCCCCCUGGUUGAAUUUCAGUGUAUAUCAUUUUAACGGUUUUCCAAAAACCCUAUUCUUAUAAAGUUAACUUAAUCACUUAACAUCAUUAUAUUUUCCAUUCCAAUUCAGUAUUAAACAUAUUAAUUCAUCUCAUUACCUAUUAUGUCCUAAGCCUAUCUGUUAUUUGCAAGCUUCUCCAAUUAAUUUAACUUAGCAUAUUUAACUAAAUAGUCUUUAAAUUUCAUCCUUUCUUCCUGAUAGUCCUCCUCCUUCUGGUCACAGACUCUUCCAGUCAGGUCGGCUAGCUCCGAGAAGUCCAUCAUCUUCAUCUGCCAAUCUUCCACUGUUGGUACUUCUUGUGUUUUCCAAUUCUUAUCUAAUAAAAUUCGAGCAGCAGUCAUGGCAUACAAAAAUAAUUUAACAUCUUUCUUGGGCAAUUCCAGACCUGUUAUUCCAAGAAGAAAGGCCUCUGGUUUCUUACUAAAUGUAUAUUUCAACAUUUUUUUCUUCUCCCAGAAGUCUUUCACCUUGGGGCAGGUCCACCACAUGUGAUAAAAAGUACCCUCUUUAUCUUUACAUUUCCAACAUAAGUUAUCACUGUUAUGGUAAAUCUUUGCUAAUUUUGUAAGAGUCAAAUACCACCUAUACAUCAUUUUCAUUAUAUUUUCCUUUAACACUGUAUGCCACUCCAACAAUAAAUUACACAUUUUAGACAAAUUUUUAACUUUAGAAUCCAACAGCUCCCUUUCCAACUUAGAUUUUUCUGAGGCAAAACCAUUUUUCUUAUCUAAUUUGUAUAGUUCAUUAAUUUGGUGAUAAUGUAGCCAAUAUUAAGGACAUUUUUAAACCUCCCUUCAUCAAUUAAUCCCAGAUUGGACUAAAACAGCAAUUAAAGCAACAACUGUAACAAAAUACGAGCAGGCCAUGAUGGGAGGGGUAUAAAUAAAUUAUUAUUAUUAUUAUUAUUAUUAUUACAAAUAAAAUAUGUAAUAAACAUUCCAGCAUACCAAUUGCAGCAGCAGACUGAUGUUCCACAAGUCUCUGGGCAAACAGAUUUUAACGUGGCACUUAAAUGUCAGCCAUGUCCAUGCCAGGCUUACUUCCAGGGAGAAGGUAGGUCAUAACUGAGGUGCUACCACCAAGAAGGCCUUACCUUGUGUCAUCACCCUAGUGCUGGAACAAUGAAAAAGCCUCCCCUUGAUCUAAGCACCCAGGCAGGCUGCCAAGGUGAAGUGGAAUUUCACAUACCUGGUCCCUCAAGUGAUUUCAGAGGGCUUUAUAAGACUGUCAUCUUAAAUUUAGCCUAGAAAUGAUUAGGUCAUCCAGUGAUGACCUUUCGGGAUUAGUGUUCAGGAUCCUUGAUGUCUGUCUCCAUUAUCUUGCUUUGGCAUACUGUACUAACUCUAAUUUCCAGAUUGUCUUUAAAGGCAGCCCCAUGUAGAGGGCAAUAUCCAAAUGAUCAAAUAAUACAGACACUAGUAUAACUGUUUAAAAAGAUGAAUGCCAUUAGAAAAGAAUGGUUCAGAAGAAUGGUAAUUUGUUAUUCGUUUUUCUGGCUUGAAUGUCGCUAUGAAUGCAUUACUAAUAUGCUAAGGCAUAACAACCUAGCAGUUCCUGCCAACCUAGCAGUUUGAAAGCACGUCAAAGUGCAAGUAGAUAAAUAGGUACCACUCCAGCGGGAAGGUAAAGGGCAUUUCUGUGCGCUGCUGGUUACACCAGAAGCGGCUUAGUCAUGCUGGCCACAUGACCCGGAAAAACUGUCUACGGACAAAAUGCCGGCUCCCUCGGCUAGUAAAGCGAGAUGAGUGCCGCAACCCUAGAGUCAUUCACUGCUGGACUUAACAGUCACGGGUCCCUUUACCCUUUAACCCUGUAUGUUUAAUGAAAGUUGAAUGAAUUGCAGUGGGAACCUGCAGAUUAUGAAACUGGGGUGUGUGCCCUGUCCCUGUUUCCAAUAAAAUAAAAGUGCAGAUAGAGACACAGUAUGGUAGACGUAGUUUUGAACAAAUUUUCAGGCCCUUGAGGUAAAACACCUUAAGAAUGCAGCAAAUUUGUUAUCAGAGCUUAUUAUUUCCCUGAUAGAAUGUCUCCUGUGCCCUCAUUAAAAGAUAGCAUAGUCUUGCAUUCAUAAGCAUAAUCAUUAGGGAUACUGACAGUCAACUCAAAACAUGAGGUUGUCCAUGACAUUACUACAAACCUACAAAAAUCAUUGUGAGGUUGGGGUCAAUGUGUCUUCCUAGGUGAACUAGGAUGGAAGGGUAGAGAUCAUACUUGCAGCUCCUGUGUGUUUCUGAAACCUACUGAACACAACAGCGUGGAUCCUAUUCUGCCCCUUCGCUAUGUCCAAACUUGGGAGGGAGAUUGGAACUUGUCACAGUCACCAGGAUAAGGGGGCCGGGGAGGUUUUUCACCAUGCUGAGUAAAAUUGCAGACUUGAGAAAUAACAUCCUAUGUAUACUUCUAAAAGGGCUGCAUUCUCUUGUUUCCCAUUUUCUGAAAAGACAGCUUAUGAUAUGUUUUCUUUCUAGGCAGCUACUGGGAAAAGUUUUGGGAAAAACGACUUCCGGGCUGCUUUGGAAAAUGGAGUCCUCCUGUGUGAGUAAGUAUUUUUGACAAGAAAAGGCUAGCAUUUAUCUGUAAAGCUUUUUAAAGCUGUUGAUCAUCUAUUGAUGGGUGCAACAGCAGAAGCAGUUCUGCUCUUCUCAGGCUUACAAGACUUCUUAGUAUUUUGCUUUGUCUUCCAGGAUGCCUUGCGCACCCCAUGGCUAACAUGAAAAAUGUUUAAUUGCAACUGAAAAUAUAAUUGUGUGCGCUCUUGGGUGUUUUAUUUAAUGCAUUUCUCUUCUAUACUUUGUUUGAUGCAUAUAAAACUAAACAUUAACCACCUCCAACAGAGGCAAUUUUGGUAUAAAUCUACCCAGUUCUAUUAUUCCCAUGCAUAAUGUAACACAGUCCUCCUCUUCAGCCAAGUGAUGUCAAAAAAAUCUGCAGAGAAGGUGGGUUGCAUUAACACCAAUUCUGAGGAUCGUUGAGUUCAGAGGUUAGGAGCCUGUGGCCGUCCAGAUGUUGAUGGACUGCAGCUUCCAGAAUCCCUGGCAAUUGGUCACAUUGGCUGGGGCUGAUGGGCAUCCAACAACAUCUGGAAGGUGCGGUUGUGUUUUUCAAUAUGCAAUAUGUAUCAUGUGUUUCCCCAUACGUCCAUACCACCCCGAUUCCAACAUAAGUUGUGACUUGGUAAGAGAAAGAAAUACACAUGAGCAUUCAUUUGUAUUUUCUCUCAAAAUAUGCAUUUUAAAUAUAUAUAUAUUUUUAAAAACUGAGAACUGUUUUGGAACAUUUGGAAAGUGUGUUCGUCAGUGGAGAACCCCAAGUUCUUACCUGUACAUUAGCCUGGGAGGUGUGAAUCAGGUCAGUUUCUGAGGAGAGGGAGCUUUCUCUUCCUGGCUUCUCUUACAUAUUAUCUAGCAAAAGGAUACCCCAAAAGUGUUAGUAUUUGGGAGUGUUAUGGUACCAUUUUCCCAGUGCCCCAACCUUUUUAAACAUCAGCAUGGGCACUUCUCCCUCUCUGCCACAUGUUUAAUAAGUAGUUGUGGUUUUUGGAAAGGUUUAAAACUCCUACCAGGUACCCUUUUCAAAGAUAUAUUUUCCUAGUGCUUUUGUCAUAUUUGGCAAUAGAAAUGUGAAAAUAUCUGGCAUUUGGCAGAUGGGACUGCCCCCGUUUUUGAAGCUUCCCUUCAUUCAUACUAAUGAGCACCCACUUGCAAUCAAGAGAGAUCGUGGAUGAUAGCCUUUAGAAAUGAAAUUCUUUCUGAGAAAGCUGCAAAGCUGCACUGCUGCAACUUGUUUAAUUCUAUGGUUAGGGUUUAUAGAUCCUUCACUUUAUGUUCUCCCCUCCACUUAUUCUCAGGUGUUUGUGAGCAAACUGAGAAAAAAUGUUUUUACCUGUUGGCAUGCUGUUGUAUAUAAAUGGAAGACCUUCAAUUAUGGUGAUCUAGGCUACCAGGCUUGUGGGAGACAGAGCUGUUACUGUUUCUGAAGUUUUAUUUUGCUUCAGAUACUGUAUUUAUAGGCAAUUUUUCAACUUUGUCAUAAUGAAUCUUCCUAAAUUAAGACCUUUGGCGUCCAUGCCUCAUUCCUGGUGGGGCUGGUUCACACAUACAGCUCACCACCUGACAACCAUCACAUCAAGUGAUGACAUGCAUGUGUGAUUUAUCUUAACGCCUUUCAGUAGAGUUAGUCCACAAAACCCUGGCAAGUAAGCAGUUGUGAGCUACUUGCCUGUGUGAACCACUCUGUUAGGACUGUCAAAAUUGGAGGCAGGAUAUUGAUUGAGUUCUGCCUUGUUAAAAAUCUGCUUUGGGGAGACUUGGGUGCUGCCUGUUCACAUAACACUGUGUAACUGUAGCUGCUGCCAGCUGGACUAAGCCCAGUGUUCAUUUCAGCUCCAGUUUCGUAUGCUGAACUGGCCGAGCUAUAGCUGGACCUGCUUUUUAAGUGUGUGAUGAAUCUCCUGGUUGUGUAAAUUGGCUGUGAUGCAUAUGCUACAAGAGGGUGCUGAACAACUUUGUCCCAAGUCACAUUUGUUUGUCCUCUGUAGUAAUGGGAGUGAUGACUAAUACUUUCCCCCCUCUGCUUCAUAGCUAAGUGUAGUCUAUCUUACAUGGGUGGUGUCUGGGUAAGGGAACUGGCCCUUGCUUGGUCAGUACAACUUUUCUAAUUGAGGAGCACAAGAGUUUCCCAGAAGCUUAUUAGAGGCUUUUCCCAAUGAAUUGAAAUUCGUUAAUUCCCAAAAUUGAAAGUGUUGCAUAAGCCUCUCUAGAAGACAACCCCACCCGUCCCUUUCACUAGUCUCUUCUUACAACGUGAUGGUUGCAUUCUCUGUGCAGUUGAAGCUGUGGUGAGGCCAGCAAAAGGUCUGGCCACCAGUUCUUGUGAACCAUGAGCUCUAAGACACUCCCAAACUCUCGCAAUGCACAGGGGGGGAUUCCUUGGCAGGUAAGUCCAAGGGUUCCCUGAAGGUAGAAAGUUUGAAACAACUUUUUUUAAAAAAUAGUAGGUUGCACAAAACAAAACAGAAAAGAUUCUUGUCUAUGCAUGCAACUUCAUGGUACGAACAGCAGUAUUUUGUGUAACUAUUUGUUUGGCACUUAUUUUCCCAUGCUUAAAGAUUUCUGUUUCUUUGCUUUACAUUUCCCAGUCUGUUGAUACUUACGUGUACACAUGCAUAAGUUAUAUUUUUUUAUCAGCAGAAAAGCUGAGGCAAAGGCAGUUGUCAUCUGUUUAAUUGAUUCGUAUCAUUUAAAUAAGAGGAGCAGUACUUUGUAAUUUUAAUGCUUAUGUUUAGCCCUAGAGUAAAAUUGCAUUAUAAAACCUGGUUAACUCUCAUUCUUUUGUAGUCUAAUUAACAAGAUCAAACCUGGCAUCAUUAGAAAGAUUAAUCGUCUGUCAACACCAAUAGCUGGGCUGGUAAGUCAUAAAGUAUAUUUUUGCAUUGUCAGUUUUGCUUUCUGGAUUCUGUUUAUUCAAAUUAGCAUUGGCAAAUUGGAUUUUUAGAGGUGAUAUUAAUAUAAGGUUUGGGUGCAGUACUGGCCAUUGUGUGCCCUCACAUCAGCCCCAGUAUGGCAGGAGGUCAGGGAUGAUGGGAAUUGUAGUCCAACAACAUCUGGCUUCCCCCUUGUUGUUUGCAUGUUACAGUAUAGACUUGCUAGAUGUUCACAACAUGUUCUUAAUGUAUUGAUAUUGGUAAAGCUAUGCCAAGCCUAGUAAUGUACAGCAGUAUUUUCCUUGAAUUGGGUUUCAUCUCAUUCUUCAUACCAACACAAUUACUAAGCAUUACUAAUGUUGCCUUUAAAAGGACAGUCUUUUCUCUCUCUUUACUUCCUGCCUCCAUAUGCAACAUCUGGGUCAAGUUUUAAAGUAACUUAUCCAGUGUUUUAUUCACUCCCACCAUGAUCCCCUAUCUUUCCUCCAAUGACGGUAUUCAUUUAAAUUUAACAAACUCUCCUGCCAUUGCUAAGCAAAUAAAUUAUAUUUGAAACAGCAGAUUAGUUUGUUUCAUUUAACCAUUUGAAACAGAAAAUGUAUUUUUAAUAGGGAUAAACAACUUCAAGUCUAGGGGCUCUUAACACUUCCUAUGUUGGCUAUUCCCCUCCCCCCCAUACAGGUAAAUAUCUUUUUACACCACAUUCCCUUGCCCAGUGAGUCAACAUUUAACAUUUAACCCUUUCAUAGCAGGAAGAGUGGUAAGGUAAAGGUAAAGGGACCCCUGACCAUUAGGUCCAGUCGUGGCCAACUCUGGGGUUGCGGCGCUCAUCUCGCUUUAUUGGUCGAGGGAGCCAGCGUACAGCUUCCGGGUCAUGUGGCCAGCAUGACUAAGCCGCUUCUGGCGAACCAGAGCAGCGCACAGAAACACCGUUUACCUUCCCGCCGGAGCGGUACCUAUUUAUCUACUUGCACUUUGACAUGCUUUCGAACUGCUAAGUUGGCAGGAUCAGGGACUGAGCAAUGGGAGCUCACCCCGUUGUGGGGAAGAGUGAUACUGAACCAAAAUAGACAUUUUAUGGCAGAUUACCACUGAAGAAACGGUAAAAUUGCUCCUCAUCCAAUCUGUGUAGCUGUUAUUCAAAUGCUUGUUCCCUAUGGCUGCUGCUUACCAAAGAAAAUCAAGUUGGGGCAGAUCUAUCGUGGAUGUCUAUGCAGCAUCUAGCGUGGUCCUCAGAAGAUGAGGAGAACUGGAGAGCAGCUUUAUUGCUGAUGGCAUAAGUGCAGUGCGGGGGCUGGAAUCAGAAGCCUUGGUAUCUUAAGGCGGGCAUCCGUGUUGUGUAAUGAGAGGGGCUGUACCAAGACACAGCUCUUCACCUACUGGAAGAUGUUUGGGAGAGGGAAGGUAUUGAUACCAGCCUUUUUAGUUGUGUUAAAAAUAUCUCACCAGUUGGGAACGUGAGUUGCUGACCAAAAUGUUUAUAGGUAAUAAAUUAUUUUUAAAACAAAACAAAGAAGAGGUGAGUUCCCUCAGGUGAAGUAGUAUUUUAAUGCCUUGGGCAUGGUAGGUAGGAUUAUUUUUAGACCAGAACCCAUAGCAUUCUUCACAGUACUGUUUGUCACUAAGCACAUUUGAAUGUUAUUUCUCUUGAAAAUGUUUGGGGAGCGAUUGAACGUUUUGAAUCGGGCAUUGUGUACUGCAGGAAGGGCAACAUUCCAAUUAGCAAAUUCCAUCUGUGUGAUGCUCUUUACAUAAAAAAAGCAUGCAGUGAAAGCUGGGCUUCUUAAGCUGCAAAUAAGAUGCGAAUCGACUUGUGAAGCAAGCAUUUCCACAGGAAAACUAAGAGUGUGUUGCUGGGGUGGGGUGGGGGUUGAGGAAGCUAAACUAAAAGACAAAUAUGUUCUGAAGUAUGCAUAUCUAAGGCAAGUAAAGGCCUCUUGCCAUUAAAAAACCUCACAAUAAUGCAUGAGGGCAUGGAACCAAACUUCUGCAGCAAAACAUGCAUUGUGAUUGUGUUAGUUAGCUACACAAGUACGCCCAGUCCCAGCUUGGUUGCAGAGAUAGUCUGCUGUGACUUGGCAUUGUAUAGAAUUGACAAACAGAGGAAAAAUGUAAGCAUAUGCCCAUAUACAUCAGGAGUGAGGGCAGUGCAAGGGCCACACUUCUGGGCAAACUUUCAAGGGCCCCAUGAGCAGGCAAAAAUGAACAGAGCAACGAAUUACCUCUGUAUCACUGUGUGUCUAGUUUCUGCACACAUCUCUGUAUCCUCCAUCCCAACAAGAGGCGUUAUCAGAAUUCAAAGACACAAUCCAACCAGCUGAAAGGUGGGUGGGUGGGUUGCCAGUGAGGGAAGUAUUAUGGGCUGGCUGUGUAUGAUGGGGGAAUGUCCUGAAGAUCCAAUGGAGAGUCCCUGAGCGGCCAUAUUUGGCUCCUGCAACUGAGCUGUCUCCCCCCACCCCCGCUGUACAUUUCCCCCCCCCCUCUAUACUGUAUGUGCUGAAGAUUGUAUCUCUGAGUGUUUUGUUAGUGCAGGAUAUGUUCCAUGCAGCCCACAAACAAAUUUAUAAAUGGCAGCAAGGUCCUUUACAACAGGAAGGGUUUUCUGUCCCUGUGCUAGACAGUUGAAAACUUUACAUGAACUUUCCUCUGUAGUGCUAUUGUGCACACUUGCUGAAUGUGGGUGUGUCCUGAGCAGUUGGGGAUAAUGUUCGCAGUGGAAGCACAAACAAGUCAACAAAUGGUAUUUGUGGAUGAUUAAACACAGCAGCGGAGCUAAGGCGUUCAAAGGUCAUUGAUGCCAUAAAGGGUAAGCAUACUUUUGCCUGCCCUGUUAAGAGAUUGUUCUGUAUUGUGUUUCCUGCUUACCGCUGGAAUUGCAGCUGGAACCACGGCAGGUCUGAACCACAAACCAGUUAAGCCAGAGCAAAUAGUUUCUAGUGGGUGUAGCAUUUUUGAGCAUCAGGGCCCUGCAAUGUUUUCAAGCUGAAUUCCUAGUAAAUGUACUCCUGGCUUCAGUGUAGGAGGCAAUGCGUUGGCAACCCUGGCAAUGGGCGGAUGAGGAAUGUGCAACAUUUGCCCUGCCCUUUACACUUCCUGGGCAGCUGUCUAGAUUCAGGCAACUUUUAGCCUGUAUUUCUUCUCCAACUCUGGUUUGACAAGUGAGUGUUUGUGUGAUGUGCCACCACUGCUGUUUGUCAACGUUCCCCUCUGUUAACAAAACUACCAAGUGUCAACAGAAGCACAUACUCCAGAAGACUGUGCCGUUCUACAGAGUGAUGUGUGUUCUGAAGUUUAUAGCAAUAAAAGCAAGUAUCAACUGUAGCAGCCUGUUCACAGGAAGCAAAUGCAGGAAAGAUUUAAUGGACUGAAAGAAACCUCCAAGCUUCAAAUGAAUCUCUGCACCUGUUAUGUUUUCAGAUAAUAUGGUACCUUGAGAGUUAAACUGCUCUACUUCAUUUCACAUUGAAAUCCUUUACCUUGCACCUGAGACACUCUAAAGAAACUAAGGGAAUCGUAGGUGGUAGCCUUGUAUAUAUUCAGGCAUUCUUAGUUGCCAAUAUCUCCCUAAAGUUGUCUUCUCCUAAUGCCAUAUUCUGUCAUUCUUAGGUCAUAUUACAAACUUUUGUUAUUACAAAGCUAAAGCCCGCUAAAGGGACACGGGUGGUGCUGUGGUCUAAACCACAGAGCCUAGGGCUUGCCAAUCAGAAGGUUGGUGAUUCAAAUCCCCACGACAGGGUGAGCUCCCAUUGUUCGGUCCCAGCUCCUCGCAACCUAGCAGCUCGAAAGCACGUCAAAGUGCAAGUAGAGAAAUAGGUACCGCUCUGGCGGGAAGGUAAACGGCGUUUCCGUGCGCUGCUUUGGUGCGCCAGAAGCAGCUUAGUCAUGCUGGCCACAUGACCCGGAAGCUGUAUGCCGGCUCCCUCGGUCGGUAAAGUGAGAUGAGCACCGCAACCCCAGAGUCGUCCAUGACUGGACCUAAUGGUCAGGGGUCCCUUUACCUUUAAGGCCCGCUAAAGUACCGAUCUCAGCUCAUCCCUUAUUCCAAAACACUUUUAUCAGUACCCUUAUAUGAGAUCUUCUUGGGCUCUUUCUGCUUGUAUCCUAAGAGGAACUAGGUUCUAGGGGAGGGAAAGGAGCCAGAGAAGGCACCACCAGAAGACUGUUAAACUGAAGACAUAGAGAUAUUUUUAAAAAAUCAACCCGGAUCAUACAUCAGCCUUCCUGAUCCCGGUAUGUUCCAUGUGUUUUGAGCUACAACUCCCAUCAGCUGUAGUCAGCAUGGGGAAUGGUCAAGGAUGAUUAUAACCCAGAAUAUGUUUGGUUCACCAGGUUGGGAAUAGUUGUGUUACACAGCAGUAAUGUCUAAAUGUCAGUAACCCAUCAGAAGAGUUGGAUAAGUCUUUUGAGGCCCUCUAGUUCAACCUCCUGCCUCAGUUUCAAGCAAUUUCAUGCUGAAAUAUCUCCAAUAGAUAUAUUUUUGUGCACAUCCUCUGCUAGGUAACUGGUUCCAUUGUCACACUGCUGUUGCUGUCAAUAAAUUUAGAAUCAUGGAAUUGUAAAGUUGGAAGGACCCAGAGUGUCAUCUACUCCAAUCCCCUGCAAUGCAGGAAAACCUUCAGCCCACACCUAUAAUCUUUUAACUGAAGCUCGUUCGUUCUUGUCCUAUAUGUUUCUAUAAGAUCCUUCUAACUACUGCAUAUUCCUCUCUCCCCCUGCCCCCCAUGGCAACAUUUUGUAAAUUUAUUCAUUAUUAAGUCAUUUCCAAUACAGACCACUUUUCACCACAGGAGGUCAGAAAAUGGUUUGCAUUUUUUAUGUUUUGUCAUCUCUUUCACUGUCUUAACUAUUCUAAACCCUGGCUUUAAAAGGGUGAUAAGCACAGACAUUUUGUAUCUUUAGUAAAGGUAAAGAGACCCCUGACCGUUAGGUCCAGUCGGGAACGACUCUGGAGUUGUGCCGCUCAUCUCACUUUACUGGCUGAGGGAGCCGGCGUACAGCUUCUGGGUCAUGUGGCCAGCAUGACUAAGCCGCUUUUGGUGAACCAGAGCAGUGCAUGGAAACGCCGUUUACUUUCCCGCCGGAGUGGUACCUAUUUAUCUACUUGCACUUUGACGUGCUUUCAAACUGCUAGGUUGGCAGGAGCAGGGACUGAGCAAUGGGAGCUCACCCUGUCGUGGGGAUUCAAACCACCGACCUUCUGAUCUUUAGUACCUUUCCCUAAAUCAGACCGGGAGGGAACUUUCAUCUUGGCACAGUGAUACCUAAGGUUUGCAGGUCUUCCAAAUCCUUCCAUCUGAUGGAAGGGGAUGUUUCUGUUUCCUGUAGUGUGUUCACUUAGCCCAGGGAGCUAUUUGUCAGCUGUGCAGCCCCUGUAACUGAGAGAGGCAGCUGAAGCCAGAUCAAAAGCAGGUUUGCCAAGGGAAUAGUAAGUAAGUGGCUGAACUGGUGAAAGAAGCAUUCGGCUCUCUUUGCCCGAUGAGUAGAGCUGAUUGCCCUGAUAUGUAACUUAAUAUUAAAUGCUGUGCAUCCCUCUUCAGUAUAUAAAAUGUAUGUGCCCAGUUCAGACCAAGUAAAGGAAGAAUUAUGUGUCUUUUAUAUGCUUGGUUUGUGUAAUUCUCCAUUUUUAAUCAUGUGGACGGGCAAAGAGCUAUGCAUAGUGUGAAAGUGUACCCCAGACAUGAAAGCUGUUGGCUUUGUGAUGUUGUCAUCGUGAGCUACUUUUUAAAGACAGUGUAAAGAUUUAAAUGUACUGUCUGACCUUUGAGAUUUACUCCCUAUUUUAUUUUGGUUUGAAGUGUUGGACUUUGCCUUCACAUGAGGUCUUCCAUCCCAAAUACUAUAACUGUGUCUACAGUAGUAGAAAUGUGAUUUGACUUACAGUUUGUGCGUGUGCAAGAGAAAGAGAGGGAGAUUUUGAGUUUAUAAAUUAUACCCUUGCAAUAUCUCUGCUGGCUUUAGAUGCAACAGAUUAGGGGAAGCUGGCUGCAAAAGAAGGCAGAAAAUGUGGGAGGAGAGUUACAGUUUAGUUGCACACUCUACACGCAGGCUCCCCUGGCCUCCCCUGUGCUCAGGUAAAAAUUAUGUUCACUGCUAAACUUGUUACCACGCAGUGGUCUAGUUAGGCCUUCUCUACCAAAGUUGCAUCAAUCUUUAGUGCAGCCUGGAGACAAGCAACUUUGGUUCUUCUCCUUUUUACAUAGAUGGAAUGUCGCAGUCAGCUGAGAUUAGGGUCUGGGAAUUCUGGGCUUCCCACUCAUGUGACCAGCCGCCUGUUUCUCUCCAUGCGCCAUAAAGAUAAUUAGUAAUUCUAAUGCCUGUGUGAUGAAUACUUAGCCACAAAGGCUUUUUGCCCUCUGAAUGCAAAAACCAAAGCCAGGUAUUUGUUGUGUUGUUUCUAAUAAAUGGGGUGUGAGUACCAAUGUGCAGCUCUGACUUGGUUAACUACAUGCACCUCCAAGCAUGGAACUGAAUUACAGUGGUACCUUGUCUACUGUUCGCCUCGUUGAGCGCCCAUUCUGUCGAACGUCCGUGGCAAACCCGGAAGUACCAGAACAGGUUACUUCUCGUUUCGCCACAUGUGCAGAAGCACAAACCGCUCCGCGCACGUGCGCAGACGCGGCACUUUGCCCAGCGUCCUUUUCGGCCAGCGACCAGGGCUCCAGAACGGAUCCCGGUUGCAAAACAAGGUACCACUGUAAUUGUAGAAUGCAUAAGCUUUUAUGGCCCAACAUGAUAAAUUCCCUAUGUAUGAAAAAACUCAUUUUAUAACUCUGUAGAUCUUGAGAUUGUAGUCUGGAAGUAUCCCUCACAAUUUUGAUUAUUUAUGAUCCAUAGGAGUUAAAGGGAGGUAAAAACACAUACACACAAAAUACAAAAGUUCAGGUAAUUCCAAAUCAUGAGAAAUUUUUAUUUUCUUCCUUAGACUUAACACUUAUUAUGUGCUCCAAUGUUUGAAAAUGAUCGCUACGUUUUAGUCCACAUCUGCUGUAAAAUUUGGGGCAUGGCCAUUGUGAAAAGUUGAGUUAUGCUGCCACAGAAAUAUUAGUUAAUGUUUGAAACAUAUAAACUGCCCUAAUCCCUGUUUUCUGCAGGUGGAUUUUUUUGGUCCAGGAAAUUCUCCUUGGAACUUUGUUUCUAAUGCCCUUUCUGAGACUUGCCUCUAGACUGAACAUACGGUACUUUCUAAUGAAUGAAGGUUUAUUAUUAUUAUUAUUUUAAGCAGCAAUUUCAAAAAGGAAACACUGUUAAGACUUAGUCUUCCCCUGCAUUUUUUUUUUUAACCACUGAAAGUUUUUGGUGCAUAAGGUGUGCUUUUAAAGGCCAGCCCCUCACUCUCAGCCUGAACUUCCUCACAGAGCUGUUAUGAGGAUAACAUGAGAAGGAGAUCUGUAUUUAAACCACCAUGAGCCCCUUGCAGAAAAGGUGGGGUGUUAGUAGCCACUGCUGCUACUAUACACUUCCUAGUUGGAUCUGUCUGUGUCCUGGUUGUAAUCUACUACAGCACUGCACCAGUGGCCCUUCUUUAUAAUUAGGGCAAUUGCUUCACUUUCUGAUUCCAGCCAAUUGGGACCAUGCCAGUAUGGAGCCAAUCAUGUGUAGCUGUAUACGAAAGUCACAGCUCUUGAAGGGGGAGAGGAAUGAAUAUUGGCCUCUUGCCGACAAAGCAACUGGGCAGAAACAUUUGUCUUCGCAUGGUGUGCUGGCAGAAAACUGCUCACCAGAACAGCAUAGAAAGGCAAGAAUACCAAUCCGAUUAUGACCUGUAAAAAGAGCAAAAAGUGGACAGUGCCCUUUGGGGGGGGCACUGAUUUAUGUGAAAUACACACACACCAGUUUUGGCUCAUUGGUAAUAAGGACAGGUAGGGAAAGUAUAGACUAGGGGUGGGGGUGGGGAGUGUUAACUCUUGCAUAUAAGCAUUAUUUUGAAAGCAAAUUAAUAGGAACUCUACACUUGAUUGAAGAUAAUGAUAUACCAGUAACCAGCUUAUAUGCAAGAGUUAACAUUCCCCACCCCCUGGAAAGGCAUAAACUAGUUUUUGUACUGUUGGGUAUGCAGAAAAACACUUUGGAGAUCUUGCAGGAAAGUGAAUUGCAAAGAGAGUUGUGAUAAGAAGUUGGGAGAGUUUCUGCUUCUAGAACUGUGUUAUGUACUGAGUUGAAUAGGAUCCAAAAGGCAGCAGUCUGAUUGGUCCUAGAACAAUAGGGUCCAGAAUGCAGCAGUCUGGUCCACAGGAGUCACCCAAUCCAGCUCCAGGUGGAAGUGAAUCUGCAACCUGAUUGGCCUAUAGGUGAAUCCCGGAAUUAGCCAAUCAUGUGGGGCCCAUUGAGUAAAUAAUGUAUAUAAAGCAGACAUUCUGGGGGAACUUCCAUUCCUUCUCACCACUAUGAGCUGAAUAAAGAGCAUGAAAUCCACUCUCGACUCUGAGUAUAUUUCAAACUGCAUUUUAUGAAAUUAGUAACGGCACCCUUGUUUGCACAUCGCAUUGAAACAUAGUUAGAAACAAACCUUGGUUAAACUUGAGUGAGCAGCAUGAUAGGCAGAACUUACUGCCGUGUGCCUUUUCCCACUCCUGUUCCCACAUCAUUGGGGAAACAAGCCAGUGUCUGGCUUGCCAUGACUUCUGAACUCAGGCUUAUGCCUUGUUCUCUCCCUUCAAACCAAACCUUGGCUGGAAGCCGGUGUGGUUUACUCUCUCCCCUCCCACUGCAGUCAUUUGUGGCAGGAGAAAAAUGAACAAGCCCCUCCCCCCUCCCCAUGCCCCCUUCUUCUGCCUUGACUGGCGUAAGCUGGCAGGGUUUUCAAACUGGUGGUUUUGCCUCAAAGGAAUUCUUCCCCCUUCUCAGCCUCUAUAGGAUUGCUCUGUAAAUAUUCCAGUGCAAAUACUUUUGGCUAUUGGAAUCUGAGAUCAGCUUUGAGAUCUUAUGCAGUAUGUAAAAUUAACCGGGCGCACUGUAGAUUACUUAAUUAAUAUGUCAGACAUGGUAAAUCAGAUUCCCAAUUACUUUACGGCACCAUAACAUUUACCAAUUCAUUUACCCCCAGAACAUAUUCAUAGGGAGAAGACCGCCAGUGCCAUUUUUAAGUAAAAACUGCUGUUGUAAACUGUCUGUACACGUGUGUGGGGGGGAAUAGUCUGAUUUUCCUUCUAGAUUGAACAUGGUUUUGCGAACGGCACAGCUGGGGUGGCUGCCCAUAUUCUAGUCCAGCUGAUCUCUAUCAAAGGCUUCCACAAGAAAUCUUACAGAUUGUUAGAGUCCCCAGCUUCAGGUUGAGCAGAAAACAGGUUGUCUGCUGAAAACAAAACAGAAUAAUAAAAAAAAUCAAUUGAAGAUGGGAUUUUAAAAAUUCACAUGGGACACUAAAAGAUGCUUUGGUUCCUCAGUCCUCUUGUACAGCUAGAAGCAGGGACAUUGGUAGAGUUAAUCUUGCUUUCCAUGAAACCUGCCUUGUUAUACAAAAACCAAACAUUGUGUUGUAAAAUUAAUUCUGGCCAGUUACUUAACAAGCCAACUUCAAAUCAUAGGUUAUGAAGCUAGCUUGUUAAACUAACCAGAUUUAAACACAAAAACAGACAGACAAACAAACAAACAAACUAGAAAACCUGGUUUAACUGUAGUGCUAAUCUGGGUAUCCUUAAACUCUGCCAAAGGCAUCCUUGUGACAAUGAAGGAGAAGGGAGGUAGCUCUUUCCUGCUUUUCUUUGCAAUGUUAAACCAUAGUUUAGCAUCAUGUGUGAAUGCAGCCGUUUAAGCACCCUUUUUUGCUUUAUCUUUAUGAAUCUCCAGUCUUAACAUAAAUAUUGCUAGACCCUUCUGAUUUGGUAUUAAAGCUCAUGUUUAAGUCCUUAGAAAGAUCUCUUUCACUCAGCCAAGAGUAGAAAAAGAUGUGUGUGUUGUGUUAUGUGGGUGAAAUGUUUUAAAAGGAAGGGGUGCCAAAAUUCUGGGGCGGUGGGGGAUUCUACAUAACUGUGGACAACAGUACAUAACUUAGAAAACUUUGAGGCACAUGACUUUGAUUUUUUUAAAAUGAAAAGUUGAGAGUGUUAAUGUAAUUAUAAAUUAUGGUUUUUAGAAUUUGUCUUAGAAGGUGGAGUGGUCUUUGCCGUUUCACAUUCACUGGUAAAUAUGGACUCUGUUACUAAAUAUUUGAAUUGGCAUAUUCACUUCUAAUACUGAUAGGUAUAGUAAUACAAUGUUCUUACAAUGUCAUGAUUCAUUAGAUUCUACUUAUGUAGCUCUUGGUAGGCUCAAUCCCUUACGUUCCCUUGCUGUUUAAGUUUUGUGAGGUAUUAAAGGAAUUAAACAAAAAUCUUUCUAAUGCAACUUAAGGUGGUCAAAAUAAACACUGAAAGUCAUUGAGUAAGGAUGUGUGUAUAUUUAACAGCAACCUUUGGACUCGUAGACUCUGUGCAUAUAUUUCAUGCUAAUUAAUUCAUACUCAUUAAGUCUAGUUCUGGUUUUGCUUGCAUAACACUGGUUUGAAUAGUACAUAAACCGGAGUGGCAGGCAUGUAAAUAAUGGUAGAAAACAGUCCGAAAUAUGUGUUGGAAGAUUGAAUCUUCCUAUGGCCUGGAGAAACUCCUGUAGUUUUUGCAUCAUAAACUAAGUGUUCUAAUUUAGUUUAGGCUUCCUCUUCAAACCUAACCUCCCACCCACCCCGCCUCUCCGGUUGAAUGUUAAAGAUGUGCCAUAACUUGUAUUUCUGAUACUACGUAAAAGCUGUUUGUCCUAGCCGAAUAAUGCAAUGUUGGUACUUUGGGGUGUGCAUGCUGGAAUUUAUAUUUGUUACGUAAGGAGAACGUAUGACUCCCCUCAUAAGUAUUUGUUUAAACAAUAAAGAAAGCAAAUAUACUGAAGAGCUGGGAGGGUUCUGCCCAGAUAGAAUUAACAGGAAGCCAAGGGUUUUAAACUUUGUUUCCUACAUAAUAGAUCUACGCUCUCUCUUGAGGAUUUAAGUUGGUUUUAAUGUAACCCGUGUAUACUUGGAUAGAAUCAAAACAAGUUGUCCCAUAAUUUGAAGGAUGACUUUUCUCUUAAAAUCACAUGGAGCCUAUCAUGGGUAAAACUGGCUGCUGGAAUAAUCCUCCUUCAUCCGCUUGUGCCCUUCUUUUCUGGACUCGCAAUUCAAUAAUUGGAAUGGGUGGAGAAAUACAGCUUUUGGCACUCAUAUAUGCAAUUAUACAAGCACACAAGAGUGAAAUUGUAGGUCUUGGUAAAUAAUAAUUCUGUGUGUUGGGGAGUCAGCAUUAACAAUGUAGCAAAACCAUGGAGGGAUAUCUCGAAAUAUUGUGGGGAAUAGGUGACAGUAGUAGCUCUGUGUGCACAGAAUCCUAGAGUUGGGAGGGACCCCGAGGGACAUCUAGUCCAACCCCCUGCAAUGCAGGAAUCUCAACUAGAUCAUACAUGAGAAGGCCAUCCGACCUCUGCUUAAAAACCUCCAAGGAAGGAGAGUCCAGCACCUCUUAUGGAAGUGUGUUCCACUGUCGAACAGCUCUUACUGUCAGAAAGUUCUUCCUGUUGUUUAGUCAGAAUCUCCCCUCUUGCAACUUGAAUCCAUUGGUUUGGGUCCUAGCCUCUGGAGCAGAUGAAAACAAGCUUGAAGAGGGCUAUAAUAUCUCCUCUCAGUCUCCUCUUUACCAGCAGGAUUUUAUGGGCUUAGUAGACUGCAUGUGGAUCAGCCCCUUCACCCAAUUUAAUAAUAAUAAUAAUUAAUAAUAAUAAUAAUAAUAAUAAUAAUUUUAUUUAUACCCCGCCCUCCCCGGCAAGAGCCAGGCUCAGGGCAGCUAACACCAAUAAAAUCACAGUAAAAACGUAAUAGGGGGAAAAGAGAGGGAGGAGGGAAACACAAUUUAAAAUACAGGUUAAAAUGCAAUUUACAAUACAGCCUCAUUUUAAAGUAGCCGAUAAAUCAAGACCAUAAGGGGAGGGAAACAUAAGGGUCAGACCGAGUCCAAACCAAAGGCCAGGCGGAACAGCUCUGUCUUGCAGGCACUGCGGAAAGAUAUCAAAUCCCGCAGGGCCCUAGUCUCUUGUGACAGAGCGUUCCAGCAAGUCGGGGCCAGUACUGAAAAGGCCCUGGUCCUAGUUGAGAGCAAUCUAACCACUUUGCAACCUGGGACCUCCAAAAUGUUGUCAUUUGUGGACCUUAAGGUCCUCCAUGGGGCAUACCAGGAGAUGUGGUCCCAUAAGUAUGUGGGUCCUAGGCCGCAUAGGGCUUUAAAGGUAAAAACCAGAAGAGAGCACAAUUUUGCAUAGGUUUUGCAUUGUAUGCAAAUAUAUGUCGUCUUUCACAGGGCCUCAAAGAUAAACCUCUCACAAGCAAUAAGAAUGUGAACAGGUGAGGCUUUUCUCAAUUACAGUUUCAUAGUACAAAAUACUUUAACCCAUUCUAUUUCUGCCUACCACCUGGCUGUUAGAGCUAGAAGAGCACUGCUCUCCCCAAGUGCCAACUCUAAGCCGUUCAAAGAACUCAAGUUUCAUGAGUUCCAAACCAGGUAGGUUACACUAAGUCAGGGGUAGUGAGCCUUUUGGGCUCCACACGCCAGAUCAUUAUGAGAUCCUAGCCUUGUAGGCCAAACUUGACAUGUGGGCAAGGUCUGGCAUCACUAUGAUUGAGUGCUUGAGGCCUUUUUUGGUGCUUUAAAGUGACUUGCUCAUGCAGCCGAUCCAGCUGGCUUGGCUCUACCGCCCAUCAGCUGAUGGGUGGUAAUGCUGAAGUCUACUUUCCGCAGGCACUGGCUGCACAAGUGAGUUCCUGCAGGGAACUUGCUAGCACAUCCAGUUUAGCUGAUGGGUGAUAAGCCAAAUACAUACUUUUCAGGCUCCUGAUUGUAUUCUGGCAGCUGCACCUCCCCCUGCCCCACACAUGAUGUAUGACAUCAAGUUUGAGGCAGGUGAGCAUGGCUUGUGGAAAACAGCCAGAGAUUCGGCACCCUUACCGUAUGUCUUUCCUCAAUUCCUCAAGGGAAGUAAUAGUGCCACUGUAUUCUGCCCUGGUCAGACCUCACCUGGAGUACUGUGUCCAGUUCUGGGCACCACAGUUCAAGAAGGGCACUGACAAACUGGAACGUGUCCAGAGGAGGGCAACCAAAAUGGUCAAAGGCCUGGAAACGAUGCCUUAUGAGGAACGGCUAAGGGAGCUGGGCAUGUUUAGCCUGGAGAAGAGGAGGUUAAGGGGUGAUAUGAUAGCCAUGUUCAAAUAUAUAAAAGGAUGUCACAUAGAGGAGGGAGAAAGGUUGUUUUCUGCUGCUCCAGAGAAGCGGACACGGAGCAAUGGAUCCAAACUACAAGAAAGAAGAUUCCACCUAAACAUUAGGAAGAACUUCCUGACAGUAAGAGCUGUUCAACAGUGGAAUUUGCUGCCAAGGAGUGUGGUGGAGUCUCCUUCUUUGGAGGUCUUUAAGCAGAGGCUUGACAACCAUAUGUCAGGAGUGCUCUGAUGGUGUUUCCUGCUUGGCAGGGGGUUGGACUCGAUGGCCCUUGUGGUCUCUUCCAACUCUAUGAUUCUAUGAUUCUAUGAAUUUGAUCUUAGACUGGCAAUACCACACUCAGUGGAAGAUCAGGCACAGUAUUUCACAUCGUGGUUGGGGCUGAGGGGGGUGCGGCAGGAGAUCAAAAAGCAUUUAAUAUUUAUAGCAAGAUUCAGAUGCCCAUACUUGGGUAAAUUCAAGAGUAAACUGUUAAAAAGUAAGCAGUAUAAUUGAAAAGCAUUGUUGUGGUUAUUCAUCCUCUUCCUGAUAACUACAACAGUGUUAUCUGCACAGGUCAGACAACUGCUCAUUCCCCGACCCCUUCUUUUUUGUUAACAAAAGGGACUUGAGUCUUUGACAUGAAUGCCCCUUUUUGUGUUUAUAGGAUCAGGAAAAGCCCACUGCAAGAAUACAUCCAUUCUCCCGCCCCCCAUGGGAGGAAAUAAGUUAAUCACAUGCUGCAUUUGUAGCUGCAUUUCCCAACGAAAGAAAAAAGAAAGAAAGAGGGAGGGAGAGGGAAGUCCCAAUAUGCCAAGAGACUUGAUGGCAACAUCGGUCUGCCCUGCAGGGUUGUCAUAUACGUUUAGGGCCCCACCCUGGGCCGGCAAAACAUUAGAGCUACUUUGCACGAAUGAUGUAACCCAUGAUUUACCCACCACAGCCAUUUCUCCCCCCCCCCAAAGUAUGGUAUUAUAAUGAUGGUUUUUAUUUGCAUUUUAUUUGAUUUUAUAAGUUCAAAGCAGAGUAAUUCGGGGGGGGGGGUGACAUUAACAUAUGAGAGUGCUGGAGGUGAAUUAGUUAAACAGGUUACCCAAUCAGAACCCAGGGGGGUGGAGUCAGAGGGACUAUAAAACCAGCUCUGAGAGGGGCGAAGGGAGGAGCUCAUUGGGAGGUUGGUUGGAGUGGGAGUGAAUUGGGAUAGAGUUUGUGGGGAGGUUGAGUUAGUGUAGCGAAAUAAGUUGAGUCAGGAACAGUUAGGAGCUAGGAAGACAAGUAAAUAUCUGAGAGGUGGUUUAGUGAGUGAGAGCAGGUAGCGGAAGUUGCUUGGAGAAACAGAUUCCUAGAUCAUUUAAAGUUAUCUGUAGCAUUCAUCACUCACAGCUCUGACAUUGCUCAUUGGCCAAAAGAAGUUCGUUUUAUAAGGGUUAAAAACCCAUGAAGUCGGGUUGUGGUUCCCUUACCAGUACUGGGCCCAGUGCGGUUGCACCCCAGUCAGUACAAGGUUCUAGCGGAUUGUAGAAUAGAUUGGUGCAAAGUAAAAGAAUUCAGGGUUGUUGAUCAAGGCGCUCAGUUAACUUCCCAGUUGCCACUUAGUAAUCGGGCAAAUGAUGCAAAUAUAUCUGAAGAAUACACUGCUCCAAUGAGGUGAAAUGAAUGUGAAAUCAAAUAUCUAGUGCUGCUAAGUAAAAUCCUGAGUAUCUAGUAUUAUUUGUGUUAAAUCAUUAAACCCAGAGUUAUUAACACCUAAGGGUCUAGCCCAGAGGUUGCCAACUCAGAGCCCCAGAUUUUGAACUAUUUUUUAAAGCCAAUCUGUAGCUUUACCUAUUUAUUAAACCUAGUGAAGGAAAUCAGAGCUGCAAAUGGUGAGACAUUUGGACACCAAGGCUAUAGGGAUCCCUGUGGCCCCCAAGAGCUGAUGUUUUCUCAUCCCUUCUUGUGCACUUUUCCUGCAUCUGUCUCAUUUCCUAGGCAGAAAUUCAACAGGUUAAACCUUUCCUCAUAUGUAUAUAAAAUUAUGGAAAAAAUUCACUGCGAUUGUACUUUUUCUAAUUUUGUGUUAUGCCGUGCCACCCAUGGCAGAUGUUUUGUGACUGGUGCCCCCAGCGCUGCCUCAAAAUCCAAAAAGAUUGGCGACUCUUGAUGUUGCCCCUUAUGAUCCUACACAGCAAUUCCAUAUUUAACCAGGGCGAUGGUGGAUGAAACAACAGUAUGUGCCACGUUUCGUAGGAAGGGUUGAUACUGUUGAUAUAUUUCACUGGAAGUUCUCCCUUGCUAUUGCUUUCAGAUAUCUCUUUCCUCCCAUUAUGCUAUUCUUGAAGCACCUAGCCAAAGAGCAGGCACUUUAAAAGCUUUGGAUUGCUUAUGUCACAAUCAUAGACAUGUAUAUUUGCAUUCUGUUUCCCUUCCUGGGUGCUAUUUUUACUAGGUAUCUUUUGGAAUGUACGGGCAGAAAUUCUUUGGCCACUUUGGAUGACGGGGUUUAACGUGGACCAGCCAGACGCUGUCAUAAGUACACAUGUAAUUUAAACAAAAAAGUGAGGACAUGAACUGCAAAGUCUCCCUGUAGCUUUCGGUGCAUGACUCAAGCAGCUGGCCCAGAGCAGGUGUAGUUAAGUCAGUGCUAAACCACACCUAUGUUUUCCAGCUUGCCCAAUGAAAACCACACAUUUGUGCUGUGUCUUUUUGCUCUUGCCUUUCAUUUGCUUCUUCUCGUAUUAGCUUGCUCGGUAACCAAAGCUAGAUUCCAGGUGCAUUAUUCUAUGAUCAAUCUGUAAUCAUAGAAACAGAGUUCCUCCUCUUAAUUCCUCCGUUGCCAACCAUUUCUGGGUGGGUGAAUGUCAGUAGCUGUAGUUAUUUUUAAAUGUGAGAGGUGAGGCUUGUCAUGCAAAGCUGAAAAGAGGGCGUUUGUUUGCAGAGCUGACAUCAAAGUGUAGAUUGCUGCUUACUGGCUGAGCAUUUUUGCUUUUGUACCUGGUAAUCUUUAACGUGGUCUGUCAGUCACAGAGACCAUUGCUUAACCAGAGGAUUCAUAUGAAAUAUUGCUAGCAUUUAUGAUCCAGAAGAUUGGCAUUCUGUUUCUCCGCAUACUGGACUUUGAAACUUCGGCUAAGCAGCUUGCAAUCCUUUCCUUCACGUUGCUCAACUAAGCAAUUGCUUUCCACUUCUCUUCACAGGAUAAUAUAAAUGUGUUUUUGAAAGCUUGUGAAAAUCUUGGAUUAAAAGAAGCUCAGCUUUUUCAUCCUGGUGACCUUCAAGAUCUAUCUAAUCGAGUUACUGUCAAGUAAGUAUCCUGUGUUUUUAUCAGUUGACUUUUAAGAAUAUUCAAAUGUGACUUCUGUGGUGCUGCUGUUCAUGUAUAUAGGGAUUUUAUAUAAUGUUUCCUUUGUAUGUUCAGUGUGGAAGCUGUCAGGCUUCUUUAGAUCUUCAAGCCUGUAAAAGCUGGGAUUUAAUUUGCGUCCAUUUUUCUGGAGCAACUACCUUGGUACAUUUUGUUUUUAAGUAUUUGCUGACAUUUAAAAUGUGCCAAGCUGCUUUACUAAUUAAUGGCUGCAUUGCUUGAAGAUGCAAAGUCGAAUGUUCAACAGUUCUUAAAUGUGAAAGUAAAAAUGGAAGCCUUCACUAUAAGCUUGUAAUUACCAGAAGGGUACUCUCUCUGUGUGUUUGCUAUGCAUGUAUGUACCCACCUUUGGUCUAGCGUUCAGAUCUUGAAAUCUGCUAGCUGGAGAGCUGAUCCCAAGUGACAUACUGUGUUGCCUGUGGAUUUUCUGCUAAAAUGUUGUGUGAUACAUUACUAACAGAGGUAAUAUUGUGUAGUGCAGAGUUGGGCAGACUGCAGGCUUGUCAUAUAUCUACUUCGCUUGUUUUUACUAAACAACACCCCACCCCCAAGUUUUAACAACCAGGUGCAAAGGACAUAGAUUUAGAAUAAAAGAACUGGGUGCUUCUCAGCAUAUGCGGAGCCUAGGAACUUUUCAGCACCUGAACUGAACUUGUAGUCCUUUCAUGAAAAACUCCACUGUUACCCCAAACUUUCUUCUCUUCAGCUACCUAAUUCAAGAUGAGGAGGAAGCACAUUUUUUAAAAAAAUGACAUUGUUAAACAAUUGUUCACAAAAACCCCUGGUGAGAUACUGCAGGUUACCUAGAGAUCUACCAGUAGGUCCUCAUCUGCCCAGCCUUGUUAAAGUGACUAAGUUUAUGUGUUGUGGACUUAGAAGUCCUUGAUUCCAUUUUUCCUAAGCAGUUCAUUGAUCAAAGGUUGUGUUAAGCUACUAAAUCUUGGCCACAGUGACCCGUCUGUAAUAUCAGGUUGAUAACAGUGCCCUGCCAUAAAAGCUGAUGUAUGAAUUACUGAAAACAAUAUAUAUGAAGCAUUUGAGAGUGUUGAGAGUACCAUAUAAUAAUGGCAAUAAUAAAGAAUAAUUUCAUUAUUCCUGAGGGCAGUCUUUCUCACUAUUAGAAUAGGUUUGAGAAGUCUUAGUGUGUGCAGUAUCAGAGAGAAACUAUUCUCAUGAAAAGGAAAGCUAAGUACAGUGUGUUCAGGCUAUGUAUAAUUGCUAUUAUUAUAGUCUGUUUCACGAGAUAAUAUAAAUGUUAGGUCUUGAACAAAUUAUUCAUUGCUUUCUAUAAUCUUGGAACUGCCAGAGCUUGCUUUACUAUACGGCCAGGAGUUUCUCUGAAGACAAAGUCCUUAAAACGUUGCCAAGAAUUUUGUCGUUAACAAGUGUUACUAAGGUAAAUACAGCAUACAGGAAGUGUUUCCUGGGCUGUUAACCUGUGCUAGUGGUUACAGGUUGUGGAGAAGUAGGUAGGGCAGUAAUCAACAAGGCAAGAAUGCAAGGAUUCAGAGAAACCUUUACCCUUGGUCUUUCAGGCCAUUUGAGAAGGGCAAUAUGCGUGUGAAAGCAGUUGCCAAGAAUGUUAGUUUAAGAAUGGUAAACACUGUUGUGAAAUCAGCAUUACUAAGCCUGCAGCAACCUGAAAACUCUACGAAUCAAAACCAGCGCUGCAAAAAACCAUUUUGUUGAUCGAUCGGAUGAUAUGUGUAAGAGGUUAUCUCCAGGUGGCCAACCAAGAGAGACUAUUGUGCUUCCUGUUCUGAAGGUUGGCUCUCUCUGCUGUAAAGGCAAAGCAACGAUUCUGCAGACAAACUCCCCGACUCUUCUGGAGGCAGUGAAUGGGACUGUUCCCUCCAUCAGCCUUCCUGGGUCUUGGUGUGCCCCAUUCUGAAAAGCAUCCUGGUAGUGGUGGAAGAGGUCACAUGCAUUGUGUUCAUUCCUCUUUAGCAAAGGGUUUCCCAAACCUCGUGAGUUCAUUGACCCCUUGAUAAGCUUAUAAAGCUGUCAUCGACACCAACCUAAAUGUAAAUGAAAUUAAGUCAAGAAAUACCCUCCAUUCCUCACUGGCAAUGAAGGUGUUUGUACUCUAUACAUGUCCAUGCCCUUUGUUUCCGAGGCUCAUAGUUCCCAGUUGUUAUUAUUUUUGAACUGUGUCCUGUAAUUACCGCUCACCCAUUAAAGCGGUGGGCGGGGUUUGCGACCUGGCGCGGGCUUCCUGAGCCUGGGAGACACCCCCUUUUUGCUUGCUGGCCAUCGCUACGCCCCCCUCCCUGGCUAGCCAAUCAGCUGCUGGCUGGGGGGCGGAGCAAGGGCCAGGUAGGGAAGGCUCCAGCCGACCACCUCUCCCUUUCAGUCUCUAGGUCUUUAUUCACCCCUUCACAGACCCAUUGACACUAGGGGGUCAAUAGCAACCACUUUAGGAAGCCCUGCUCUAAACAGGAGCAGACUAGGAAAAGGCACAUCCUUCUAACUCUGCUGCAAAUGCUGUAGAACUGUCCCUUGUGUUUUCUGUUGUCCCACAUCCCAAAGAGAGAUGAGUUCUGUUACCUCAGCUGUGAUUGUCUGGCUGGCUAAUUUAUCUCUUUCCCCACCUUCUGUGUGUGUGAAGGCAGGAGAGUGAGGGGAAACCAAGCUUGGACUCUGUCACGAUAGAGAUGCUGCCCUUGGGUCCAGAGUCUCUCCCCCCCCAUCCGGAGCUUUAAGUAUGGAGAAUAGAAAGGAAGCAGCUACCAUUGAUGCCAGCCCAUAGCUUGGCAGUAAUGGCAAUUGCCCCUCCUUCCUGCUGUGUCCUGUCUUCUAGGACUUGAAGAGAAAUGGAGAUCUUCAGGAGUAGGGGGUGGAGGGGAGACUCAGAUGAAUGGAUUGGGGGUGGAUGAUUGACUUUUGCCUGAUUAUUUGCAAGGUUUCCCUGGAUUCCUUUAAAUAAAGUUAUAGGAGUUUUCCCUUGUCAAGAAAUCUUAUGAUACCCCUUCCACUACCACACAAGCAUUGUAUAUCUUCAUGAAUCCUGUGGCCAACAUUGUGGCACUUGUCACAGUGGCCUGAUGAAACUUAAAUAAUUUUGUUCAUAAAUAGUAAAGCUGAGUUCAAUUAAUAAAUAUUUUGCGAUUUACUGUUUGUGUACCCUGUUCCUUUUAGGUUUGCAAAGGUAUUGAUUAGCUUCCUAAAAACAAAAAUAUACUGCAGCAAAGCAACUAUAAGCCACACUACCUCUAUUGUAUUCUACUCGGGGCAUUUGUUAUGCCGCAGCAGUAUAGCAGUAAUUCAGAAAGUCUACAGUGGUUGUUUUCCUGCUGGAAGGUGACAUGAGCUCAUCUUCAGCUAUAGUCACUAGGAUAUGUAAUAAACUGAAACUGAGAUCAGAUAGCUUAAAAGGAAACAGUUGUGCAAGAUAUUCCUUGAAACUAUAAGCAUGAACUCCAGUCCAAAGUGAGCAACAUGGAUAUGUGGUAAUUGGCAGUGAAAUUAAUGGUGGAAUGGUAGCUCAAUUUGAGAACUCCUGUUAUCAUUUUGGUAUCUCUUACAGUUCUUGGAGUAAGAACUAACAUGCAUUAUGAUGAGCUCAACAUCAGACCCACAAAUGAAUAUUAUUUUCCUCAUUAGUUAAACUGAUAUAUAAUUACAGCAAACAAUGUCUAGUAGCUGCUAUCAAAUGCAAAACAAAAACAAAAAACCACGACGCACUACAAUUAACAAUUAAUGAUUUGUGCAAAGAUUGUUUGCACAAUAUAUAAUCAGCAGUGGACUAGUCCCAACAUAAGAUAAUUACCUUCAGUUAUUGACAGUAGAUCAUACUAUCAAUGAAAGCAUCUUUACCCAAGGGACACUACCUACUGGGAAGAUUCUUUGUCCUGGUCCUAGAGAAACAAAAGCACUAUCACAGCUCCCAUUAACUCAAUUAGAAUUUGCCCAGCAUCAUGAUGUAUGUAUGAGAAGUCGUGUAAGAAAAUGACAUGUCUGUUUCUCUUAAUUGGAGCUUUCAAGCAUGUCACAAACCUGUCUGGUGUUCAGCUUUAAAUCAUGAUUUAAAUUGGAGGGAGAGACAGUUACAUACGAAAUAUCCGUUUUAGAGUAACACCACAUCCAAACCAUACUUUUAAACAUUGUUAUAUACCUCUAACAGUUAUGGCUUCCCCCAAUUAAUCCUAUGAACUGUAGUUUGUAAAGGGUGCUGAGAGUUUUUAGGAGAGUGUUAACCAAUAUCAGUUCACAGUACUUUACAUAGUGCACUUUUCAUAAGUGUGUUUAAGCAUAUAAAGGAACAUUAGACUUUGGAAUUUAAGUUGAACGUUUCUUAUGAGACAAACAUUGUUUUCUUAAACUAGUGUUUGCAAGUAUAUUUGUAGUGGGCUGUUCAUAAUGGUGUUCAGAACCAGUUGUUUUCGGCUUCAAAGAGUCUUCAGUGCAGCUGUGAGUUUCAGCGUAGAGGCUAAAGGUAGGACUCCUUCUUAAAUGCUACCUAGGCAGGUAGUUAUGUUUGGAGAGUUGGGUGGCAAACAGCUAAUGUAUAUUCUCAACCCCUGGAGGGGAGAUUGAGAACUUCUACACCAAUUGCUGCAUUUUCCAGCAUUAGGAUUGGAACUAUAUAAACACUGAAAUUCAGUAAGUAUGUGUUUAGUCAUUUGGGAGAAUGCCUAGAUUUUGAACUACUGAAAAUAGUGUAUAAUUAUUUUAUUGGGACAUGUUUUCUGCAUGGUGGGUGGGGGGUUGAGUAUGAAUCUCUGCUUCUGUAGGAAGUAAAUGUGCUUUAAGGUCAGCCGAGAAUAUUAUAGGGUGCAAUGUGAAACUCUUGCUAAAAAUACUUGCAGUAGCAUGGGUAGAGCUAAACAGUACAUUUCAGACUCUUUAAUUCUUCCUGUGACGCACAGUUUGGAAGUUUCAAUGCCUUGUUAUGUUUUAAAAUUGAGACUUGUAUAAAUAUCGAAACCAUAGAUUUGGAAACACUGGUAUUGUGUAGUUCUGGAAAGAAAACUCACAGUAGAAAUUCUUACAUAAAUCUGCUUUGUAGAAAUUCUCUUUUUUAUAGAUUGAAAAAUGGAUCUAUCUAUGGACUGUAAAAAUGGAAAUAGAUAUUAUACCCUUGCUUAGGUAUAUUUACUUACACACAAUAGUAUUUAAUGCCUACAAACAUCUGGUUCAGGCACAAGGGUCAUUUAACCCUGUGCGUUGUUCCCAUAGUUACCACCCAGAUGCUUAUGGGAAAUCAGCAAGCAGAACAUAAGUGCAACAGCAGCUUCCCCUCUUGAGAGUCCCAGCAACCAGCAUACGGAGGCAUAUGCUUCUUCAGUGAAGGGCAGCACACAGUCAUCAUGAACCCAAGCUAUUGAUAGCCUCAUCCUCCCUGAAUAGGUCUAAUCCCUUUUUAAAGCUAUCCAAGUUUCUGGCAAUCAGUACCUCUUGAAUUUUAUUCAGAGUAGACCCAUUAAAAUUAAUGGACCUAACCAGUGCUUUUUUCCAGGGGGUACUCAAGGGUAUGCAAUACUGGCCCUUCUUUUGUUGUUGUUAAAAAGUGUAGCACUCCAGUGAUGGAAAGCAUCGGGCAUAUAAGAGUUACCGUAUUUUUCGCUCUAUAAGACACGCUUUUCCCCCUCCAAAAAUUAAGGGGGAAUGUGCAUGCGUCUUAUGGAGCGAAUGCAGGCUCCAUGGCUUCAGCGAAAGGAAAGCAAAGCCUCUGAAGCACAGCACUCCCGCUGUGCUCCAGAGGCUUCGCAUUGCUUUCGCUGAAGCCUGGAGAGCAAGACUCUCCUGGCUUCAGGGAUCAUCGCCUGAAGCCUCCGGAGCGCAGCGGGAGCUCCUGCUGUGCUCCAGAGGCUUCGCAUUGCUUUCGCUGAAGCCAGGAGAGCAAGACUCUCCUGGCUUCUCUUUGUUGGAGAGGUGCUGUGCAGCUUUCCCUCUCUGCACAGCACCCCUUCAGGGAAGUGGGAGGAGAAAUGGAAGGGGCUCUGUUUCUCCUGCCGCUUCUCUGAAGGGGCGCUGCACAGAGAGGGAGAGAUUUUUCCCCCCUUGUUCUCCCCCUCUAAAACUAGGUGCGUCCUAUGGUCGGGUGCGUCCUAUAGAGCGAAAAAUACGGUAUAUUAUAAUGCACCUUUCAUAUAUCAAAUAUGGAAUCAUCAUGCAGUAUGAUAGGUUAUCUUCUGGAAUUUAAGUAUUGUGUGUGUUUAAUCUGUUAUGAGAUACAAGGGUUUUUGUUGAUGUUAAUUAUAGCAUAAUGCUAAUUUUUUAAAAAAUACAAACAAUAACCUGUAAAUCUCAUUAAGUAAGCCAGCUAACAGAGUUGUACGGUGAAGAAUAAUCUAGUUGCCUGUAUGCUGCUAAACCAAAACAGAAUUAGAACUUCAUUUCUGAGGGCAAACACAGUUAAGAUCCUACCUAAGCUUAUUCAAAUGGAAAAGGACAGCAGGCUUGUAAGGCUUCUAGCAUUCGCAGGACCCAGGAGGACUGGAUUCAUUCUGUCCAAAUUUCAGGAACAUUUCUUACUGCUUACCUCAUAGACAUUUCUGUUUGUGGCAUCUCUGUGUCUCUGAACCAAGCAAGAUUAUUGAGUUAGUGGUUGUUGGUUAUACUAUGUGUUGCUCACUGAGAAGCGGCAGCGUGUAUUGCAAAAUAUUAAGUAUUGUAUGUACUCAAAGGCUAAAUGCUGAUAAGCGGGUUCACGUGCCAACAGAGAUGCUUUAUUUGUCACAUUGUUAUAACUAUCUAUAGAAAGCAAAACAAAUCAGAUUUGUAUCUUUUAAAAAUAAUAAUAUUGUACUUAUUGGCAUCACUGGUCUGAAAUGCACAUGUUCACCAGCAGACCUGUAACAGAUAAGUUUCCAGCAAAAGAAAGAAGAAUAAAGACCUCCCCUAAAAGUCUAGAAAUAAAUUUAACCCCCCCCCCAAAAAAAACUGCCCCAAAAAGUGUGGCACUCACUAUAACAACUUCAUGGUGAGUACUGGCACCUAUUUUUCUAGGGAAAGAAGCACCGGACCUAAAUUACUCACGUUCAGUGGGUCUGUUCUUGAGUAAAACUGAAGUAAAUACCACCCUAUAAUUUACGUAUGCAAUGUAUGAAGCACUUCCAACAUUCAGCUUUGUUACAUAGCCCUGGGUUUGGAGAGUAUGAGAGACAGAGGAAAAAUCCGAGGUGAGCAAAGGACUGUAAUAUUCUAGUUUGUGCAGUGUCAGGUGUGUGUAAUGGUACAUAUCUGAGUUAAACAUUUAUGUCCUUCUCACAGCAUGCUGUAUAGUUUUGGGCAUUUCUUAAAUAGUAUUCUUUCUUAUAUAAGUGUGUGUAGGUUUCAUGUGUUGCCUUCCCAUUAGUUUUAUUCUCACAUCCAAUCAUUAUAGGUCUAUGAUAACCUGAGUUCAGUCCUCCUUGAAAUUUUGUAGUACCUUUAUCCUCCGAAUUCACCACAGCUUCUUAGUGGAGUCAGAUGUGACCUCAGUUUUGGCAAUAGAUACAUGGAGGCUAGAUCCCUUUGGCAUUAAUGGUGGUCUUGUUCAGCCUAAACUUCAACAAUAUCACUAGAUCAGGGAAUGCUAACCUUUUUAGAGUUCCGUCCCUAAUAUCAGCCCCAGGAGUCCAGAUAGUAUCCACCAGGUUUAAAUACCUGAAAUGCCCCAAACUGGGAACAAAUUGUUGGCUUACUUCAUCCAGAGUUGUUUGACUGUUUAUACUUGAGAUGAGCAUUCUGGUUUAAAUUAAGAAAGAUGAACUGGGGAUUUAACUUGGAAUAUCAGAGCCUUAACUUAUGCCAAAGAAUGUGAAGGUUUGGUUAUAUAACAAGAAUUUAAAUUAAAAUGGCCAUGUGUGAAUUAGUGAAGGUUAGGCUGAAGUGUUCUUCCUUGUAAACGUUUAAUAUAAAAGCAGCAUAUUUUUAUAGCACCACUAAGUUACUGGUCAAAAGAUAAGGUGCUGUAAUAACCCUGGGUGUAAUUGCAAACAAGCGAUAAUACUGUACUUGAACAACCGAAGAACAGCAUAAGAAGAACAUUUAUAAAGUUAAAUUGAAAAAAGCAAUCUGAGUGACAUUCCUUUUUUUUUUUGCUUUCUUCCUACAUAUGACAAAUUUAAUUACAAAACUCUGCAGCAUGCAUAACUAUAAAGAAUAAUACCGAAUCUUAAAUAUUUACAUAACUAUGUAAAAAUAAAAUGAAGUGGAGAGAGAUUACUAAAACAUAGCAAAGCAAAGCUUCUGAGUGAAUAAACAUAUCAACAGCUACAUUAAUCAUUCAAACAUAGUAUCUUCUUUGAAUACUUCUGUCCCAUGACUAUUAUUUACCCAUGUAUUAGAGAUGUAGCAUAAGCACUUGCCUGCUCUAUGGGAUCAUCAGAUUAGCUGUAUAAGUCAGUAGCUAAACAUAGUGCAAUGCUUUUAGAACAUUAAACAUUUGGGUGCAUUGGAAAUAACUGAUAUUUACCUUGGGGGCAUGUGCUUGCCUUAUGUCUAUACAGCUAUUAUUUCACAGUACUUUAAACUUGUGGUUCAUUGGCACUGAGUGAAACAGAAGUUUAAGAGCUCACUUGAAAAUCUUUCCUGGAGGCCUGCUCUUUUAGCAAGUAUGUAUUUUAUUUUCCUUAGCAAAGGGGGGGAACAAUUUUCACCUGGUAUAGUUCAGCUCUGUAUGCAAAGGGGGGUGGGGAGAAUACAACUCUCCCCAACUCAUGACUAUAUUAACAAUGAACUUUAAUAUAGGCAGAAUAUAAUCAUGAGUGCAGAUUGGUGAGUACAGUGAAGUGCUUUCCUUCUAAAGUUGCUCUAUAAACCCUAGCUGUGUUUUUUUUCAGAAGGAAAAAAUAAGAUUGGCCCCAAAUAGCACGUGGUUGACACACACACCCUCCCGGAAAUGAUCUGCCCAGAAACAUGCUGGAAAUUUUGUGUGCAACAGAGAGAGAAAGAGAUUGCUUGGCUUUUGAUGGUGGCUAUUAGUACAGUGGUACCUUGGGAAAGGGAUGCAGGUGGCGCUGUGGGUUAAACCACAGAGCCUAGGACUUGCCGAUCAGAAGGUCGGCGGUUCGAAUCCCUGCAACGGGGUGAGCUCCCAUUGUUCGGUCCCUGCUCCUGCCAACCUAGCAGUUCGAAAGCACGUCAAAGUGCAAGUAGAUAAAUAGGUACCGCUCCGGCGGGAAGGUAAACAGUGUUUCCGUGUGCUGCUCUGGUUCGCCAGAAGCGGCUUAGUCAUGCUGGUCACAUGACCCAGAAGCUGUACGCCAGCUCCCUUGGCCAAUAAAGCGAGAUGAGCGCCGCAACCCCAGAGUCGUCACGACUGGACCUAAUGGUCAGGGGUCCCUUUACCUUUACCUUUACCUUUACCUCGGGUUAAGAACUUAAUUCAUUCUGGAGGUCCGUUCUUAACCUGAAACUGUUCUUAACCUGAAGCACCACUUUAGCUAAUGGGACCUCCCGCUAACGCCACGCCGCCACUGCGCAAUUUCUGUUCUCAUCCUGAAGCAAAGUUCUUAACCCGAGGUACUAUUUCUGGGUUAGCGGAGUCUGUAACCUGAAGCAUCUGUAACCUGAAGCGUCUGUAACCCGAGGUACCACUGUAGAUAUUUAGUAAGCGGUCUCUGAAGUGGGAGGAGGAAAAUAAGAUGAACACAAUCCCACUUUGAACAUGGGAGACAAAAGGAAGUUCCGUGGUUAGGACAGACUUACCGUACUUAUGUCAACCUGAAAAUAAGUGGGUUGGUGAUAGGCUCAUAGAACCAUAGAAUUGUAGUGCUGGAAGGGAGCCCACGGGUCAUCUAGUUCAACCCUCUGCAAUGCAGGAAUCUCAGCUAGAUCCUACAUGACAGAUGGCCAUCCAACCUCUGCUUAAAAACUUUCAGUGAAGGGGAGUCCAGCACCUCUUGUGGAAGUGUGUUCCACUGUCGAACGGCUCUUACUGUCAGAAAGUUCUUCCUGUUGUUUAGUCGGAAUCUCCUUCAGGUACUACCCUCCAGAACAGGAGCUUCCUCCAUCUUUCAUGUGACAGCCCUUUAGAUAUUUGAAGAUCAUUUAUGUUCCCCUGAAAAUAAGAGGGUUGGUUAUAGGCUUCCUAGAAAAGUAGUGGGAUAACACCCAACCCUAUUUCGAUCACCGAUAGUAGUAAUUCAGAAUUUUUCUCUUGCUGGCUCCAAAUACUAGAAGGUUUCUAUUUCUGGAAUGGUUUUGUAUUUAUGCAUGAUGUGUUUUACAUUGUGGUAAAAGGCUUUCCUGUGGUAUGUUUGUAGCCACAAUUCUAAAAGUAAUUUCAGCCUUUACAUUGCAUAAUUAUGAACUCGGAAUGGAACAUUCUCCAUGAACAUUGCUUUCAAAACGUAAAGUCUUAUCCUUUGUUACAGUAUGUGAUGGUUGCUGCUGAGUCAUUUUUAUACAUGCCCUUGUGCUCAUUUCCUCCCCAGGGUUGUAUCCUCACAUGGAGUUUUUGAGGCCUAUUUGUGAAAUUCUUAUGGAUGACUCACUGGGUAAUAUCAGUUUCACACAAUCUGAAUAAGUUGAAAACUAUGCAGGCAACGGUAUCGUUGGUGUUCCACCACAUGGUUGAAUAAUUUGAAUGGCCAUAUUUGCAUACAGUAUGCUGUCGGUCUUGGUACACGAGUCUCAUUGGGUGAAAUGGUAAGAUACCUGUAUAUAUGCGGAAGGAUCUGUAUAAUGAGAGGAAAAUAUUGUCCAAUUCCCAAAAAAUAAAAUAAAAGGUGGCCUUAUAUUCUGUUUCUAAUACUAGCUGGAAUAGCUCACGUAGUAUAUAGGAUAUUUUUGGAAGUCUCCUAAAGCUUUGGGCAGGCAUGCUCCAAGAAAUAUUGUAAAUACAUGAAUUAAAGGUGUUGUGUCUGGUGGUCAGACCAGAAACUCUCAUCUCUAGAAUCAAUUAAUGACCUGAUUUAGACAUAAAGAAAAAAUUAUGGGGUUGUGUCCAAAUGGUUUCUUUAAAGAAACAAACAAAAAUGAACAAAAAGCAGAGAAACAAACUUUUGGCCUACCUAUACAAAGAAAGCAGGCAGUUCUGUGGAUUUUUAUUCUAACAGCUAUUUGAGAGGUGGUAGAGUGUGUGGGGGGUUUGUCUGGAAGGGGGCACUAUAGUAUGCCAAGCCCCUGCCUAAUUCUAUCAGCUUCAUAUUGUGAAAUUCAACAUCAUUUAACUUAAAGGGGGUGCGGUUGGAGGCAGAGGAAGUUAAGCUUUCAUUACAAUGAUUCUGAGAGUCCUUUCAGUGCAGAAAGAAGAGAAACAGGGGGAGAGGAAGGGUGGCAGGAAAGCCCAUGAAUCGGGCUGCUUCUACGGAACUUUCCCAUUCUCUAUUUUAACAAAAAAGAAAAAGGAAAAAGAGAGAGAAACAUUUUACUUUACCGGGGCAAAAGAACAGCUUCUUAUCAGCUGCCAAUGGUGCUAUGCUAGUUAAACGUACUAGGAGGGGCAAGCUGCAAUCCUUUCAAAUGCACUGGUUGCCAUUGCCCCAGGGAAGUAGUUGUCCUAGCACAAAAGCACAACUCUGCCCACUGCUAGAAGGACCCAGGUUUGCAGCAAAACUAAAACUUUCAGGGCUCUUCCAGGCGACCUGUCUACCAAGUGUUCAUUCUUACUUGUUUGCACAAAGCUAACAUGGUGGUUAGACUGUGUCCGGUCUUCCCUGAGCAUUACUUUUGAUUUGUUUACAGGGUAGUUUUGUGACAAUGAGCAUUCAUUCUGUGUUGCUUGCGGGGUGCUUAACCCACACAUAUCAUUGCAUUUCCUCAUCCCUUUGUAAACCACCAAAAACCAUGGCGACAUCAAUGAUUUCUGGAACCUGGAAGUGGCCAUAUUUCAGAGCAGCAUGGAAGCUCUGUCGCAGGAACAAGAGAAGAGAGUGAAUAGGAAACUCUGUGAUUCAUCAGUACAGCUACUGCAGCUCUGCUGAGUGGGCAGACAUCUAGGUUUCUCUUCUUAGAUUGAAGCCAUCUGGCAGCCACAGUUUUUCAGCAUAAGAAGAAAGAGCAGUCUGCCAGAAUCUGGCCUUGAGGCAUCAAACAGGAAUCCAGCUGGAAAGGGUUUUACUUUGGUGGUGAGCUGGAGGGGGGGGGGCAGGAAUAGCAGUGGGCCAGUGGGAGUGGGCAGGCAAAGCUCUGCCACUUCUUCAAUAUGCUGCCUGAAGCAAGGGGCUCAUCUUCCCUCAUGGUAGGGUCACUGACAUGAAAAGUUAAUGUGUGGUGACUGACGAGUAAUGUGUUUCUCUCUCUGAAAAUUAUAACACAGCAAUCAACAUGCAUAUGUGAGUUGGAUCUAGGACUAUAGAGACUCUGAAUUAGAGACUUAUUGGCAUCUGUCUGUCUCUGGAGACAGUGGAAGAAUGCGUCUUCAGGGGUAAGGUCAAACUGUUAGACAGUUAAUGCACGUGCCGUGGCUGUAGAGACCAGUACAGGAGAGACAUGUUUUAUUGCAGGUGGUGCAGAUGAAGGUGUCUGGUGUUGCUGCUACAGGUUCACCAUAGCGUUAGAGACUGCUUUGUCAUAUAUAGAGACUGUGACAUAUAUAGGGGCUCGAUGACUGAGUGCUUUUGGGUGUAUUCUUAAUUUCUAUUUAGUCAUUUAUUAAAUUGGAUGCACAACAUGCUGUUUGCUGUGGCUGUAUUUUACUGCUCCUCCUCCCUCGUCUCUGGGUUUUUAGAAACCUGUCAAACUAGUCUCAAGUUAGUUUGGGUCAUCCAUACUGAGCCAAGAAUGGUUCCUUGUCUGCUUGUGUUUUGCCCAGCAAAACCAGUCAAAACUUCUAGGAAGCAUUUCUUUUUUAAAAAUUAAGAAUCCAAGGCUAUACAAAAUCCAAGGAGUUUCAUCCUGGUUAGAGACUUGAUCAGAUGCCAUGCAAGGGAUUGCAUUAAAUUGUCCAUAUGCAUCCCAGUGUUGAAAUAUUUGUCUGUCUGUGCCAGGAGCAGGAAUGUCUUAUGACCUUGACAAGCUUGAAUUAGAUUUUAUUCACAAGAUUUAGAAAUAAUUAGAUUUGGUAGUCUGAAUCUUAUGCCCCCUAUUAUGAAAUAGUAUAGUCAGUUUCAUUGUAAUAUAGCAAUCAGUCAUAAUACACUAAAUGUUAACUGUAAACAGUUGGAAGGCAACAACUUUGCAUGUUCUGAAAGUCUGAGUUUCAUGUUGGAUAGCAAGCACUUGAACUUUGUUUCCUACUGAAACACAUACAGAUAAAUACCUUGUCAGACUUCUUAAGCACAUAUUCCUUGUUUUUGUUGAUUUCUAAAAUAUGCUUUUGAUUCUGACCCUCUGCAGCCUUUGUGUAAUUACAGUUUUGAGUAUUGACGUAUGGGUUACAGUAUGAGUUUUAACUCUGGGACAUCUUUAUAAAUUAGCAUCGGUCGCAAUUGACCGCUUACACCAUGCCAAUUACAAGCUUGAGGUGGUGGUGGUAAAACAAGCAUGUUUAGUUGCUCUCCCUUUUAGUUUCUUUUUAAAAUAUAUAGUAGAAGGUGUUUUUUAAAAAUAAUAAUUUUUAAAAGAUGGUUGUCGCUUCCCAGUUAAAGUGGGCAAUAAAAAGAUUUUCAGCCUUCUUUGAUAUUCUAGUUUCCUGUACUAGGUAGCAGAGCCGUAGCUAGGGGGUGGUGAGGUAGGCCCCCACCAGGGCCGCAUGUGGGGGGGCAUAAAAUUGCCUAAAAAUAUGUCCAUAAAUAAAAAUUUUGAUUAUUGCUUCAUAAGAAAAGGUUUUAAAUAGAGGGUAAAUUGAAUGGGUGGAGAGGGGGGUUGGAGGCAAGGCGGAAAGAAGAGCUAAUUUGUCCAUGGCUAGGGGGUGCAAUUUGGAUGGUUCUAUCAGGGGCACAAGAUCACCUAACUACUGCUCUGCAAAAUAAGAUUUGGCAGAUCCAAAUAAUCCUAGAAAUAGACACGGGGUGGGAACACUUUGAAAUGCAUUUUCUUCAUCUCAUGUACCCCAGUUUUGUUUUCCUGAGUUCAGGUUAAUGGUCUUAAGUACAAACAAGUACCAUAUUCACUGACAGACUGCUUAAUAAUAAUAAUAAUAAUAAUACUUUAUUAUUUAAACCCGCCCAUCUGGCUGGGUUCCCCCAGCCGCUCUGGGUAGCUUCCAACAGAAUAUUAAAAUACAAUAGUCUAUUAAACAUGAAAAGCUUCCAUAAACAGGGCUGCCUUCAGAUGUUUUCUAAAAGUCUGGUAGUUGUUUUUCUCUGUGACAUCUGGUGGGAGGGCAUUCCACUGGGUGGGUGCCACUACCGAGAAGGCCCUCUGCCUGGUUCCCUGUAACUUGGCUUCUCGCGGCGAGGGAACCGCCAGAAGGCCCUCGGCACUGGAUCUCAGUGUCCGGGAGACACUCCUUCAGGUAUACUUGACUGAGGCCGUUUAGGGCUUUAAAGGUCAGCACCAACUCUUUGAAUUGUGCUCAGAGCCAGUGUAGGUCUUUCAAGACCUGUGUUAAGUGGUCUUGGCAGCCACUCCCAGCCACCAGUCUAGCUGCCGCAUUCUGGAUUACUUGUAGUUUCCGGGUCACCUUCAAAGGUAGCCCCACAUAGAGUGCAUUGCAGCAGUCCAAGCGAGAGAUAACUAGAGUAUGCACCACUCUGGCAAGACAGUCCGUGAGCAGGUUAGGGUUUCAACCUGCGUACCAGAUGGAGCUGAUAAACAGCUGCCUUGGACACAAAAUUGACCUGCACCUCCAUGGACAGCUGUGAGUCCAGAAUGACUCCCAGGCUGCACACCUGGUCCUCCAGGGGCACAGUUACCCCAUUCAGGACUAGGGAGUCCUUUACAGCUGCCUGCCUCCUGUCCCCCCAAAACAGUACUUCUGUCUUGUCGGGAUUCAACCUCAAUCUGUUAGCCGCCAUCCAUCCUCCAACCGCCUCCAGACACUCACACAGGACCUUCACCGCCUUCACUGGUUCUGAUUAUGGUCGAUGGUUUGAAUGGAUUGUUGUACUCCAGUUGUAUAAAAAGAAGAAAACUGGUUCAUUCUGUCAUAGAACUGUGUCAAGCCAGGAUUCUGCUGUAAUUAAAAUGAUCAAAAUACAUACAUUCAGAUCUGUGUAGAGGGACAGCCCAAGACAUUUUGUUGCCUAAGGCAGAGUAACAAAUGAUGUGUAUUCAUACCCCAUCAAGGUACAUAGCAUCUAAGGCCAGCCACGUUAUUUUGGCACCUGAAGCAGAAAAUCCCAGAAUGACCUUGCCAUAAAAAUACAAUAUCUGGGUGUCCCUUCAUGACACCCAAAAUCAGUUGCCUAACAUUGGAAUAGAAACUGCAUGCAUUAUCCCACUUAUUUUAGCUAUGUAACACGAAUAAGCACAAAUAGCAUUUUGAAACCUCACAGCAGAAGGAAUAAAUCUCUUCCCAACAAAGUUAAGUAGGCAUAAAAUUAAAUGCACCCACUAAUGAAAUAGUUAUCUGUUCCUGACAUCUUGAAGAGUUUUAACCACUCUUUGUUCUAUCCACUCUUUGGAUUUCAGUCUGCUUUUUGGCAUUUAGAAAAAUUGUCAAGUUCUCCAGACUUGCAGGCCAUAAUUUGUAAUGUCUAAUUCUUCUCCUUCUUUCUCUACCCUAUUGGAUAAAAUGGAUAGUUUGAACAUAACAUUUCCCCCUUAUUUUUCUGUUUGUUUUUAAAUCAAUGACAUCUCUUUCGUCUUUCUUGCAAACUGAUGGAAUAUCUGCUUUUAGUUUCUUGAGCACAUUCAAGUUGAACAAUGUCUAAGUUUAUACUUUUUGUCAUCUUAGAACGCUUUUAAAGCAUACAAUUUAUUAAUACUUUUGUAUGUGAUCCCGCUGCACAUAACAACACAAACUUCAUUGCAGUUACCUAACAUACAAAAUCAAUUCCUUUUUUUGAGACUGCAGCUUUUGGAGAGAGAAACAAUCUAUACAUCUUAAAAAUAAGAAACAUGCUAGGCUGCCUGCUGUUGCACAAUCUUUAUUUGUUGUCUUUUUCAUUCCUUGUGUAAUCUAGUUAAACAACUUGCUAUGUUAACUGGUAGGAAGUGAGAAUUAUUCCAUAGUUUCAGGGUGUGGGGUUUCAUUUGUUCCUCAUGUAUGUGGGGUGAUGGGAAGAUUCUGAUCAAAUUGCAACACUCUUAACAAGCUAAAAUAAGCAGGAAGACAAAAGUCCAAUAUAAAAAAUCAACUACUGUACCAACAUAGUAUUGACAUAUUUAAAAUAUGAAAUGCAGCUUUGACAGGAAAGGCUAUGCUGAGAGCCAAAGUCUGCAUGUUUAUUUAAAAAAAAUUGUACCCCACUUUUCACCAUAUGGGUCCCAAAGUGACUGUUAUCUCUAUAUUGCAACUAAAAUCCAGUAAAUGACUAACAUAACUGGAUUUUUCUAUGUAAAGCUCCCAAAAAUGUGUUGAUUGCUGCCUCUUCAACAUUUUGAAGGCAAUCCUUAUUUCAGAGGGGGUGUUUGCACAUACAAACUUGUUUUCUCAAAGUCUGUGCUUGAGCAGACGGCGAGUUCUGAGCUUGUGGUUUUCAGAAUGUCAGGCAGGUAUUUUAUGGCUGUCUGACCAGUGGAGAAGAAUAAAAGAUCACUAGCAACGAGACCUGCAAAAAGCAUCUUGAACAUUGAUAGACUUGUUUUAGUGUUGAACUUUAUCUCUGGCCUGAGCCAAAGACUUGGCUUGCUACUGUUCCCUGUCAAAGGCCUUGCUUAUCUUGUCUGCACCCUGCCUCGUUUUUUUUCAUGCUAUCUAGAUUUCAGCCCCACUGACUUCAUAGGACACAUGUAUCUCACUAGACAAGAGUACAAAAUGUCUUGUAUAAAUCUGCCAGUUGGCACAGUCUUCUAGAAGUAUUCUUAGUGCGCUAAAAGCCUAGAAUCUGAAUUCCCAUACCAUUUAAACUCAUUAACACAAAUUUGCUAAUUUAUCUAGCAGUUGCAAACAUACUAAAUUGUUGAGAGCCAGUGUGGUGUUAGACAAGGAGCUGGGAGACCAGGGUUCAUGACAUUCACUGAGUGACCUUGUGCCAGUCAAUGCCUAUCAGCCUAACCUACCUCACAGGGUUGUUGUGGGGGAUUAAAUGAGGAGAGGGAGAACGACAUAUGCCACCUUGAGCUCCUUGGAGGAAAAGGUGGGAUAACAAUGCAAUUAACCACCAUCACCCAUGCUGGCAUGUUCAAAUGACAGUAGGUUUUGUGGGGUUGUUGUGGGGGGAAAAUACCCCAGAUAUUGGUUGUGACAUCUGGCCCUUAGCCUAUAGACUUCUGUGGUUAUGUGAAUUAAGUACAGCAUCUUGCUCAGGGUGUUUUUUUUAAUAAAAAAAAACACCUGACCUCUAUAAGAGCAGCCUAGCAUAGCUGCUGUAAUGCAUCUCUCUACCUUCUGCCAAUACCAACUGUUGUGUUCCAGCAGCAAGUGAGAGUAUAGCAAAUCUAAUAGUUCCAACACGGUUAGCCAAAGAGAAGGUAUGCAGGCAGCAAAUGUGUCUCUAUGUGUAGGAGGAUGAAAUCCAUCAGGCUGGUGCAACAUACUUAGCCUUUGUAGACUGUCUGGAAAGGAAAAUAACUAUAAACUAUUGUACGUGAAGUAUUUUCUACUGAUAAGCCAUUUGACUCUCAGGUUGCUUUUUCCAACAGCUGUUAAGGUGGAAGGGGUUUUUUUUUUGGGGGGGGGCGGGUUUUGUUUUUGUUUGUUUGAUGCAGGAAAGAAACAAACCCUGCUGUGAUUUGACACUGCCUUGGUUUAUUGUCCGGGGUUGAAAGGGCUGCAUCAAAACUAUUCUGAAAAUAAACAUGGUUUCACUUAUAGCGAGCUACUGCAGUAUUCAUUUUCACAAUGCAUGGAAACAGGGGUGGGAAAUGGGCUUGGAAGGUAAACUCUAGGAGGCUCAGCAAGAAGCCACGGAUCUUUUCCACUGUUAGGCACAAUUCCCAAGGUUUUAAAUAUAAAUUUGUUUCUUCUUCUGCCCUUUGCGGUGCAUUGAUGUGAAAUCCUGUAUCCUCAGUUGAAGUUUAAAAUGCAUCUCUGGGUUAUUUGUGGGGCAUAGGGAUUCGUUCAUCCCCCCCCCCCCAAAAUAUAUACUCCAGCAACCACAUGGUCUGAGUGACGGUGGACCGACCCAUGGCUGAAAAAGGUUGCUGACCCCUGGGUUAGACUCAGGGUGAAUAAUGGAUUAAAAGCCUAACAUGCUGAAUUUAAAAUUCAUAGAUAAAUUUGUUGCACAUGUUAACAUCCCCAUUCCAUCCCAUGAGCUUUAACUGUAGCCAGCAAGCUCGUACUUGUGAACUCCUUCAAGGUUUUCCCAGCCUUCUUCAUUUCCGAUCCUCUUAUGCAGAGGCGGGCAGAGACCCAUGUUGUCAAGUUCCUAAAGUUAAUAUAAAAUAUUAGCCAAAAGUGCUCAUGUGGUGAGACUGGGCUUCCCUGUUCCAUCUUUCCUGGCCUAGCAUAUUUUCCAGGAGGCUGCCUUGGGGCCCCCAACAAAUUGAUGCUUAAGCACUCCCACAUCUCUGCUAACUGACUGGCCAUGUAUUCAGAGAUCAAUCUGAGAGUCAGCUGUUGGCGGGGGAAGGAAUGUGCAGCUGUCCAAGGGUGGGGACGGUGUAGGCAGGCAGAUGAACUUCAAAAGCUGUUUGGACUGCAUUGCAGAAACACAGAAACACUCUGCAUUGCAGAGUGAAGAUACCUUAGUUGCAGGGAGGCAGUUGGAGGACGGUACAGUCAAGCUCUGGUCUUAGAUAUUGCCUAGCAUAUUUACUAGCUGAGCCUAAAGUUCUUAAAAGUCACCCAGGGCACUGCAAAUAGGAGAGGUGCCCCUGCUCUCAGAUAGGCAGACAAAGGGAUGUCACUCAGGUAGAAAAUAAGAAUGUGUUCGAUGGCACCUUGAGACUAACUUCCUGGAUCCUUUUUUAUUGUAAAACAUACUAAGCUUUGCAUUUCAGCAGAAUCUGAAUUUAUAAGUAGGUAAAGGAAGGCAGAAAAAUCAUCUGAAAGCUGAUAGCUAGAAACAAAGUUUUAAAGGGAUAUUAUAUAAUUUUUUAAAUGUAGAAUUUGUAUAGUAUUGAUAGAAAACACAGUCUUAAGCCCCCACUUUGAUAGCCAAAUGAGUUCCUGUUCAGCUCUCUCGUGUUCUGUAUGUCCCUAUAGUUUGACCUUCCUAAGAACAGCGACUCUGAUGUCUGCAACACUGGCCUGUUUUGCACGUAGUGUUAAGCUAAAUUUUCUUCACUUCCUUUAGUUGGUAUUGAUAAAACAAACGCUGGUUCUUGUAAAGUUCAUGCUUGAGGGAGAUAAUAAAAUGUUCAGAAUGUUGAGUGCAUAAAGCUAUAUUGCGCAAUGGUUGAGUUUUUCCCUCUCAGCUUCAGUAACUACUUGGGGAGAUUCCAUUCUAUGUAUCAAGGGUGGCAGUGAUCCUCCUAGGGACAAUUGUAAGAGACAUUGAGUGUCUGCAUUUUAAUGCAAUGAUUGAGAACCAUAGAAGUACCUCUUUAUCCUGGCCUUUCUCACACACACACACACACACACACACACACACACACCCCAUUCUAGCUAUAAUUGUAAUAUUGCCCAAGAGUGAAGCACACUCUCCUUUUUACAAAAGCAAGAAGUGUCCAUCCUUCUAGAGUUUUCCUUUAAAAAAAAAGCAAAUAGUAAAAUAAACUCCCUUGAUUUCUAGAGAUCGCUUGUUUAAAUUAAACAGAUGGCCUUUUGAAGGUUGCUAGCUGAUAAAAACACACAACUCCAUUUGCUUGGCUGGAGCUUGGAAACAAUCUGGUGAUUAGAACACAGGGAGUGAAGUGCAGAUAAUUCUGAAUAUUUCAGCUGGUAAAGAAGGUCACUGGGGACCUACAAAGACAUACUGCUCAAUUUGAGAGAGUGCUGCUGCUUUAAAAGCUGGUACUAUGUGUGUGCAGACACACUUCCUUCCCUGCAUUAUUUCUGUAGUAUUCAAAAAUGUGCAGGCAUUAGAAAGUGAUCACAAGUCUCCAUUAUGUGUUCCUUAUAAGGAACUUAAGACUACUCAGAAGUGUGGAGCUGGCCUCCUUGCAUUAUUGCAGGGCAACAAUUGAAAAUUGCACGGUCACUUCCUUGCCGCUCCCCACCAGAUUCCAUGAUUCAUGUUUAAGUGAAUCCCAUUCUUGAAAAUGAUACGGCCUCUGUCUAGCUUACUAGCCAGUUUCAGGUUGUGUUCCCAUGAGAGUGGUGCCAAAAAUAGCCUCUCUGUAUUAACAACUCUUUCCUCCAUGGCCUAUAAUGUUUGCAAGCAUACUCCAACAUGAUGUGGACAAGUGAGUUCUUGCAGAGUUGUUCACUAAAGGUAGUUCAAUUUUUGAUUGCUUCCCUAUGGAGAUGGUAAUGUGUUCACCAGCUAUAUUCAAAUGAACAUAACCUUCAGUAAAGUAAUUCACAUUCUGUUGGCAUUAUAAUAAGAAGAAUUCACGUUAGACAUCUAAAUGAUUGUAAAUGUGUCUCUGUAACUAGUACAGUGGUACCUCGGGUUACAUACGCUUCAGGUUACAUACGCUUCAGGUUACAGGCUCCGCUAACCCAGAAAUAGUGCUUCAGGUUAAGUACUUUGCUUCAGGAUGAGAACAGAAAUUGUGCUCUGGCGGCGCAGCAGCAGCAGGAAGCCCCAUUAGCUAAAGUGGUGCUUCAGGUUAAGAAUAGUUUCAGGUUAAGUACGGACCUCCGGAACUUACAGAAUUAAGUUCGUAACCCGAGGUACCACUGUACUGCCUUUCCAACCAUCCAUUGUUAUAACAAAAUUUCAGUUAUAUUUUAUGUCCUUUUUUCAAAAAAAGGACAAUGGAUGUAAACUCCCACUCCCCCACCUCCGUCUGUGUGAUGUAUGAAUUCUUGCUAGAUGACCCAUAUUUCCUCCCCGUAUGCUUUUAAAUUACAGUUGCUCUCUUCUUAUUUCUAUAGUGAAACUGAAUUGCUUCUAGAGUGCUAUAUCUUCAUCCUUUCUAUCACUGCUGAGGACUUGAAGCUUAGAGUUUCAAAGAUCAAUUAGUGUUGCUUUCCUUUUUAUGUAGAGGUCUUGCCAUAAAGCUUGCCAUAACUUUUGGGACCAGAAAGCUCAGGGAAAGUUCAUAGAGGCAACUAGAAUUCUGCAUUUUUAGAAUAGUACUGUAUUUUUCGCUCUAUAAGACACACCAGACCACAAGACGCACCUAGUUUUUGGAGGAGGAAAACAAUAAAAAAAAUAUUCUGAAUCUCAGAAGCCAGAACAGCAAGAGGGAUCGCUGUGCAGUGAAAGCAGCAAUCCCUCUUGCUGUUCUGGCUUCUGGGAUAGCUGCGCAGCCUGCAUUCACUCCAUAAGACGCACACACAUUUCCCCUUACUUUUUAGGAGGGGAAAAGUGAGUCUUCUAGAGCAAAAAAUAUGGUAUUUUCUCUGGUUUGUGUCUUGAUAAUCUGUACUUUAAUGCAUGUUAAUAGACUUGAGCAGUCAGUUUGGCUAUGUAAUUACAGUACUGUUUGGUAUUAGUCAUUCUAAAAGAUUUAAUAUAUGCUUGACAUGUUACUGUUUGUGUGUUUUUGCAGACCAGAAGAGACUAACAGAAGAGUGAAGAAUGUAAGACUCAUUCUCUUUUAAUUAUUUGAUUCACACAUGCAGAUGGUUUAAAAAACAAACUUGGACCUUUAGCUUAGUUAACUGAGCUUUCUCCUCUUCUUGAAAGAGGUCAAGCAGUAGAAAGAGAGACCCUUCAAAUGGCACAAUCUAGUUAAAUGCAGUGUGUGCGGUGCUUUUUAUUAGAUAGGUUUACAACAUACCUACAAACCCCAUGCAACCAAGGCAAUUAGCUUUUCAGAUGGUAAGUGGGUCUCCCUUUACUAGGACCUAAGGCCUGUUUGCUUAUAUCAUGGUUGGGGUUUGUGUGUAUGUUUCACUCUGGUGAGUGUAUGCAAAGUUGGACAAUGUUAUUGCAUAUUUUUGUAUGAUAAUAUUUGUGCAAUCGGAGGGAUGCGGGUGGCGCGGUGGGUUAAACCACAGAGCCUAGGACUUCCUGAUCAGAAGGUUGGCAGUUCGAAUCCCCGCCACAGGGUGAGCUCCCGUUGCUCAGUCCCAGCUCCUGCCAACCCAGCAGUUCGAAAGCACGUCAAAGUGCAAGUAGAUAAAUAGGUAUCGCUCUGGGGGGAAGGUAAACAGCGUUUGCCGUGCUUUGCCAGAGCUGUACGCCAGCUCCCUCGGCCAAUAAAGCGAGAUGAGCGCCGCAACCCCAGAGUCGGUCACGACUGGAUCUAAUGGUCAGGGGCCCCCUUUACCUUUACCUAUUUGUGCAGUAAGCUGCAUUGAUACAAUCUGAAUUUCAGCAGAUCAUGUAUAAUGUAGGUUCAAGGUUCAAUAAUGUGUUAAAAGGAAAUAAGCCAUUCUAAACAAAAGAAACCAAACUCUGCUCCAAGAGAACUCAAAUGACACUAAUAAAUUAUAUUAUGUAAAUGUAACAAGGAAUUAUGCAAACCAUAUGCAUUCAUUUAUUUGAACAAUGCUUACUUUAAAAAUAAUAGUAAGAGUUCUCCUGAGGUGCUUGUGCAGUUGGCUGACUUCAGUUCUUUUAAGACUGAAUUCUGAAUGGACUUGGCCAAUUCAGUAACAGUUGUGCCAGUUAAUGCAGUACAAUUGAUAUGCUGCAUAUUUCAAGACCAUCAUGUUUUGUUCAAACCUCUGUAUGUGAGUAUAAUUUGGGAGUUUUUCCUUCUGCACCAGUGUAGUGGCAAGAAAAGUGUGGGGAGCGAUGGAAAAUGUUUGCUGCUCCAUUUCACCCUCCAAAGUAUGCAUGUUGUGCAUGCAAACUACAUUCACUGUGCAGCAAACCUUUUUCGGUGCUUGUCAAGGGCACCAGGACCAGUGCCUGUAACUGGCCAGAAAUGCUAGCUUUAGCCAUCAGUUUGAAGAAGGCCUCUGAUAAGGAAAACAUGGAAAGGAAAAUCCUUUAUUCAGACAGCACAGUCAAUAUGUGGAAUUUGCUCCCACAAAAAAAACAAAAAACCACGGUGAUGGCCUUCGACUCAGAUGGCUUUAAAAAAGAAAUACUGUAUACAAAUUCAUGUAGGAUAAGGCGUCUGAGUGCCUGUUGCAGGGAACUGAAAAUGGGGAGGCCAUUAGGAAAUGCUUUGGGGGUUUUCAUAGGCAUCUGUUGGGCUAUGUGAAAACGGGGAAGGGCUAGAUGGAGCACUGGUCUGCUCUAGCAGGCUUUUUGUAUGCUUUUAUUCUAAUAGUAGGUAUCAGUUGAGGAAAUGUGUUAAAAAUUUCUGUCUUGGAAGUAAGAAAGUAAUAAGUUUUAUAAUAAGCAUACGUUUGGCAUAAUUAGUUAGUGUGUGUGUGUUGUCUGGCUUUACAUCAUUAUUCAUAAAUGUUUCAUUCUUUUUAAAUUUAGGUUUUGAUUACAUUAUAUUGGUUGGGCAGGAAAGCGCACAGCAACCCUUACUAUAAUGGCCCACAGCUAAAUUUAAAAGCCUUUGAGAAAUUACUAGGACAAGCCUUGACAAAGGUAAGGCGUUCAUGGAAGGAAAAGUAAUUUCAGCAAAGAUUAUCUACUAUUGCUGUGGAAAAAAAUGUUUGACCGGCUGAGCAUGUUUUAUCUGAUUCAGUUUUCUACUUUUUGAGGAGAGGGGAAUCUAUAGCUUUAAAUUUUCCUUUUUGUAUACUUUCUAUUGCUGUAAGCCACCUUGGGCAGGCAAAAAGGCAGAAUGGUAAAAUAAUAGAAAUAAUAAUAAACAUUGCAUGUGCCUUUGUCCAUCUGUGUGACACCUAGUUUGGCAGAUAGUUUUAUAGGAGGCCACUUAGAAAAGGGAAUGAGCAAUGGGGAGUUGAGCCUCACAUCUACCCAAUGCAACUUCCAAAUGCACUGCCAACAAGUCUAAUGGCUAUAGUCUCCCCUUGCUCCACACAUGACUUUUCACUUCUGAUAUUGCAGUUUUGGGAGAGGGAGCUGAUAACUGGAGAAAUGGAUUUGGCCAUGAAAGUGUCAUUUUGCAGAUCCAUAGCACAAUGCUUUGUUACUCACAAGCACAAUUAUGUAUCACUACAGAACUUUACUAGUUAUAAUUCACAUUCAGCAGUAAUUAUAAAGUAGUGAUUAUAUCUAUUUACUUUCUGUUUCAAGUUUCUUAAACGCAUUUCCCCAUGCUAUAAGCUUCCAUUGAGAAGAACACCAUCCAUGUCACUCAAACAGAACACAUUGCAAAAUUAUCAUUGCUAAAAUCCUUUGAUAAUUUUUUUUAAAAUUACAAACAACAACAACAACAACUUUUCAUUGCAGGCUCUUGGAGAAUCCAGCAGUCCCAAACGAAGUGGAAGGGAUAGUGGAUACGGAGAUAUUUGGUAUAUUGAACGCAGUGACUCACUUUCGUCAUCUAUCAGCCAUAAGAGAGACGAUUCCUUUGAUAGCUUGGACUCCUUUGGCUCAAGAUCUUCUGCAAGCUUUUCAUCAGACGUAACUUUGAAAGGUGGCAGUGAAGGUAAUAUAUUCUUUAAAAUCUUACUAGCCAUAUUUGCUUGAGAGAAGUAGGACAACAAAAGCUGUAAGGGUUAGAUGCUUUUACAUUUUGCCUUAUCAGUCUUUUCCUAGUUUUAAAUAUCCUGAGGUUUUCCAGACGAAUGUCAUAUAGCUAAAGAACAUUCCCUUAAACAAGUUUGCUAGCUAUCAAACAACUGACUGAAGGAAAUUCAGUGGGGAACUGAUACUAGAUAGGUCAUAGGACUCCCUCACUUCCAGUUUGACCCCAAAUACUAAAUACAUCUGGCAGGUGAGCUGGAAGUCAUUAGUUUUACUCAGUGCCUCUGCCAAACCUCUUUACCUCUGCAGUCAAUAAAGUUGUGGCCUGAUCUGACCCAAAAUGUACAUUGUCAUAUUUUGUUUGUUUACUGUUCCUAAGACUGGCUAGGUGGUGGGGUGUGAGGCACCCAGGCACGCAAUUGAAUAGCUGUUCACAAUAGCAACAAAUCCAUUUUGGUAACUAUGCUAAUAUUAACAGAGACUUCAUAAACAGUUUUGUAAGGACUUCAUGACCUCUGGCCUGCCAUUCUCUGUUAGUUUUGUGGCACAGUAUGUGAUUUUUGACCGUCUGUUCUGGCACUGAGAAAUAAAUUGAAAAAGUUGCUUCCAGUUCAGAGAGGGGUUUUCAUUUAAUAUUAUUGGUCUUGUUAUUUCUAUGGAGAAGUAUCAGUUAUAGAGCACAGUCAUUGAGAUCAACAGUUCAUUUUGCAAGUGGGAAUGAGGAAAUGAUGUAAUUAAUGCAACGUAACUAGGAAAACCAAAGUUCAGCCAGGUGAACUUUCAUACAGUAUCAGGGCAAGUGUCUAAAAAUAUUCUCUUGCUCUAUUUGCAAUAAAAAUCGUAAGAGGGCUUAGGUCAGCGCUGGCUUAUAACAGAGUAAACUUCUGAUGCUGAAAUUUCAACUUAGAGGAUUUCUGUGUGUUUUUGCUUAAAAGAUUGUGAAAGUGACACAGAUUCUGAAACACGCGCAAGAAUGCAUGAUCCCAGUAAAGAUGACAUGUCGUACCGCAGAGUUUCUUUGAUUGAACCCAAGCCUGCUGCAGAGUUCAAUCGUUUCUUACCCAGCAAAGCUAAACCACCAACAUACAUGCCAGCGCCCUUGCGGAAGAGAAGAACAGAGAAGAAUGAGGAUAAUAGAAGAAGCUGGGCAAGUCCUGUGUUUACGGAGCCGGAUGGAACAUUUUCAAGGUAUUUGUGUGGUGUUUAAAUGUGUUAAAAGUUGUCAUUGUGGCAAAUGUUAACUUAUCGCUACAGAAGAGGCCUGGAGCAAGCAUACCAUUGUCAGUGGAGAUCAGGGGAAUAAUGAGGGCAUGUAAUCUUCUCCUUCCUUCUGUGCAAUUCUGUUCCCCUUCCUGUUUAUGGUUUGCUUUAACUAUGCUUGCAGGUACAGCACACCGGAUCCGUUCCGGAACUCCGGUCAGAUCCUGAGGUAUUCGCAACCGGAGGUGCCUGCUCUGCACAUGCGCGCAGUGCGGUGGAGUGCUUCUGUGCAUGUGCGCAUGGCGAAACCCGAAAAAAUACUUCCAGGUUUGCUGCGUGCAUAACCCGAGGAUACGCAACCAGAGGUGUGCGUAUCCAGAGGUACCACUAUACUACGUUCUCAUUUGAUGCUAUCCAGUGUUGCCCUUGCAUUUCACAUUUGGGUUUCAAACUCUGUAUGCGACACAGAUGUGUAAUGUUACACAGUGGUUAAAAGAAACCGUGGAAAAGAGGGAUUUCGUGUGAGAGACAGAAGGUGAGGGGGCUCAUGAGUCUUCAGUAGGCUUCUGAUUUUUCCUUUUCCUAACCAUGACACCAGAACAACGAAGUGGCCUUUAUUAAAAGGUUGACACAGUGUUUUUAUAUUUUUAAAAAAGGGUGCCCCUGAAUUUCUGGUAGUUUUUGUUUUUUUUAAAGCUUGCUAAAUUGAUGCGUUGUUUAUUAAAAUAUGACACACUAUUUCUGCUUUCCCAUGUGACUUUUAAUAUAACUUGCUAACUCAUUUUGUAAGGUAACUGAGAGUAAAUAUUCUGUUCAUUUACUCAGAUAAUAAAAUGAGAUUAACUUGAAGUUCAUAGAAGAAUUUUUUCCCAUUCCCUCCUUCCAUUUGAAGCCAUCUUUGCGUCUCCCAAAGCCCCUUUGGAAGCUCUUCCUAAAUAAUGUGGGGUGGUACACAGGGUGCUGCUGGUAAAUGGCAGAACUUCUCAAAAUUGAUCACCCCAAUACAAAACGAUGUACAAAAUCUUUAUUUUGUCUUUGGAUUAUUACUGCCCUCCAAGAAUUUACAUAGUAUUGGCUUAUGCUGUGAUUGUAGUAGAGCUGGUGACCAGGCUUACCAAUUCUCAUUCUGUAGCUUCAUCCCUGUUAUGACUGAUCUCAGCAGAUGUGAAAGGAGUCAUUUACCUUCCAAUCAAAAUAGCAGAGCAGAGAGUGGCUUUGCACAUCUAGCUUCCCCACAGGUGACCUGCCAGUUUGAUGGUAGUUCCUAUUUGGAAGUUGAAAGGAAAGCAGACAGAUGUUAUUCAGGAUGAUUUGGCAAAGUGCAGGCUUUUGGCGAAUAUAUCUUUUGCUAGACCUGGAUUUCUUUAUGCCCAGCAAAAUUAUUCUUCCAUGCUUGAUGCUUAAGACAUUGUACCACUGACCCAUUACCCAUGGUGCUGAAAGAGAUGUGGUUAAAGGUCUACUUCUCUGGGUUCUUAUGAUUUACUCCUAAACUAUAAAAAAUAUCUGUAAACACACUAUCUGUGAAUAGUGUAUUCUGAAGCCAGAGUUUAUUGAUCUGCCUGUACAGAAGCUUAAACCACUUCCCAUGUGUAUGUGUGUGCUUUGAACAGUUUCCCAACAUUUUCCUUUUGGUCAUAUGAAACAAAAAUCUUCUGUUAUAAUGGCAUUCUUGCAUGCCUGCAGUGCUUUGAUACUCAGAACUAAUUUUGCUUCAUUCACAAGUUUGUAAUUUUUAGCCAAAUGUGUCAUCUUUUCUGUAUUCGACAACAAAUUGUGUUUGAAAGUAUAACUUGAUUGGGUAUUUUGUACAGUAACCAGAGAAGAGCUUUGCAGCGAGAGAUGGAAUGCAAUACAUCAGCUAACGUCCUUUCAGGCUUCUCCAACUAUUUGGAGGAGGAGGAUGAAGAAGAAAAGACAAUGGGCACUCCAGACAUUGAAACAGAUGACCUUUAUGUUCGCAAAAUAAAUGCUGCAGUGUCAAACCCAAAACUUUCCUCUCAUAAGUUUCUUCCCAAGUCUUGGAUUCCAGGGGAAGAAUUGCAGUGGAAAAAAGCGAAAAGGAUAUCUUUUUCCAAGCAAUGGUAUAAGGAUAUUCAAGGAUUCAGGUUUGUUGUCUUGCAUGUUCUUUUUUCAUCCAAGCAGACCUUUUUUUAAAAAACACAUGCUUAAGUGGCUCAAAUCACUGCACGAUUUGAGUUGCGGCAGGGGGCGUGGAGUCUUCACUGGCUGUUGCCUGUGGAAACUGAAUUACUGUUCCAUUCGAUUUUGAAAUGCAGCCUCUUCCUAUACCAGUUAUUUUAAGCAGUGUGUUCAAACAGAUUACUGCAUACCAUUUUUGUGCCAGAACUUACAUAUUCCCUGUUUUUCCCUUUCUUCACUUACGUGCUGCUGUGCAGUAAAAGUGCAGAUUCUGAAGAGGAUCUUGCAAGAGUCCAGGCAAGCAAUAGCCUGAGUAACUUGGGUAACAGUUGCAGAGAAGACCCAAACUGCGUUAAACAGACUGCGGAACAUGCUGCAAAAUCAGUACUACAAGCUGCAGAAGAAAAUGUUAACUGUUCCUCUGAUCUACCAAGGUUGCUACAAUUGCAUGAACUAUGCUGUCCUGUGUGUACGGAAACCUGCUCUUUGCUAAAAGUUAAAGUGAAAAGUUAAUAUGGAUCGCUGGCUUUUGAACUUUCCCCCCUAUGUCCAUACAUGUUGGCUUACUGAAUUCACACUACUAAAGCAGAGUGGAUUUUAUUUUUGUGCUGGUCGAUGCUCUUGUCUCCUCUGCAAUGAUUGCUAUGCUUUGCUGCUACGCAGGAGUAAAAGUGUUGUCCUUUUAAAAAUAUGUUGGAGUCGUAACAAGCCACAUUUCAAUGUUGCAGUGUGCACCCCUUUUCAGUUGCAAUUUUUUUGGCAUCUUUUUGGUCUGCAUUUCAGGCCUUGUUCUCACUGAGUUGGGAAACCUUUGAGCUCUAGCACUGAGGGCUAACUUGAAUAAACGGUCCUUUUUAAAAAAAAGCACCCCCAAAUAGAAAACCUAACAUAUUGGUUUUAUAUGCCAGACACAGGUUUAGCACCUCAGUGAGAGCUAGGUCUCUGUUUCUACUAGUUAACGCAAGUUUUAAUUUGUGUGUCUUUUUUAUAUCUCAGUCAGUUUUUAUUUCUGCGGGCACUGCAAAAAUAUUCUGACGACUACCUGUCCUCUGAAACUAGAACCAAAAUUGAUCCUUCUUCAGGGCCUAGGCUCAUAACUUGCAGGAAAAAAAAUUAUUUUAGGCCUGGAUGUGACCAAAGGGACAAUGAAAAUGGAGACAAUUAUCCAGAUUUGGAAAAUGAUGAUUUGUUUGUUCGUAAGACUGGUGCUUCCCAUGUGAAUCCGGUAAUCCUCCAAGGUUUUCAGUAUCUUAAGCAAGGUCCUCAGAUAGAAGGCGAGAUCGUUCUUCAACCCAGAGACGAUGAAACUGUAAUUCCAGAUUUGGAAAAAGAUGAUUUGACAGUUCGCAAAGCUCAGUUUCAGAAGAAAGAAGUGCCCUUAUCAGGGGCCCCAGAUAGAUACUGGCCUGCUCUCUUUCCGGAUCCUUGGAGUCUUCCACCAGAAAUCCAGGCCAAAUUUCUUUGUUUGCUUGAGAAGACAACAACAAAGGAUGAGAGACAAAGUGGUGGAAAGAUUUUAUCUCCUUCUUCACGGCAAAAGAAGGAUGAUAUGUUGACCCGCAAGAUGGAGCUGCUCAACAUAGGAGUCAAUGUGCAGCCCAUUAGUUUCUCUCCAGGAACAUGCAGCAAAGAAGACAUGGAAAAAUGGGAGGCAAUCAGAGAGGCCAGCAAAAUCAGACACAAGAAAAGGCAAAUGGUUGAAAGGUCAGCUAAAGGCCAUGCAUGGAUUGUGCUUGUAUCCAAAAUAUUCAGAAAUGGGUUUUUGUUUUUGUUUUUAAGAGAGAACAAGGAACAGCAGCAUCUUGCUUUCAGCCAUGCAUGUCUUGGUGUGAAACUUCAGUCUGUGUCUUUGUAUAUUGUCCCAUAAGUUGUCGUGUUGGUUGUCAAGCUCAUCAACAAUACAAACCACAUACUUCAGGAGUUUCAGGACUGUUUGAUCACUGGACUAAUGCAACUUUCAUGAAUACAUUUAUUUAAAGGAUCAGAAAUAAAAGUUUCUGCUUACAACAGAUUCAACAUAGCUGGUACUUCAAAGUAUUUGUUUGCAGACAUUCUUGGAAAUGUACGUUUCAAGUGUAGGAGUGGCUAAAUGGGUAUAAUAUUUUUUUUCUCCUUGCUCUACUACUGUUUAAGGUGUUUAUAUUCUUGUAUCGAAAACACAUUUGUGGAUGAACAGAAGCAAACGUACAUGUGGAUUGCUUCUCCCCUUUCAUCCUCUUUCUCUGCAGUCUACGUCUAUGUGAUCUAAAUAACCCCUUUAAAAAGGCAAAGGUAAAGGACCCCUGACAGUUAAGUCCAGUCGCGAACGACUCUGGGGUUGCAGUGCUCAUCUCGCUUUACAGGCCAAGGGAGCCGACAUUUGUCCACAGGCAGUUUUUCCGGGUCAUGUGGCCCUUUAGGUAUGCUCAAAGGUUGCUCACAGGUGGAGCAAAGAUCUCAUUCUGCAACCGCUGACCUUUCCCAGCAGUUUAUACAUAGUUUUGCUUCUAAAUUGCUUCUGUCCCAUUCUUGACUCAAAAAGAACUCCCAGCUUAAAAGCACUUUGUGGAGCAAUUAGGAGUGUGAAUUUAGAUAGAUAGAUAGAUAGAUAGAUAGAUAGAUAGAUAGAUAGAUAGAUGAUAGAUAUUUAGUAAUCCCACUAAAAUAUUAACAAGUAACUCUGUCCCAAUCCAGCCACUGAAAUCUAGCCCUAAUGUGGGAGGACUUUACAACCUGUUCAGAAGAUGUUUGGAUACUAGUGAGCAUAAUUUGCGGUUGUUGACAACACCUAUCUUCAUGAAGAAACAGUCCUGGGUCAAUCUUAAUGAGGUUUCUUAUAUUCACCUGGUAAAGUGUUUUCCAUCUUGAAAUACCCUCAUCCAUUCCAUUCUACAUGGAGCAUUCAUUAGUCCUUCAGCAAACUUUGUAUGUUUUUUUUGUCUGCUGAGUAGUUCUAGAGCACCAAUUAUGCAUGUUUCGUUGGAAAGUAUAACUGCAAGCUGGUUGCAUACUUAAGCUUAACACAGUUAACAAAUUUUAAGGAACAAUUAGAAUGAAACAUGCGAGGCACCUUACAUUUUCCCUGAAUCUCCCUGCCUUCUUUUAGUUAUCCGAGAGCUGUGCUCUGUAAAUGGCUCAAAAAGGCAUGGGCUGAAUCUUUGCCCUAACAUAUUACUCUGUGACUGUUUUAAAUAGUUAUGCAAUGAUUAUAUAAACAACUACUAGAUACAAAUCAGAGCUGUAACUGCGGCUGUGUUUAAUGUGUUAAGCUUCUGAUAUGUCUUCUGUGUGUUUGAUAGAUUAAGACGUGCAAUGCAAGAUUUGGGGGGGGGCGGGGAACCCAUUCAUAUUUGCAUUUUUGAGAUUAAGUUUAAGGAAAGUUUCUAGGUAUGCACAUUUUGUGGUCCAUACUAAACCACAAAGAAAAAAGCAGGUGUAAGUAUUUGUGUUGGCAUUUGAAUCUGAGAGUUUAAAUUAUUCUCAAAGUUCAGCCUAAUAUCUGAAUUUUGAUAUUGCAAUAGGGUUUUCAUAUUCACAUUACUUUAGCAACUUGUUCAUUGUUUUAGUUCAUAUGUUCUACCAUAAUAUUGUUGGCAUUUUUUUACAUAUGGUGAAAAUGGAAUGGGUAGUAUGAACUUGUUUUGGUUUUCUGAUUUCCCCCUCAGGCUGUUUCAAAAGAUUACUGAUGAGCAUGGGUAAGUUUAAUGAGAAAAGCAUGGCAGAGCAUAAAGAUUCCAACAUAAUGCAAUGGAUUAACCAUGCAGCUUAUGCGUUUGCAGCACUGGCUAAAGACUUGUGCUUUGAGGCAAAAUGUGCAUGAUGCUUCAUACUUGAGUGCUUAAUUGGUUUGCACCGCAGUUUCUGGGAUUCAUUUAAGGCAGUGGCAGGAAAUGUGGCCCUCUCAGAUGUUGCUCAACUUCCGCCUUCCAUCAGCCCCAAUCCCUAGCAAGUAUGGCCAAUGGUCAAGGAUGAUGGGAGUUCAAGUCCAGCAACAUCUGGAAUGGCCACUAGUUCUCUACCCCUCGUCUAGGAGGAACUCUGAAUGGCAAAGGUUUUGCAUGUAUGGAGGAAAAUAAAAUGAGCAGUUAUAGUCUAGCAGCUUCUUAAAACAAGCUGGGAAUGUUUCAUUGCUUGAAGCCUAGCAUGUGGCACACUUCGGAUAGAGUAUGUUUGAAUACUGUUUAUGCAAUCCACACUUCCCGCAAGUAGCUCCUUAAACUAAAUGAAAACUGACUUUCCGCCAGAGAUGUUGAUGACCAGCAACUUUCCUGAACCAAUAACUUGUGCCUGAGAAUGGGAUGCACCAGCAGCUGUGCCAGGAAAUUUUCACAAGCAGUUUGACGGUGGUGUUUAUAAGUAUUUGUAGGUUUUCAGCAUCAGCCUCUUUGUACACAAUCCCCCUUUUGGCCUUGGAGAAAGAUUGAGUUCGUUUGACAGAAAGAGAGCUUAAACUAGAAAUAUUGUGAGGCAUCUAAGUGGUAAAUAUUCACACCAGGGAAAGGAUUUUCAUCUUUUAAUGAGAUAAAUGGUAAAAUUGGUAUCCUUUAAUAAUACAAAUUUUUCCACUAUUUGGGUUUUGCCUGUUCCAUGCGCCUAGAGAGUUUCUAAAAUUGGGGAAAUUAUUUCACAAAUGUUGACUACUAACAGCAAAAAGUGCUUCUGGCUCCAAACACAGCAAGCACAAACUUUCAUUUCUUUCACAGCAUAUAGGAAAAAUUACAUAACGUGAGAUUAUGAUGUCCUGGCUUUCCCUAGCAUUGGUGCACAUCAGGGACAUUUGAAAUACAGUUGUAUCUUGUAUCCCGAACGCCCUGGAACUUGGAUGUUGUGGCUCCCAAACAUUGCAGACCCAGAAGUGAUUGUUCUGGUUUGCGAAUGUUCUUUGGAACCCGAACGUCUGACAAAGCUUCUACAGCUUCUGAUUGGCUGCAGGAGCUUCCUGCAGCCAAUCAGAAGCCACAGUUUGGUUUUCAAACAUUUUGGAAGUCAAAUGGACUUCCGGAAUGGAUUCUGUUCGACUUCCAAGGUACAACUGUACUUUGAGACUAAGAUGUGAGACAUUGUACUACAUCUUAUAGGGUGGGUGUGGGAGUGAGGUACAUGAUGACUACUCAACACCCCCCCCCAAAAAAAACCAAUAACCAUGGCCACAUUUUAUAGUUACAUGUAGUUUGGCAAUGAAACUAAAUGUGAGAGUCAUUGGAGAGGGCAACUUCACUAACAUAGCUAUAAAAUGUGGACUUCCAGGAUUCAGAUAUUCUUAGAUAAUGUUUUAAGGUUGUUAGUCUUCUUAAAAUCUCUUAAGUGCCCAUUCUCAUCUGGGGUGAUGAGAAUUCCAGUAAGCUGGGUUCUAGCCACCAAUUGCCCAGGAAGGCAAGGAAGCAUGUGAUAGAAUUCUUGGAUAGCUCUGUGUCCCUUAUUCUCUUCCAGUUCUUCCGCUGACUUCACCUAGGAUAGAGCUUCUCCUGUAUGACUCCUCUUCAGCAUAUUUUGUAAUUAUUAUUCCUUCUUAGGUUUUUUUUCUUUUUAGUCUCUCAUGACCCCCCCCCCCCCAAAUUCUCAGAGGAGGAAAGAAAAGACCUUUGUGUUGUCUAUGAACUAGACGUUUGCCUAGCCUCCCUUCCACACGACUCCCUCUGGAAGGACAGCAAAAGCUUCAACAAAAAACAACACUUGAGGGAUGUUGGGGAGGGAGGAAUACAACACUUUUGCUGCCACCACCGAGGGGCCUUUGUGCAAGCAGUGCCACCAGUAUCUAAAGACCACUGGUUAGCAGCAUCCCUGCCCAUUUCACACCACUCCCAGCCAACAGAAAUUUCUCUCAUCUGGGGCAGCAUUUCUCAGGACGCAGUGGUCCAUAAUCCUCUUUAUGAUUAUGAGGGUUACUGUGAGAGAACAGAAGGCCUUAAAAGAGGAGACAUUCACACAUUGACCAUCACCUACAGUUAUGAUACAGAAGGGGCCUGUGAUGAGAGAGGGUCCACUUCAGUUGGGUGUGGAGUCCUCAGUGUUUUUCCCAUAUGGCACCAUCUUAGAGGCCAGUUACUAUUUUUGUACACAAAAGCACCUGCAUUGUGACCUCCUGUCCCCCAAGCGAAGCUUCCAGUUUAGCACUUCCUUCCCUCCUUCUAGAGGAAUGAAUGAUCAGAAACAUUAAGCAGCCAAACCUGGCAGAUAUCUCUGCUCAGCUGUUUCACAAGAGCAAGGAAGGGACAUCUCAAAACCUCUAAGGUCCUCCCAGGUUGGCCACCAUAUCAAAAACACCCAUCCAAACAGCCCCUUGGCUCCACCCCAUGCUCAUCAGAAGGUUCUCAUCAAGGCUGUACAGUCUCUCAUGACCUUACAGCCUCAUCCCAGUUGCUUGCCUUCCAAAAGGAAUGAGGAAAACAAAGGCUAUGUAGCACUGCUCUUGUACCCUCUACACAUGGAGUGAUUGCAAUUCCCGUGAGUAUCCCGGCAAAGAAAGAAGAGGGAAGCUGUUUUCCGGAGGAAUUCCCCCGUCUAGUCUUUUCACAAUGAGGAUUCCAUGCCUUUACCAUCUAAGUCUUAUCUCCAUCCUAGAUUUACAAUCUGAAACUCCAGAAGCUUUUCAGCCAGUUUCCAGAUGAGCAUCUGUUUUCACUGAAUCCAAGCCAACUCUUCUUUGUUGUUGUUCAUUUCCCCCCUAAUAUGAUUGAUCAGGAAUGGGCAAAUAGCUUACAAAGCAAAAAAGUUAUUAGCUUACCCCAAAAGCGCUAUAAAUUACCUGACAAAUUUAUGGAGACACUUAAAACCUCAGUAGUAGAGACUUCACUGCCAGCACUGCUAUUGAGCUCUGUUAUUCCCUGGAGUAAUGAUUCUCUUGAAAGGGGCCAUGGAGAUGGGGAGUAAGGAGCAAGCCAAGCUCUUGAAAAGAGUCACGAUGCCUCUGCCUUACCCCUCCAAAUCACCACCACUUUUUGACAGAGCUACAAGAGCUGGCAUACCUCUUGCCUGAUGCAAGGACUUCGAUGACACAACCCUUCAAACGAGCUGUACCAGAAUUGGUCUGCCUUGUUAAAAUCUAUAAGAACAGAGGUGGCUACUACUGUGUUCCUCCCCCCUCGAUAGCUAUAACAGCUCACAGAGUAUCUGAAUUGGAUGCCUUCUUUGUGAGAGAAAAUGUGUGUAACUUCCACAAAGAUAGUCAGAUGAAUCCAGCAUUUAUUCCAAAGGUCAGCUUGUUCUUAUACAAAGAACAAGAACUGAUCCUACCAUCUUUUUUGUCUCCAACUCUCUCAUCCAAGGCAGAGGAUUUGACCUCCAUCAAACUUAGUCAGAUGGAUCAAUUCCCUAUUGGUCUCUUUCAACCCUAUAUCUUUAGGUAAGAAAGUGUCGAGUGCGACCUUGGUCAUAGGCUUAAUCCUGCAUCUUUCUAGCCUAUGACACUAAACAUUUAACAAAACCUUGCUGCAUCUCAUCACACUAUACAAGAGUAGCUUCACCAACAAAUGCCCUAUUUGUGAAGAUCUGCAGGGUCACCUUAUAAAAGUCUCUCUCCACAGUAAAUCUUUUCCACUAGUCCUUUUUUACAUCCUGACCCACCUGAGUAUCAAGUUAGCAUAGUUUCUUAUGAGAGAAAGAUAAAAGAUUUAAAAAGUGAAUCCACCAUUUUUCUCCUGCCUUGACACAAGUGUUUUUCUUACUGUUUUGGGAACUGUAGAUACUAUUUCUGUCUCAAGCUUUGCCAUGAGACAGAACUAGACAAGGUUUUCUCUGCUUUUCUGGGAAAUUGGUGGCUAUAACUCAGCAUUUUGGAUGCCUCAUUCAUCCCAACUGGAAAGAAUAUUCGCAAUGAGUAACAAACAUUCCUUUCUAGCUAUUAUUUAUCAGACAAUCCACAACAUAAAGCAAGCUAUGAGAGAGAGAGAGAGAGAGAGAGAGAGAGAGAGAGAGAGAGAGGAGAAGAUGAUACCUUCCAUUGUCCCUGAACCCAGUCCCCAAGAAAAAUACGCUUUGCACAGCAGUAUUUUGAACUAUAUUCUUACUGUUUGUAUGGGAUUGUAGUCGUGGCAGACAGCUUUUGCAAACAAUAUUUUUGUUGGAAAAGCAGGAUGAAACAAAUAUUUGCAAACACUUAUAUGAGCAGAUACCCUAACAACACUAAACUAAUGAAAAAUACAGAGCAUGAUUGCUACUGCAAUGCUGCUUAAAGGAAAGCUCUGGCGUUUACUUUAGAUAAUGCUAUCAGAUUAUAUGCAUGUAGGUUGCCUUUGUUUGGGAGCUGAAUGCUGCAUUGUAGAAUACAAUGUGCAUGAGCGUUUUGUGACUUUAUUUCAAUCUUGUCUAAUGUCUCUCGUGGCUUUUUGGCAAUGACCUUUGGAAAUGGACUAGAUUUGUAGUAAGUAUUCAGAUAACUCCACAAUAAGUUGUUAUAUGCUGCCAAAAUCAGCAAGGGUAUGAAAGGAGUACUAAAGACUUAGCUGGAAUUUCCAUUCCUUAACGGAGGUUACAUGUAAUAUAUUUAGGUCUUCUGUUGCUUUAACCAAGUUAAUAGUUGUAAAGUUGUUUGACUUCCUGGGGAAACUUUUGACUUGAGUAAUUUCUCCCCCCUAUAAAAACCAUUGACUUGUAACAAACAUUGUAAACAUUUAAAAGUGCAAAUACAUUAGAUUUUUUAAGCCUUUUAAAACUUCAUUCAAUAACUGGGGUGCAGUCAAUGUUUCUAUUAUUUCAUACAGUGUGAUCCUAAGUAUGUUUACAGAGUAGUAAAUCCCACUUGAUUUAAUGGGACUUGCUCCCCAGUGUGUGUUGUUGAGAGUACAACCAUAAUAUUUAACUUCCAGCUUCAUCAGCCAAUAUUGGGCUUUAUGGUCUAGCCCUCUGUAAGCAGUUAAAGAGGGAGACAUUGUCUGUGAUGACAGCAGGAAAUGAUUUGCUGUUAAAGUGACACCACAUAAACAAAACAAUCCUAGUUCUAAAGUAUAUUAUCAAUAUCAGAGUGUACUGUGGCAUAUUCCUGUCAAGUGAAAAAAUCCUCUCUUUAUUAAAUGUUUAUUAAAUAUAAACAUCUGAGCACCAACAAUAUAAAUGUAUAAUUUCAAGUAGUCCCUUACUGUUUUUAGUGCAGUUUGGUUUAUUGAAUGGAUAGCUUAGCUCCCUCUCCAAAGUAAUUGUUACUCCAAAUUAAGGCCAUUUGAAACUUAAACAUAAUGAUGUGUUGACUCCUAGGAGCAAAUCCUUGAAUGAUGUCAGUGCAGAUGAGCUCCAAACGAUCCGUCAGUUGCGUUAUGAGGAGCUUCAGAGAAUAAGGACUCAGCUACAAGAACAAGAUGAACAAUGGCAAGACGUAAGUAUAGUCACACAGCACCCCAAUCUCCACGAACAGAGCGAGAUUCCAGGGGUUGCAGGAGCUUUCACUGGGGUCUGUGUUUCCUUUUGGAAAAAGAGGCACAGUGGAGACUGCAGUGUCUUUAUGAUAGAUCAGGCUUCCUCAACCUCGGCCCUCCAGAUGUUUUUGGCCUACAACUCCCAUGAUCCCUAGCUAGCAGGACCGGUGGUCAGGGAUGAUGGGAAUUGUAGUCUCAAAACAUCAAGAGGGCCAAGGUUGAGGAAGCCUGCGAUAGAUGGUUUAAUUGCACAUAUACAUAACCUGUACCUGCUGUGGAGGGGUUUCUGAGCAUUACAUUCCAAGCGGCGCCAGCUUCUUCCAAAAGCAGCAGUGUCCCUGCUCUGCUGCUUACCUUUCCCUGAGAAUGGUCACAUCCCACCUGUUCUAGCCUUGCUCUUUUGUAAUGCACAAAUAAUCCCUACUCAUCUGUAUUCUCACACCUAGGUCUUCAAUCCUUUGACCCCCAGGUUCUCACCUCAAAGGAAAUUAGGCUGUCUCCAGUACCUUUGAACCCAGGUUGACAUCACAGGAUUAAGGGUGUCUGGCACAUGGUCCAGCACACAGGGUUUGAUUUAGAUGGGCCCUCACACAUGCUAAUUAAAAGAUUAACGGGGACUAUUUAUUACGCAUCUUAAAUACACACCCAGAUUUAUCUUAAACACACUUGAGUCAAGCUAUCUCCUCCAAGGAAAUUAGCUAUGAUGCUCUCCACUAACCUUAACCUAUACAUCUAUAACCUAUAAACCCACUAACUUAUAAAUAUUUAACAGCAUGUUGAAGAUGCACUUCAAAUCCUACAGCAUGAAGAUCCUUCAACAGUCAAAGGGAAGCAAAAAGUGGGUGGUACCAAUUAGAAUUCAGUGCUCCCUACUUUCAGGUAAAAUGCACAGUCACUUUGCAAAUAGUCUAAUUCAGGCCUAAAAUUUUAAAAAAAGGGAAUGGGUGGGCACAGGAAGAGGUAAGCACUCCACUCCCAUUUAUUCUGCCUUCAAAUCUCUGCCCCCCUUGCCUUUAAUUUGGGAGGGGUGUGGCAAUUCCAAAGAUCCAGAUUUGUUUUCUGGGCACAGAGCUUUGGGAGCACCACAGGAGGCACUGCAACUAUGAUGUAGAAUGGAAGGUAAGAGGCAGGGGGCACCGAAUUUGGCUUGGGAAAAGGAUGCUGCUGAAAUUUAAGAAAUCAAGGUCCACCACUGGUCAUGAUUAUGAACAGUUAUUCAGUUUUAAGUCAUGAGGAAUCUAGAGUUCGUGGCCACUUCAAAAUAGCACAGGACAAGAAUCUGUAUACCUCUCCUUGAGGAAAAGGGAGAGGAAUUAUAUUUUCUCUUGCAGCUCUUUUGUCUUGCACUACAAGACGAAGGGCUGUAAAUGGCGAAAACUGACUGUAGGGAUGGCACUGUUGUCCGUGGAACAAAAGCAGGGGAAUUCAAUUCCCAGCCUGGGCGGUUUUCAAGAGGUGCCAAGAGCCUGUUAAAUCGGAAUGCUCAUGCAGGUACCCAAGGUACAUUUUGGGAUGGACCAUUUUUCCAGACAACUGUCAUUCACAUAAUUAAAAAGAGCCUGUAUUUCUAUACUGUAUCCAACAGGAAACAAUAAAAAAUACUGUCCUAAACUGUUCUGACAAGCUAAACAUAAAAUACACACUUGUGUUCCUAUUUUGUUUGAACAAAAGUAUCUUUAAAAUUAGACCUCCAUUGACUGUUGUUGUGAAAGGGAAGAGCAAAUAUUUACACUGACAAAUUUGCUUUUGAGACAGUGUACUUCCUUUUCCCUUGCAAAGUCUUUAUGCUUUUAAACAUGAGACUACUAUCUUCUUCAUCUGAACAGAAGACAGCCACUGCCCAGCUCUUUUAGAGACAAUUUUGCAGGAAGAUACUUGAGAAUGCAGGAACACUAGACAUGUAGAGUGAAAUUAGAGCGCCUGAACAUCCAGUCAGAAUGAGCACUCUUGGAUAGGUAAUGAGAUCCGUGAGCAUUCACAGUAGUAGCUCUUACCAAGGUCUGUAGGAAAUGCAGUGUUCAUUUGCCUGAUUUGUACUCAGGAUUUGGCAAAAUGGAAAAACCGUCGUAAGAGCCACACUUCUGAUUUGCAAAAGAAAAAGGAGGAGAGAGAAGAAAUUGAGCGGAGAACUUCUGAGAGUUCCGAAAGACGUGGCAAAUCUCUGAGAGAAAUGCAGAGGGACAGGUAACGUUGGCAAACAAUAUUUAGCAUUUCGAACAGCUCUGUCUGUUUAUUUAGAAGUAGGUUGCACAGAGUUUAAAUGACUUCCUUUGUAGAAAGGGUUAUUAGGAUGGAGCCAAAAACCUUUUCAGCACGCAAGUGUGACUACUUUAUUUCAGGCUUCAGCUUUUCCUCCAUGGUUACUGAUUCCUUCAGUACUUAAGAAGUGAUUAAGAUGAUUUCUGCUAAUAAAAUGAUUUUCACUGUAUGUUAAUCACCUUAGUAGAUUUUUUUAAAAGGGAGUGAAUAAUUAAGUUCUAAUUUAAGUUUAAAUUUAUGGAUCCCUUUUCAAUCCUAUUGCCUUUUCAAACUAAAAUGAUUGGUAGAGUUUGCACCCAGAUCCUAAAACUAUUUGUGUGAAGUAAGACCCAUUGAUUGCACUGUGACUUGCUUCUGACUAAGUAUGGUAAUAGUAUUUGUGGUUGUGCUUCUAGCUGGUAGGGUGACGUCUUUCUAGAUUAUUAAAAAACCUGAUAUUUGUCUAUCUGAGCUAUUCUUGGUACAAUACGACAAAGGCUUUUGCAUGUCUUUGUCCCAACUCAACUGUAGAGUGAAUGCGGCGUGUUCCCAGUGGAAUCAGAAGCAAAUGAAAGCCUUUAUUAAGCCUUUAUUAAGACAUAACAAAUAAAAUGGCAACUGAGAGAUGCCCGUAUUGAAAUAUCUCUAGUUUUUUUUUUAAAUAAAACCCUUUAUUUGAAAAGCCUACAUUGAACCACAAUAAAACAUACAAGCUGCAGUACACGAUCACAGCAUAAUCCUGAGAAUAAGUCUCAGUGAACUCAGUAUUACAGGAUUGCACUAUAUAUUGGGCACCCAGCCAUAAGAAAUGUCUUCCUAAAUGUGCCAAAGAGAAGGUUAUUUGUGGAAACACCUAACAUUCUGAAAAUAUACAUAGUACUAUAUGUAAAAAGAGAGAGAGAGAAUUGUGUUCUCUGUUUAGGAGUGCACGGAUUAAGCUUGUAUAAUAGCCACAAACCUUUCCACUGUUCUGUCUUCACUUCAGAGUACACCUAAUAGCGAAAUGAUGACUGAAAUCCCACCUGUUCUUUAUGUCACUGAUGUCGUAAUGCACUUUCCCCCCCCUUAGGGAGGGCAGAGAUCAAGGGCUCUAUAGCAGCGCUGUGCAUCGAGCGGAAAACAGGCGAAUGUAUUUGUCAAACGACGAUGUGUUUAGUGGAGAGCAAAUUCCUUCAAGGCCUUCAAAAGAGCACCUUGUUGAAAACGAUGCUGCCGGCUCCUUGAAGAAUGAGGAAAACAGUCAAGAGAGCAAUAAGGGAACGGAGAGCUAUGCAAGAAUCGAAUCUCAAGCUCCACCUAAGAGUGUAGCAGAAGAAAAGCACCAGCCCCCUUUGUCAACAUAUCAUUCAGUAAAUGCACCAAUUGGGUCAGCUCGGGUUUCAGCUUCUCUCCCAAGAAGUUACCAGAAAACCGAUACGGCCAGACUAACGUCUGUGGUUACACCUAGGCCCUUUGGUGUCCAUUCAAGAGGAAUCUCAUCACUUCCUAGGUCAUUUACGGUAAAAAAAAAAAAUCAUCUUCCUAAUGUCUCUGUGGGUAACUCUUCUGAAUAAACUCAAAGGAGCUUUCACUCCCCCCCCCCACCAUGUAGAAAUGAUUAAAAAUGUGUUGCAGUAACAAUGAGUUACUCAAAUAUAUAAAAGGAUGUCACAUAGCGGAGGGAGAAAGGUUGUUUUCUGCUGCUCCAGAGAAGCGGACACGGAGCAAUGGAUCCAAACUACAAGAAAGAAGAUUCCACCUAAACAUUAGGAAGAACUUCCUGACAGUAAGAGCUGUUCGACAGUGGAAUUUGCUGCCAAGGAGUGUGGUAGAGUCUCCUUCUUUGGGGGUCUUUAAGCAGAGGCUUGACAACCAUAUGUCAGGAGUGCUCUGAUGGUGUUUCCUGCUUGGCAGGGGGUUGGACUCGAUGGCCCUUGUGGUCUCUUCCAACUCUAUGAUUCUAUGAGUAGUUACUUGGUCUAGUGCCUAAAACAUAUAGACAGAUGUUUCUAUAUAAACUAAUAUUUUGGGGGAAAUGAUAUUAAAUUGUUUUACCUCAUAGAGACUUGCAACAGACAAUGAAGUUGCUGCUAAAGGAGAACAGAGCAAUAAAUGCAUUUUGUGCCGCUUCUUUUCAGUGGAUCUGUGUCUCUGUUACGUCAGGCUACCCCAACUCAUGAUUUUAAAGGGUUUAAUUUAAUUACCUUUAUAUACUGCAGCACAGGCAGUUUAUUCCUUGAAUAUUUUACUCUGACCAAAGCUAUAGAAUUUUUACUUUUUGAAAUCUACUUGAUGAUGCCAGUCAGUAGCGAGCAGAGGGCCUGAGAGAACAUGAGGAAGAAGGCAAACAUUUAGGGUGACAUGUUGAAACCAAUUGUAAAUAAUAAUCUUUUUUUUUAUAAAAAAAACACAACAACCACCAACUACUGCCUCCUUUCCUAGAUGGAUGACGCCCCAAAAUAUAAUGGAGAAGUAGAUGUGUCCAAGAGAACUCAGUAUGCAUUCACCAGCAGUUCACUUUCUAAGCCAGAAGCUGGACAAAGCCAAUCUAUAAGUGACCUAAGAAGUGCUGAGGACAAGGCUUGGACAAGAUACUCAUCUGCUGAGGACAAGACAAAGACAAGACAAUCGCCUACAGAGAAUGCUGCCAUUGCGAGCGAAGGUGCAGAUGUUAAUCACUUGGGCCCUAAAUCAGAGCAUCAUACUACCCAUGACUCAGUUGCAGCUGGGUCUUCAGCAGCAGAACAAACAAGCCAUCCAGAGACUGAGGUUUCAAGAGCACAAGUGAGUAUGGAGAGAUGCUAGCAUUUACACAUUGUAAUGCUUUGUUGGCUGUUGUUGGUGUGCUAGGAGCAGUGGGCACAGGAGGAUAUGCAUGGUCUCUGUCCAAGGUGAACUGUAAUUUUACAUUUGGCAGGUGAGACUCGGAUAGGAGGAAGUUCUUUCAGAUACAGAAUGGAAAACAAGGCAGCAGUAUUGGCUAGGGCCGUUCAAGAGAGAUUUAGCCUGAUGAGUAGAGUUAUUUAGAUUCAACACACACACAAUGCAUGCUAGUAAAUUUACCUGCUAGUAAAUCCCUUCCAGAAAAGUUAGAAUAGUGGCUUGGGGGAGUAGGGCCAUGUCAAUAGUUUCCAUGAGGAUUUUGGAUUUUUGCAGGUGUAGAAAUAAUUUCUAGAAGUAGUAUGGCAGCAAAUUAAAGAUAAUGGUCCAUAUUUUCUAAAUUAAGGAACUCAUCUGUUGGUGGUUAAUCUUUGAUCCUUGUGUUAAAUUUGCAGCUGGUUUAGUUGUGCUUUUUAGUGGUGUUUGUACUGUUUUCAUAAGUCACUUGCAAGAUACAAGGCAGGAAAGUCAAGCUGCAAGUGUUUCAACUGAACCUGCACAAAAAAGAUUGAGGUGGCAUUAGCAAGGCAGCAUAAUGAAAUUCUUAGGGCAAAUAAUAGAUAAACAAUAACUGAAACUGCUGUGUUUGGGUUGAAGCCUGAAUUACUGAAGGCAACAGUAGGUUCAUUCAUCUUCCGAAGACACUUUGUGUUUCUUAUUGAUGUCCUGACGGAUGUGGGCCUGAAAUUAGUUUCCAGUUUGUAAUAUAAACAUGCAAUUGUUGGGUGGCUUGUUCUGCUAGUUCUGCAUUCACAAUUAUUUGCAACACUUUAACCAGGUGUUGCGGAUUAUCUGACUUUUCCCCUGCAGUCAGUUUAAUAAUAUAGUACAUUUCCAUCCUGGAAGGGCAAAUGUCUUAAGAAGGGAUUAGCUUUGAACAUUUGUUUAUAAACUUGCUAAGUAUUGUUCACCUUCCAUUUUUAUUUUUCUCCAUCUUGUUCUUGCUACUCCCAGCUCAUGAACUGUUCAGCUAAACUAUGAAGUGAAUCUCCUUCCAUCAUUCUUUUUUCAAACUGUUUCUGCAAAUGCUGACAUCUUGAUCCGCAGACUAAAUAAGCACAUGUGCAUGGGAGAAGAUGUCUGAGCUUGUGUGCUGUUUGAUGGUGUCUUCCUAGCUGUUCCCAUUGGUAAAAGAAAACUGAACAGCUGUAGGGUUACCAUAUUUCAAAAAGUAAAAACCAGGACACCCCAAAUUUUUUGUAGAUAAACUUGAGCUUCUUGUACAAGAAGGCCAAAAAGCCCACACUUUUUCGAUUGACUUGCCUAAGAUCCACGACAGAGGCCACCUUUCAGAAAUUCCCCUAGAUGUCAAUUCCACCUUUGAAAUCCCGGUAAUGUCCGGGGAAAUCUGGACGUAUGGCAGCCCAAACACCAGAAUGUCUCUUCAUUAAUGGCAAAUGCUAUAGCACAAACAUCACUUGGCUGUAUAAUUCUUCUGAGCUUGAACUUGCCCCACUGCUAUGGGUUUGCAGUCUCGCAAGAUACGAAAGUGAUUUAAUUCCAGCUUCAGAAACUAGAGCUUUUUUAAUGAUACUGACAGAAGCUGUUGUGUCCCCAUCAUUCCUCACUUAGAAAUGUAAAAUUAGUGUCAGCAGCCAGAACUUUGGUACCCUUGUAUCAUGCAACAUUUAAUGACUAUCCACUUAGUGAGUAGCAUUCCUUACUUUCCUUAUAAGUAUUAUUAUCUUAGAGCAAGGAAAUGUUAAUUAGACCCUGGGACGUUGAUCCAUGAGGCAACUUUCCCAGACAGUUGUCUAAUCCCUAGGUGUGGCUUUUUUAAAAAGUUUUUUCAUUUCAACCCAUAUCUUAAAACAAAUCUUAAUGCAACCCUUUUCUAACUUUUCUAACAUUUUUUCUUACAAUUGAUUGUCAUUUGGGAAGCCAAAUAAUAGGUUUCCAAAUCAGCGUAAUUCAUUUUGCAAUUCUAAGCAUCUGAAAUAUGUAUCCCAACUAGUACAAUGAAUGCAGGUAUAAUGAAAGGGGAGAAGCACUGACAACAGAGAGUAGUGUCUUGAGUGAUGCAUAUCCUGGUGAUUCAGAUCACAUCCACACUAUGCAUUUAAAGAAUCAUGGGAACUGUAGUUCAUUAAGAGUGCUGGGAAUUGCAGCUCUGGGAUGGGUGAACUACAGGUCUCAGGAUUCUUUGUAGGAAGCCAUGUGCUUUAAAUGUUUGGUGUGGAUGUGACCUCAAAGAUGGGGAAGCCUAGCCUCUGUGCAUUUCCCUUUUCCCUUUACCCCACAUAUUUAGUACAGCCUCAUUGGGUCAGACAAAAGAUCUCUCUGAGCCAACAUCCUGUUCCCCACAGUGACCAGCUAGAUGCCUCUGGGAAGGUCAUGUGAAGGCAACAGCCCUCUCCUUUUGUUCCGAACAAACAUUUAUUCCCAGUCAACUUAUUCUGAAAGUUGCAAGGAGAUUGUUGAUUGCCUAUUUAGCUGCUGAAAUGCAGGUACGGUUUGAAUAAAAGGCAAUAAUUCUUUUGUACUUGAGCCUCUGGGAAGCAGAAAUUUGAGCCUGGGUGCAAUUCAAUGCACUAAAUAAUACCCCAAGACUAGAAUUGUUUCUGCUGCUUAGACAAAGAUAGCACACAUUGAUUGGGGGAGCUUGCAUUUAAAUGCGUUCAGUGAGAUUUAGAAAUCAGACUACACUUUAUGGCAAGGGUUUACUCUUACCUUAAAUGUUUCCACUUGAUUAUAUUUAUCUUCUCCCAACCUGUAACAUCAACACCCUUUCCCCUUAAGGUAGAGGAAGGUGUUGCUGGACUCCCACCAUCCCUGGCCAUCGGCCACGCUAGCUGGGAAUGAUGUCAGUGGUAGUCCGACAACAUCUGGAGGGCUGCAGGCACCCCAUCCCUGCCUUAAGGCUUUUCCAUUCAGGCUUGCUCUCUGUUGGCUGUGAAUAUGUUUAUCCAUUUCAUCAUUGCCAUUGUGCUUUAAUGCCACCUUUAGGAUAGGCCAGGAAAGGAAUUUGUGUAAAUAAGUGGGUGGGUUACCUUUUGCAGCCCAAGGGCCACAUUGCCUCAUGGGCAGCCUUCUGGGGUCCACAUGCCUGUAGUGGAUAUGCAGCCAGCCAGAGGCAAAAGCAUCAGGUGUUGCUUUUCCAUUUCGUACAGUAAGGGUACAUUGCAGCCACAGAAAAGUCUCAGGUUUGUACAAGACUGUCUUGCCAGAGUGGUGCAUGCUCUAGUUAUCUCCCGCUUGGACUACUAGCAAUGCGCUCUACGUGGGGCUACCUUUGAAGGAGACUCGGAAACUGCAGUUAAUCCAAAAUGCGGCAGCUAGACUGAUGACUGGGAGUGGAUGCCGAGACCAUAUAACAUCGGUCCUGAAAGAUCUUCAUUGACUCCCAGUAUGUUUCCGAGCACAAUUCAAAGUGUUGGUGCUGACCUUUAAAGCCUUAAAUGGCCUCAGUCCUGUAUACCUGAAGGAGCAUCUCCAUCACCAUCAUCCAGCCCGGACACUGAGGUGUCAUUCAUAGGAACAUAAGAGGAGCUUGCUUGGUCAUCCCAGUUGCUUAUCUUGUCCAGCAACAUGUUCGGCCCAGGAUACCUGAAGGAGCGUCUCCACCCCCAUCGUUCAGCCCGGAAACUGGGGUCCAUUUCUGAGGGCCUUCUGGCGGUUCCCUUGCUGCAAGAAGUGAGGUUACAGGGAACCAGGCAGAGGGCCUUCUCGGUAGUCGUGCCUGCCCUGUGGAACGCCCUCCCAGCAGAUGUCAAGGCAAUAAACAACUAUUUUACUUUUAAAAGACAACUGAAGGCGGCCCUGUUUAGGGAAGUUUUUAAUGUCUAACACUCUAUUGUUUUUAAUAUUCGGUUGGAAGCCACCCAGAGUUGUUGGGGAAACCCAGCCAGAUGGGUGGGGUAUAAAUGUUUGUUUGUUUGGCCAAAGUUGUUGAGCUUUUGUGGGGGGGAAUUUGCGCCCCCCCCAUCAACACUUCCGAUAUGGGCUGCCAUACUCUCGGAUUUUCCCAGACAUUUUAAACCAAUUUAUUCCUUGACAGUGCUUUCAGCUUUGAAUCCUCCAGUCUUUGGGGGAGAGGUGUGCUAAUGUUUUGAUAUUUCUGUAAUAGUUGGGGUGUAUUGAACCACACAUAUUCCCAAAAGAGAAUAGGACUACCAGUAGCUACUAUCUACUGUGACUAUGUUCUACCUCCACUGUUGGAGACCAGUACCAGUUGCUAGGAAGAACCCCAGGUGGCGAGGGUGCUAUGGCACUCAGGUUCUGCUUAUGGGUUUCCUAUACGGAUCAGGUUAGUCGCUGUAAGAAGAUGAUACUGGACUAGAUAGGGCUUCCGGCCUGAUCUGGCAAGCUCUUCUUCUGUUCAAAUUUAGGCCUCUUGUUGUUGUUUAGUCGUUUAGUCAUGUCUGACUCUUUGUGACCCCAUGGACCAGAGCAUGCCAGGCACUCCUGUCUUCCACGGCCUCCCGCAGUUUGGUCAAACUCAUGCUGGUAGCUUCGAGAACACUGUCCAACCAUCUUGUCCUCUGUCGUCCCCUUCUCCUUGUGUCCUCCAUCCUUCCCAACAUCAGGGUCUUUUCCAGGGAGUCUUCUCUUCUCAUGAGGUGGCCAAAGUAUUGGAGCCUCAGCUUCACGAUCUGUCCUUCCAGUGAGCACUCAGGGCUGAUUUCCUUAAGAAUGGAUAGGUUUGAUCUUCUUGCAGUCCAUGGGACUCUCAAGAGUCUCCUCCAGCACCAGAAUUCAAAAGCAUUGAUUCUUGGGCGAUCAGCCUUCUUUAUGGUCCAGCUCUCACUUCCAUACAUCACUACUGGGAAAACCAUGGCUUUAACUAUACGGACCUUUGUUGGCAAGGUGAUGUCUCUGCUUUUUAAGAUGCUGUCUUUAGGCCUCUAGAUCAUGUUGAUACCUGUCUGACUUGGUGAAGUAGGUUGGUUGGUUGGUUGUGGCGUAUGUGUGUGUUGGUUUUUGUAUCGUGAAAAUGCAGCUUAUCUUCAAAUACAAAACAUAUUCAUGGCUACCAAAGGAGCUUCUGUCAACACAUGGAUUAUUGAGACAUAUGAAUGGGGGACUCUCACCACCAAAUGUACCUGGAGCAAUUUUAAUCUUGAGUUAGACUUCAUUUGCUGAAUGCAAGAGGCAGAAGUAAAAACGUAGUUGUUUGAGCAAUUGAACUGCCUGUCAUCACUGGUAUGCGUAUCAAAGGGUUACUUUCUGUCCGCUGAAGCACCUCUUAAUAGGUCUUAUCAGCAAGGCCCAAGUAUUUAUAGGAAUGCAACAUUUAAAAUUAGUUGCCAAAGUAAAGCACUAGCUAGCCUUCUUUAGUGCAGAGGACACUUCUGUCUGCUUGAUAGAUAAUUUAAAAGCCCAGAGCACACAUUGUAAGUUGCCUCACCUAUUUAAUGGAUAGACUUUCCUCCAUGUAGGAGCCUGUGACACCAGAUACUGCAGUAUCAUGUUCUAUUUAAUUUUUUUUUUCAGGACCAGUACAGUGAUAUGAGAAUCAGUAUAAACCAGAGACCAGGUAGCAGUCGGAGUUUUGGGUUUGCAGUGCACCAGGAUCCUUCUGGAGUCUUCGUGAAGUCAAUAGAAGAAGGUAAAAAUUCCCAUGUAAAACUCUUAAUGUGCUUGCCUUGAGAAAGUUAAUUGGAAGGCAAGCAAUUGAUCUAACUUGAUCUGAAGAAUUCAGGUUGCAAAUUUGGGUGGCAAGGCUGCUGGAAAAAGAAAUAACUGUUGGGAAUGGUAGAGAGAGAAUGCUCUAAGAUUAAUUUGUGUUCUUCUUAUUUGCAUGUGUGAUUGAUUAUGCUGUCAGCUGUAGCUCUCCAGUAGCAGCCAGGAAAAUAAUGUCGUCGUCCCCCCCAAAAAAAGUCUUUAGGUCUAUAUUGCACCGCAUUAAUUUUCUCAUAUAGAUGUGUUGCAAUUUUUAAAAUAAUUUGCAUGCAAGGAAUAAGGUAAGAUUUGUCUUUUGUCUUUUAUGUAGUUAAACUUAUUGACAAUACUGUCAAUAAAUUCUUAGUUGUCUUUGAAUAAAAUAAUGAUGGUUAUUUUUUAAAAAUAAAUAAAUUUUAUUUCCUUUUGUGAUAAAAACAAAACAAUGUAUGACAUCAUAACAUAUAAGUAACAAAUCAUGAUGAUCAUUUAUAGUAUUAAAAGAAAAUAAGCAAGCUUUAGCUGAGCUGGAAUUUUAAAUUUAUCAACUUUUCAUAUUCAAGUAACACCUUCCAAUACUUCAGAGGAAAUAAAUGAUGUCUCUUAUAUCAGCUCUUUGACUUGCAUGACAUUUUUGUGAAGAAAUUAUAUCACUUUUUCGGCAGUAUUGAUUUUACUUUGUUGUAAAGCGUCAUUAAUUUACAAAACUUUGUUUCCCCCCCUACUCUUAAAACAACAAAAAAGGAUUAUUUCCCUAAUAGAAGCUGUAGCUUGUCUUUCUGGCCUCCCAAAAGGAAUUCAUUAGAGCUCUUCAACAAUGAAGCAAGCCAUAGCAGAAGGAGCAGUAAAGGUUUUUCUGUAAUUUACUAAGCAGUGAGAUUAAGAUUUUAAUAAUUAAAGAAGCUCAGAGUCUGACCUACAACAAGUCUGAGACAACUCCUGAAUCCGUGAAACUUAGCACAGGCAAAGUUGAUUGUGGUGCUUUCGGUACAAGUAGAGGCCAUGAAGUUAUAGAUUCAGGCGACAAUCUUAACGCAUGCAGCUGUCACCCUCUUGUCACCCUCCAAGUCAGGCUGUUGGUUCGUUUGCCCACUGCUGUGGGCACAUAUUGAUAGCUGCUCUUCUAGGCCUAAAGCAGAAUAAUUUUUAUUAUUUAUCUUUUAAAAGUCCAGUCCCUCUAAGAAAACUCAGAGUGGCACAAACAGUAAUAAAAGCAGACAGAAUUGCCAAAGCACCACAAUUUACAUUCAGAUGAAUGAAUAAACGGCAUCCACCCUGUUUAACAAAUUCCAGCAACAAACUGAGCUGGCCAAAUUGCACCAUUAAUCAUAGAAUCAAAGAACUGUAGAGUUGGAAGGGACCCCAAGGUUCAUCUAUCCCAACCCCAAGCAGUGUAGGAAUCUCAGCUAGAUCAUACAUGGCCAAUGCCCAUCCAGAUUCUGCUCUCAAAAACCUAUCAAAAUUUUGCUAUCAGAAUCGAAAACCUUUUUUAAAAGACCAUUCUUUGCCAGCCUCCUGAAAAGCAGUAUAGCAACAGUCAUUCAUUGGAGUAGAAGCCACAUCAGGAAAUAUCUCAACCUAUAAAACCCUGAAUGGCCGGUGCCUUGAAUACAGCCCAGAAGCUAAUGACCUCUCUCAGCAGCUUCAUGAAUAUAUUAAGAAGCAUGGAGAAAACGAUAGAUCCUUACAGAAUGCUAGAUGGCACAGGCCGUGGGGAAGAGCUUUCAACUUGACCCAGUAACAAAUUGACAACCUGUGCAGAUCUCUAAGCUCAGGUGUUAUAUGCUGACAAGGUCUCACUUCUGUCAGCUUUUGCGUUGCUGCAUUCUAUGCUAACAGCAGCUUCUGUAUCAAGCGCAAGGGAAGCCCCACAUAGUGUGCAUUGCAGUAGCCCAGUCUCGAAGUAACCAUAUUAGACAAUGAACUAUAGCUACUCAGCUUCAAGGUGGUCCAAAGAUAGUUUGCUAAACAGAAGUCGUAUCACUGCCUCUUUAUGGCCAAAGGGAGGCAUUCUAUAGUGUCCUUUGCUCAACAGAAGCUGAGACAGUUGAUUUAUCAUACAGGAUAAGCAAUAAUCAAGAUAAUGGGCCAUUGAAUCCACCCCAUCCCCGAGAUUUUGCCUACCUCCUCACAGCCAAUCAGCUGAAAGGUAUCCAAUUAAACAGGACAAACAGACUCUCUAAUCCAAAAUUCCUCCGGACUCCUGCGAAGUUCAAGUCGGAGCUGAUCUAAGUAAUUUUAUCUGCAAAGUGCUUUGCAAAUAGGUCACAAUAGGGUUCCAUGACCUCAUGUAACGUCUGCUUGCCAUGAUGUAAAAGGUCCUUCACAACAUGGAAUGGCUCUGCUGGAUAGCACUGAGCAGAGAAGCCUUUCGCAGAACUGUUGUCUGAGACCUUAUUAGUUGAAGAUGCUGGGUGUUGCAUCUGGAACUUUCUGCAUUAAAACCUGAAAUGUGCUUUAGAGCCAUCGUGGCAUUAAUUCGGGCAGGAGAACCCUGGAUUCGGGUCUCCAUUCUGGCAAAGUUGGUCUGGCAAGUUCAUUGUCAAUGUUGCAGAUGAGUUAGAACAGGGAUGUCCAAAAGGUAGACUGUGGUAGAUCUCAGGACCCUCCCACCACCUAAAAAAAGCUCAACAACACUGAUGAUUUUGGUAGAUCACUGCCAGUUUUUUUUUUUUAAUAGUGGGAGUAGAUCCCAGUUUCUUGAAAGUUGGACAUGCCUGAGUAACAUCACAUGUCAGCCCCUUGGGGGAAAAGAUGGGAAGCAGGUGUGGGGUUGGUGAUAGAAAAGGUUAUUAAAAUUUCACCACGGUUGGCAUCCAUCUGUCUUGGGAGACAAUGGAGGAGUGCGCCUUUAAGGGUGCCUGUUAAAAAAAAAUCUCAUUUCAUAACUUGGAACUGAUAUUGGCAAGUGCUCCUGAUCUUGGGUGGGAAAGUGCUCUGAAGUGUUCACACUUCUCUGCUGUGCUUACCAACAUGGUUGAAAACCAGUGUAAACAGAGGAAAUAUGAGUGUGUUUUUAAAAUGUUCACAGAGGCGACAUAGAUAACAAGUUGCAAAACAGCAGUGAUUCUCUGGCGGGUCUGAUAGGGUGGCAUAUUAGAUUUAUGGAGGAUCAUUUGUUGCUUUUGCCUUUUUAGCAUUUUUUUUUUUUAAUGUAGGAGAGGAAGAGAUCCUUGUUCACAAUUUGCAAAACCAAGAAACUGCCACACCACCUUAACUGCUUGGCUUUGUAUUCACAACAAACCUUUACGCCUAUAAAAAUACCAAACUAUUCUAGUCAUGUCAAUUAACUAUCAAUAAAGGCUGUAUAAUGCCGAGUCAUUAUGAUUAUUUGUACCUCUUAUGUCUCUGAAUUAAUCCACACUUUUAACGCCAUGGUACACCUGUAGAACCACGUCUAGGCGCCUUCAUCUGCCCCCAGCUGCAACAAAACAUGUCUCUUCUAUACCAGUAUCUACAGCCACAGCAGGCCCUGUAACUCUCCAAUGGUUUGACUUCACCCCCAAAGGUGCACUCCAACAAUUAUUUGCAUAGAAGUAGUUCUUAGGCGGGACGCGGGUGGCGCUGUGGUCUAAACCACAGAGCCUAGGGCUUGCUGAUUAGAAGGUCAGCAGUUUGAAUCCCCACAAUGGUGUGAGCUCCCGUUGCUUGAUCCCUGCUCCUGCCAACCUAGCAGUUCGAAAGCACGUCCAAGUGCAAGGAGAUAAAUAGGUACCGCUCCGGCAGGAAGGUAAACGGCAUUUCCGUGCACUGCUCUGAUUCGCCAGAAGCAGCUUAGUCAUGUCUUAGGCACAAGAAAAGACAUGUUGUAUGUUAAAUAUGAAUGACAAGUCCUGGUAGUUAUUCAGUGGCUUCUAAAAAAAUCCCGCCCCCCCGUUGUCUUUCCAAGGCAGCGCAGCACUCGCAGCAGCUCUCACAAAGAUAAAACAUACAAAAAAUAAGUCUAAAAACUAACAUAAAAAAUUAGAGUGAGUGCCUUUUUAAUUUAGCUGCCCCAUGUUUCUGACAUUACAAGUUAGCUCUCAUCUUUCCAUCACCACCAGGUAGCCCAGCAGACUUUUGCCAGUUGAAUGUUGAGGAUGAAAUCCUUACUCUCAAUGGCACAAAGGUUUCAGGUAUGGACCAGAGUCAGUGGGAAGCAGCCAUCGGCAGCUCACUAGAAACCGGAAACCUUGUCAUGGAUGUUAGGCGAUACGGCAAGAAGGGUGAGCUUUUCCUUGGGGUGACUUCUGCGUGACCUGAAAGGUGUCUGUUCUUUGCCUGCGAACUUGUUGGGAAUGGAUGAGUCCUUUAUUUCUGCAGCCUUCUGCAGCAACAGCUUUUUCCUGGCAGCACCUGCUUAUUGUAAAUACAGCUCCUGCUGCUGUUAAUUUUGGGUUGUUGUUUUUUGCAUAUGUUAAAGCUGUGUAAAUCUGCAUUAGCAAGUCUACUUUUCUUAAACUUUUUUCAAGGAGAAAUAUAUUUACAUAGGUUUCUUGUUCCCCCAGCCUUCAGAAAUACUGAUUUUCCUGACCUUGUCAGAGAGAUGCAGAAAGAAUCCAGCACUUUUAUUAUUAGUUCUGUGGUUCUGUUUCCUGGAAGAGCAUCCAUGUGAUCUAUUCCCCACACCAAACCCUUGCAAUUAGGUCCUUUCUCUGUCCAGAUAGUCUAGCACUGUAGUGUAUAUCUGUAUUUGAAGAAUAAAAGUUAGUAAACUUGCUAUUGUUCAUUGUGCUUGCCUUUGACUAAUGCUUGCUUUUUGGGGAAGGCGGUCUGUUCAUAAAAAGCCCUAACCAAUUUCCACACAUACAAAUUCCAAUUCACUUUCUACUUCAUCUGUCCCUCCUGUCUUUUUUGUGUGUGUUUUGGUUUUGAUGUAUUUUCAUUAAGUCUUUUUCUUUAUGCUUUGACAUCUUCCCUGUCUACUUUUCAAUUUUUUGAUCUCCACAUGCCAAUCAGACUGGGGCAAAGACCAGCCUUCCCUGCCAUAUGCAAGGCACAAAAUCCUCAAUCUCACCAGUAUGGCUACCAACAUUAUAGGUACACCUGAGAACAAAUGGAUUGAUGCGACAUCUGUGGACAGCACUUCAGCCAAAAGUCAAAGCAUAUCAGCACAAAAAGACUUGCACAACAAUUUUCAAAAUGAUGUAAGUAUGCCUAUGUUUGAAUUUGGGAAGAGGUUCUGCAUUUCUUCUCUCAGCAACAUUAAACAGUGCCUAGAAAGUACUCAAGGGACGCGGGUGGUGCUGUGGGUUAAACCACAGAGCCUAGGACUUGCCGAUCAGAAGGUCAGUGGUUCGAAUCCCUGCGAUGGGGUGAGCUCCCGUUGCUCGGUCCCUGCUCCUACCAACCUAGCAGUUCGCAAGCACGUCAAAGUCCAAGUAGAUAAAUAGGUACCGCUCCGGCAGGAAGGUAAACGGUGUUUCCGUGCACUGCUCUGGUUUGCCAGAAGCGGCUUAGUCAUGCUGGCCACAGGACCUGGAAGCUGUACGCCGGCUCCCUCAGCCAGUAAAGCGAGAUGAGCGCCGCAACCCCAGAGUCGGCCACAACUGGACCUAAUGGUCAGGGGUCCCUUUACCUUUACCUUUUAGAAAGUACUCACUUAAUGAAAGUUAAACGUCUCCAAGGUUCAAUUAAUGAAGAAAUGUUGUCUUGGCCUGUUGACCAGAAGUCCAGGUCCUAUUGUUAGCUAGGUGGUGAUGCAGGCCAGCAACUUUUUGUGCCAGGACAUGUGAAAGUGAUGUGGCCAGAUACUUCUGCUGCAUGUUCUGGCAGCGUAAUUCAGUCGUUCUAUUGCGCUAUGAGAGAAGUGCUAGCACACUGCAGGAAACUUUUUUUCCUUACUGGAGUUUUCUGUGAACCCAACGUAAAUACCCAUAGAGGCAUCUGCUCACUGCUGUCAUGUAAUUUCUCUGUUCUGGCCUUGCUUUCUUCCCAUCCAGGUAGGUAAUUUUUCCCUACUGCAUCUCUUGCACUGCAUUGGGUAGGAUAGGCAAUAAUUUUAUUUAUCUAUAAACCUUCACAGAACAGAUAUCCAAAAAAAGCCCACCACCAAAAAACCAAAAACAAUUCACAGUUGAACCACAAAUUUAGCUCUCAAUUUCCUGGUUGUCCAUUCAUUCAUUGGAUCAUUCAUCUCCCCCUAGUGCAACAACAAAGCAAAUUACUAGCCAGUUAUUUGCAACAAAGCAAAUCAAUGUGCGUGCCAGUUACCAUCUUGCAUGUUCAGUAUUAAAUCGGAAAACUUAACUUAGCUGCCAGAAGUAUGAGAAACAUUUGCAUAACCCUUUCCUUCUUGAAGAUGGAGGAACAAGUUUCACGAAAUCUCUUCUCUUGAUUUUCUAAGCAUCAGAAGCCCAUAAUGGUACAUGAACUGAUUGCUAGAUCUUUUAGAUUUUAAAUCCAGUAAUAGAUUAUUAGAUGAAUGAUUGUUCAUUCUACAUCAUUUAUUGAAUAUGCAUAAAAAUAAAGUUCUUUAGGGGUAGGAUCAAAAAUAUCUAUUUUAGCUUUACAGGUUGUAUGGCUUACCAGGAGUGUCAAAAGCAGUUGUAGUUAUUUUGUGGGGGUGGGGGAUGAAGGUAAGAGUCAUGGAAUUAUUUCAGUAUGUUAAUUUUUCUGGUUUCAGGAUUCAGAAACAAAGAUCAAUGGAAUGCAAGGAGAUGUAAAUUCCAAUGAGAAAAAAGGUAAAACCACCAGAACUUUCCAAUUGCUAGCCGUAGGCAGUGGUUGGGAUUGAAGGGGAAAAUGUAUACCUAGUGGAUAUGGUGUACUGGGGAGUUGUGUACAGUUGAAAUAUAAGAACUUCCAAUUUUCUUAGGUGGCUCAUAAAUAUAAUUGCAUGCAGAAGACAAAUUGGGUUCUCUUCCGGAAGUGUUGUGCACAUAUAAAGAACUGCUAACAAGAUGGCAUCUAGUUCCUUUAUUUCUGCAUCACUGACAAUAUGAGUGUGUGUAGUAAGAAUGAAAGAAGAGAGGGGGGAAGGCAGAAAUAAUUUUAAACAGUACUGGCGUUGAGGUCCUAGCAAGUUCAUGGGAUUACCUGCCUUUCACUGUCACGUCAAUCCGAGCUUUGGUGUGUGUGUGUGUGUGUGUGUGUGUGUGCAUGUGUGCUUAGAGGGAGAUACUCUGUAAAAUGCUUUUUGAAAGAAAAAAGAAAAGUCUAUUCAAUGUGUAAAAAAUUGUAUGGUGAAAACUUAUGUGUGCCUAGUAAGACUUGGAGUUAGUGUAUGUUUUUUGAAAGUUUAGACUUUUGAGGAAGGCAAAGGAAGAGAAAACCUAUCCUGUAAUAUAAAACUAGAAAGCAUUUCAGCCCAAGAGCUUAGUUUCCCUUGCAGUUUCCAUUUAUUUCAGUGGUGUGUUGAUGGCAACAGCUUUGUGUGCCUAUGCCAGCCUUUCUCAAACUUGGAUCCCCAUAUAUUGUUGGACUACAAAUCCCAUCAUCCUCAUUGGUCCUGGUGGAUAAGGAAGAUGGGAGUUGUGGUCCAGCAAUAUCUGGGAGCCCGAGUUUCUCAAGUCUGGCCUAUACCCAUGCAGUUAGAUUAAGAAUGCAUUUUUAUAACUCCGGCCUGCAGCACAUAGACAUUGAAGUGAACUCUCCACUGGCAAGAAGACACCACAUUUGCUGAUCUAAGGACACCUGAUGCUUGUCAUGAGCUCAGUGCACUUACUUAAGAUUUGUUUUGUUUGUUAGUUAUAUUUAGGCUGAUGUGAGCUUUCUAAAAAGGCAAGCAGAAUAGAAGUAGGAUGUACAAAAUGAUAAAUAACUAAAGAAUUGAACGAAACGUUUGUCUGAGCAAGAAGCCCAUCCAGACCCUACAGGACAACAUUUAAUGAUAUUACUACAUGUAUUAUCUCACCCUUCAUCCAAGGAGUUCAGGGCACCGAUGUGGAAGUAUAUUACAGCAACCCUGUAAAGUUGUUCAGGCCAAGAGAUAAUGACUUAUCCCAGGCCACCCAAUGAAACGAACGGAGAUCAAUGUCCAGGUUUUCUGGUUGUUCAUUUCCCAGCAAUCUCGUUUACUGUCCUAGCUCUGCCUCUGCUGAAAUUUUGAACACUGAAAGAUGAUGUAUAGAGUAGGAGCACUGUACUUUGGUAAACACAUUCCUGUGACAUAGGCUACUAUGCUGGCAAGAUGUUUGUUUCAAUGCAGCUUAAGUUGGAUGCUCUGAAUAGUGUUUAUCCAUUGGACAGAUAUUAAAUAAAGCCAAACCACACCACACUGACUUGUUUUGUAUCUUCAUAUUUUUUUCAAAUAGACACAGAACCCAUUUCUUUGAAAAACUUAAAAAGGCGAUCACAGUUUUUUGAACAAGGUAAAAAACAACAACCCCAAAAGCUAACAUUUCAUGUACUUUCAUGAAAUUGUUCCCCAAUGUACAUUCUUCUUAACAAGUCUCUGGUGUUGGGUUCUACGUUUCUUUAGUCAUUGAUUGUUACCGUCAUGCCAAACUAGCUUAAUCUGUUUCCAUUCUUUCCUUAGGGUCAUCAGGUUUUUCUUACAAUUCAUGGGUCUACCUUUGUGGUAAUGGGCUUUGUGUGUUCCUCUGUAUCUCAAACCUUUUACACUUCUGAUAUUUGUUCAAACGCUCUUCUCACUGGGGAGCAGUGUGAAGUACAGAAACCUUUGUUCGGAUUUGCAGCUUUCCUACAAAAUGCCAUUACGCUGAGCAAAGCAGCAGACAUGCUACAAUAAAUUCCCAACUCGAGAAAUGCAGUCAAAUUUAAAUGUAUUCAUAAUACGAUUUAGAUUUAUUAAAAAUUGGCAGAUUAGUAUGCAGUAGCUAAUUACAAAAUGCCUGUUCCAUAACCAUGAGCAAAUCUUAUGGCUCCAAAAUACUUUGGAAAAGGGUUUUAAGAAUCCAAAUGACAGUGUCUCGGCUGUGAAUGGUUUGUCACAAUUCUCUAAGGCUUCUCCUAGUGUGCUUUGCAUGUUGCAUCUCACCUCCUUCAUUUACACUUCAGUAAUUUGCUCGUACCUGUUUCAGUAUUUUUGUGCACAUGGAAUGUGUUGAAGUGAUUAAGGCACUUCACAUUUAUUAUAACAUUAAGUAUCACAAAAGUUCUGUUUUCCCUUGAAUAUAUAUGUCCCUUUGAUAAGUACAAAAUAUUAAAAUGCUUCUCUUUGACUCUGUUUGGAUGGUUUGUCCUAGUGAUAUACUGCUGAGUGAAUUACAGUACAUCCUGUGCUUAUGGGGUUAGCGCAGGUAUCUGCAAUGUCUCAGCAUAGCUGUCAAGCAUCCUUUAUUGUGACGGCAUAUUCCUCUAUAAGUUCUUUUCAAAGCCAACGGAGGGGAGAAUGGGAGGCCUUGGCCUGCUUGUACAUUUCAAUCCCCCAGCCUCUCUGGCUGUGCAGGUAGGGCUUUUCCGAACAUGGAAUGCGCUUCACAAUACAGACUGCUGGACAGGUAUGGAACAUGGUCUUAUUAUCUUCACUGGUUUCCUUAGAAUUUUCCACUUCAUCUUUUUAUCGCAUGUUUGUCAUCUGAUGUGAGAGUCCGCUCAUCUUCGGUCAGGGUGGAGCUGUUGCAAAGAGACUUUAUUGUCACUAAUAAGUAAAAAUACGUAUCUUCCCUCGAUAACAAAUACUGCUGAGAGUGCCCAUGUGUUGCAGAUGGGAAAUGAUUGUUAAACGUUUCCUAUACAGUAGACCAGAAGAGAUAACAACCUCUACACAAUUAUUUGCAGUCUGCCACCAUAAUCCCAAUACUUUAUUUUGUGUAUAUAUAAAGUAUUAAAGUAACUUCCAGAGAAUUGCAACACUAGUAGUAAUAUAUAUAUAUUACUGCUAGUCUUGCAAUUCUCUGGAAGUUUUGCAGUUUCCCAGCAUACAGUUCGAGUGCAGGAGCACUUAACCAAUCCUACUGAUUUUGUAUUUGACCUCUGUUGUGCGUGUUUUUAUUAUUUUUAUAUAUGCUGCCCUAAGAGCAUUAUGCUGAGUGAUUAAUAUAUCUAGUAAAUUUUUAAAAAAUCUAUCAGACAAAGCAAAAAGCACAACUUGACCCAUCUGUUGUAUGUGGUUGGUUUUGGCAUUGCAAAAAUGGGUGCUAAGGAGAAUCACAUAGAAGUUAAACUGUGGUUGGGAUGAAAGUGAAUUAUACACCAAUGUAAUGUCUUUGGUAAGCAAGAUAAAAAUGUAUGUGCAGCUGUUUCUUUAAAAACAACAAAAAGGGAGCCAUUCCUAUUGAUGGCCCUAGACCUUCAGAAAAGUAAAUGAGUAGUAACUUUCAAAUAAUAUGUUGUUUAAUUGUAUACUGUGUUAGGAGAAGUGGGUUUUUCCCCCCCAGUGCAUUCUUUACUUUGUGAUGAGCUUUUGCUUAUCUCUAAAUUGAAAAGUGGCUUUGUGGUUCUAGCCAGGUUUUUAAAAGAAGAUUCUUUAGCAAACUUUGUGGUAUUGCUAAAGUUGAGAUGAAUUCUUUUAAGACUAAAGCAAUAUUAAGUAAUAUUAUUGCAUAUUUACAGCUAUCUAUGCGGUGCCUACAAAUUUGUAUAUAUCCAUUAAGUUGAUAUUUCCAUUGUGCAUUGUCAAAGUGGGGUGGGGGGAGCCAUUGAGUGAUGAAUCUUGCAUCCAGCACCCAUGAACUAUGUGCUGUGCUCAUGCAGCCUGUUUUUGUACUGUGCUUUCUGCCAGUGCUACUCAUCUUUUGAGGCAGGGAAUAGGAUGCGUCCACCUUUUUCUGGUGCACUCCUCAUUUCUGGUUGUAUGGGUUGUUGGGGAGAGGAGGAAAGAGGGAGGUCUUUUCCAACCCAGUUCACUGAAUUUGAUGUGAUAUAUUAAUCCCGAUAUCUCUUUUUGUGUGUUUUUGUUUUGCUGCUCCUCAUAUCGUUCUAAGACUAUCCACGUUUCAGUGCUUACUGAGAGAUCCUUACUCCCUAAUUGUCCUACAGCUGCUGUCUUUUCCUGCUUAUUGUGGUCAGAAGCCUGUGGUGGAUUACGAUCUGAAAAAAAUGCGGGAAUAUAACAUUCCUGAUAAAAUACUGCUUUGGCAAGCAUUAUGAAACCCUGGGGAAAGUCUGGGGAAAAUAAAGACUUCUCUCGGUUUUCUCUUGAUGUGUUGAUGCACUUAUUCACCCUUAAGAUUACCAUCAUUGUUGUGUGUUUUUCUGUGUGGAACAGCUGUUUGUCCCUUGAUUGUCCAACUGAUGAAAAACUGUAAAAUCAUACAAGUCUAAUAGGUGUUUGUUCAUCUGAAAGUCCUUGACCUGAUAAGGGAAUGGGGCCCAACAGCUUAAAUAGUGCCUUCCAAUAGCCUACAACUUUAAAUUGUAUCUUCCAGGUCAUACUAACAAAGUUUCUUUUUCUUUCUUUUUAAAAUUAUUUUCUUCUCACUGCCAGGAGGCCCAGAGCCUGCCAUUCCUGAUGUGAGUAUUGCUGCUUAAGUUAUAGUAAAUAGUAUUUAACUAAUGAGAUAAUAAUAUAACAUUAAAAAAUACGUACAUUCCCACAAAUGAAAAUGAAUACUCAAAGCAAUAAAGAUGUUAUUAUGAGAUAAAAUAGAAUAAUGCGUAACUUGGGGGGAAAUAUACAGUCACACAUUAUCAUGAAAAUUAUUACUUUAAAAACUGAUGAACAAGAACUAUGGGUGGUAUUCAACUAAUAUUUGCUCAGAGCAGACCUGUUAAAAGCUAAUGGAUCUAGCUUAGUCAUAUUAAUUAUUGUAGUGGAUUACCACCCUGUGACUGUAAAUCUACCUGCUUGAAACCUAAAGAAAGGUUCUUCAUAAGACAGCUUUAUUUGGUGAACAAGGAAUGUAACCAGAUGUUUGGAUCCAAAAAGUACUCCCAAUAUCACAUUGCCUCUAAAGGUAAAAAGGUAAAGGACCCUUAGAUGGUUAAAUUCAGUCAAAGGCGACUAUGGGGUGUUGCGCUCAUUUCACUUCAGGUCGAGGGAGCCGGCGUUUGGUGCUGUGGUCUAAACCACUGAGCCUCUUGGGCUUGCCAAUCAUAGGGUUGGCAGCUGGAAUCUGUGUGACAGAAUGAGCUCCCGUUGCUCUGUCCCAGCUUCUGCCAACCUAGCAGUUCGAAUUGCCUCUUAAUAUGCAAACCUGGGAUGGGUACUGUCCAUGGAAGCAGGAAGGAACAGAGCUGAACCCUUCUUUUCCUUGGGCACUUUCCAAGACUGGCCAAGUUGGGUCGGUGUGAUAGCUUGCAGAGCAAAAGUGUGCAGGGUUAAGCAUUUUCCUUAUCUGCCCACUCUGUCAAACUUAAGACAAAUUCAAGACUGGGAAUCCACGUUCGCUGCCAAAUAUCUAUUUCUGGUCUAAGACUGUAACUGACAUUGUAAAUUUGUGUGUGUGUGCAAAGCAAAACAAAACAUUCUGCUCUAGCUGAUUUUAUGUUUCUGUGUUUCAGCUCCCAGUUCCACCCAUCAGUGCUUCUAGCCGCUGGGCCUGGGAUCAAGAGGAAGAAAGAAAAAGACAAGAGAAAUGGCAAGCAGAACAGGAUCGCUUACUUCAGGUGUGGACUUAAUAAUGCAAUGUCCAUCACUACAAGGUUGUCUCUGGAUUUGGCCAGCCAGACUGACCUCCAAAAUAAGCCUAUUCUGGAAUUUAUGCUGCCAAUAGAAAUGGUCUAUAGUGAUUUAAGGUUAACUUAGUGAGGCUAGGUUUUGGAGAGUAUAUAACUGCUAUUUUAAAGCAAUUAAAGAUGGAAAUCGCCACCAUUGAUACUAAACAUGGUAUCAAUAUGUGGUUUAUAAUUGCUUUGUGGUCCAACCCUUUGUAUAGAUACUUAGAAUAAAAUCUCAUUUUGCUAAUAGGUUUUAUUUCCAAAUAAGCACCUCUGAGUUCAUCCUAUUUUGAUGUCUCAUCAUCUGUUUUAGAGUAAAAGGCUUCUGGGGCAAAGCAUAUGCCAUCUUAAUAUGUUCUUAUGCAUCCUGAAUGCUGCUGUCUGAAAACCAGUUGUGUGUUUAUUACUGUCCAACCUCCCUGUGUUCUAAUCCAUUGCAUAAAUCUCUGAGAAACUAGAUGCUUGAGACAAAACUGAAUCCUGCUUUGAGAUGAAAUGUUAAAAGUCCGAUGACUUAUUUUUGCUUCCUAAACGGAUGUUAAGGUUAACCCAUUCCUUUCUAGGAAGAGUGGGUUGCUUCUUAUAGGAAGAAGUAAAAUAAAAGGUAAAUGAGAAAGUACCUAGGUAACAAUUACUGUAUUUGUACAGUGGUACCUCAGAUUAAGAACUUAAUUCGUUCUGGAGGUCUGUUCUUAACCUGAAACUGUUCUUAACCUGAAGACCACUUUAGCUAAUGGAGCCUCCUGCUGCCACUGUGCCGCCGCUGUGCCGCCGCUGCACAAUUUCUGUUCAUCCUGAAGCAAGGUUCUUAACCCGAGGUACUAUUUCUGGGUUAGCAGAGUCUGUAAUCUGAAGCGUAUGUAACCCGAGGUACCACUGUACAGCGUUAGAAUCAAUUACAAAUUUGUAUUAUACUUCUGUGCCACCAUGCCUUUAAAGGUAAAGGACCCCAACAGUUAAGUCCAGUUGCAAAUGACUCUGGGGUUGCAGUGCUCAUCUUGCUUUACUGGCCGAGGGAGCCGACGUUUGUCUGCAGACAGUUUUUCCAGGUCAUGUGGCCAGCAUGACUAAGCUGCUUCUGGCGAACCAGAGCAGUGCACGGAAACGCUGUUUACCUUCCUGCCGGAGUGGUACCUAUUUAUCUACUUGCACUUUGACGUGCUUUCGAAUUGCUAGGUUGGCAGGAGCUGGGACCGAGCAACGGGAGCUCACCCCGUCGCGGGGAUUUGAACCGCCAACUUUCCGAUCAGCAAGCCCUAGGUUCAGUGGUUUAGACCACAGUGCCACUCGUGUCCCAUGCCUUUACACAUCAUCAAAAGUCCUUUUUUGGUAUAUUAGAAAGUACUUUCCCUUGCCAUUGAUUUGCCAGAACUAGCUUUCAUAAGAGUACUGAGAUUUUGACAUGAUUGAGAGGGCACCAUUUGAAAUGAAACUGAUAUUUCUAAUGUAAAAGAGUGUGUGCAAGGCUUGCCCAACUGUGGAUUUAUCUUACUUUGUACAGUACAGUGAUCAUACCACAUUUCUAUGGAGUUUACAUUGACAGAAAAUAUACGUUCAGCUAAUUAUGCCAUGAAAUUAAUACACUUUUUAAUUAAAAAAACCCAGGAGAAAUACAGGCGUGAACAAGAGAGACUGAAGGAAGAAUGGCUGAAAGCUCAGAAAGAGGCUGAAAAGGAGAACUCCAAAUACUUAAAUGAGGUGAGCUCUAUAACUUAUUGUGGAUUACCCUCUCUUUGUACUUCCAUGGAACAAAAUUAACAAUUUGCUUUCUCCCUGGCUAGUAAGCAAAUGCAUCAGAAUCAGGAAUUGCAGGCAACUAUAUUCCACUAGAAGAAAAUCUAAGCAGGAAAAUAAUGAUAAUAAUAGAUUCAUCAGGACAAACUAAAAAUCACAAAUCCAUGAAUAGCAUGAGUUUCUAGCAGUAAUGAUAAAUCAUCUUAAAAUGUGCAUUAAAAAACAUUGAAAGUCAAAACAGAUGCUAACAGUUCCAUUUAGAUAGGUUUCCUCAACCUGGUGCCCUUGAGAUGUUGUUGAACUACAACUGCCAUCAGCCAUGUUGAAGUCCAGAUCCAUCUGGAAGGCACUAGUUUGGGGAAAUCUGUACUAAGAGAUCCAAGCAGAAUUUCUUACUACAAAACACAUAUUGUGUAGUAGUUGGUGGCUUAAUUUGUGUCUUUGUGUCACUGCUUACCUUCACCAGCUGUUGCCGAUCUGUUUCCUUAAGCCAGUUUCAAUUAAAAAUCUUAAGAAGGAAGUCCAAGUAAGACUUUUUUUGACAAUGGAUGCAUUGUCAAUUUGAAUACAAGGUGGAUGGACGAAAGACUGUCGCAUUCACCUUUAUUCAUUUCAACAAACUACCAUCGAUCUUUUAGUUGUCUCUGUCCAUGACCAUGGAGAUUGCUGGAAGACUUCAAGGAAAGUUUAGAUAGAUUUAGCCCUGCACAGAGGGCUCUACAGUGCAGGUCAUACUAACUAAUUUACAAGUGUUCAGUCGCCAGAGGCUUAGCAGGUAUAGCGUUCAGUUCCCAGAUCCAUAAAAUGCAAAGAUCAUAUUUAAUCAUGUAAACUUACAGUGUGACAGACUUAAAUGGUUGAUAAUGGACCACUUAACUGCAAUCAUCCCUAAGCGGUGGAAAAGAAAUACAAUACAGAAAGCUAAAAAUGGGUUAAAAAUUAAAAAUAAAUGCCUGCUUUAAGUUAAAGCAAACAAGUAAAAUAAAACGUAAGUAGAAGUACUAAAUGUGCUAAAUAUGGCAAAAACCAUUAAUUUUAAAAGUUAGAGGCAAGUGCUAAUAAUAUUCAAUGGUUCCAUUUCCUAAAACUCUGCGCCAUCCUGUCGGUUUCAUUUUUAUAAGCCUUGCACUCUCUUCUAGGAGGAGACUGUAUUAAAGCCAAAUACUGUGUCUGUAACUGCACAAGAACCUCCUGUUUCCAUGUGGAGAGCAAAUGGGGAUCACAAGGCUGACUAUUCUGAGGCUGGUAGACGAUGGGAAGAAGAACGAGAACAGGAGAAGAAGGAAGAGGAAAGGAAACGUCUUGAGGAGGCCCAGAGGCUGGAAGAAGCAGCAACUGCGUUACGAAUAGAACAAGAGAGGAAGCGCCAAGAACUAGAACGUGAGAAGGAGCGAAAUGUGUCCUAUGCAGAGGAGCCGAGAUAUCAGGAAGCAGCAGAACAGAAAUUGCAGGUUGAACAAGUCAAGGAAACUUCAAUACAGAGGCCCCAGUAUCAAAGGUGUGCAUUCAGUUUUUCCCUAUGGGGUUUUUUUUUUUUUUGUGCUAUAGUGACCUACAGAAGGCAUAAGCAUACGCUCAAAAAUGUAUGACUAAAAUACUUUAUAUUCAUGAGAAUUUAUUAUAUUGAUGCACAAGUACUUGUGAGUGCAAAAAGCAAUAGAAUCAGCCAAUAGGCUUGUUUUGAAACAAUGUAAGUUUCAAAUUGUUAACUGAACUAUUUAUGUUGAGGUUUGUGGUAGGAUUUUGGUAAAAGCUCUGUUUCCCAUGGCUGCAAGUAUCCCUGGAUGCAAAUACACACUUGGCAGCAGCAACCAAGUCCUAAUGGAGUUCUUGUCACACAUCAGUAUAAGCAUUAUUCAUUUAUCCUCAUCCCACCUUCAUAAAUCAAUAAUAGGGUCUUUCAGGAGGGCUGACACCAAGUGCUACAAUGGGCAAGAACCCCAUAUAUGACUCAGUUAGGAUCUCCCUGGACUUUUGGGGACUCUAGAGCCAAUCCUCACUUGAUAUGUUAGGAUGCAGGAAUCAGAAAUGUGCCCCAUCGCUAAACCAUAAUAACUAUAACACUUUCCCUCUCCAUGACACUACACUGACUGAUUUCCAGAAGAACUGUUUCAGUUAAGCUCUCCAUUCUUGGGCUCCAGCCAGUGCAUCAUCCGGAAUGCUGCCAGCAAAAGCCUGAGCCCAAAAAACAUGUUGCAGCUACUGCAGCAAAAAUUACCAAGGAAAGCCGGAUUAAGUAUUUGCCAUCAGUUGUGCCUCCCUCAUUCUUAAACCAGCUGAUUGUUGUGCGAUUUACAGUUAACAAGGCCUGUUGCAGGCCUGUUGCAAACCGAUGCAUAGAUAACCAGCAUGGUUUAAGAGAAUAGAUGCUAACAUAGGCAUUACCUUUGCAUGUUUGUUUAGGUCAAUGAAGGCUUAUAUGUGGCCCUCUAGCUCCCAUCACCCCUGACUAUUGGCCAUGGUGGGCACGGCUGGUGAGCAUUCGAGGGCAACAGUUUUGCCACCAUUGCUUUAGUUUGCUGUGUGUACAUAGUCCUUAGCACUUACAAUGGAUGCCCACCAGGACUGUCAGAUUUUGCAGAUCUACCAGGGCAGGAAUCCUUUUGGGGGGAAGAAGGCAAGGGCCACAUUACUCUAGUGUAAAGCUUUCGGAAACUGCUUUGCAUAGGUGGCUGUGGCCAUGGAAGCAGACAGUCACACACCUUUAACUAGCACCCAUCCCUUUCUCUCCCUCUCUCCCCUCCCUCCGGUUUCUUCUCUUUCUGCACUGAGACUUUCUGCACUGCACUCCCACGUCUUAGUGCACUAGAGAGGCAACAUUGCAAGCUGCUUUUUUAAAGUUCUUGUGGCUUCCUCUCUGUGCACUAAGGGUAGCCCUUUUCUGAGCCCGCCAAAAGGAAUCCAGGAGAAGUUGCCAUCCAGGCACACUGAAAGCUGUCUGAAUAAUCAGCUAUCUCUGCCCACUGAGAAAUGGGAGCAGGUCCUUGCUUUCUCAUUGCUCAGCUGGAGAAAGUAAGUUUGCAGCGAGGGGGAGGUUUUGAUUUCUCUUCCUCCCUCCACAGACUUCUCUUGCCCAUGUGCUUCUCCGUCACACCAUCGCUGUGUCUUUCCAAUGUUUGUGUCCAAACCUUAAAAAUGAAUUUGAGUGCAUAAGAACCUCAGAUCUUGCAUUGCAAAAGUGAAAUAAACUGUAUAUAUUUUAUUUUAUUUUAUUUUUAUUUUGCAAACUGUAAAUGCUCAGAACUUGGCACUGAGCAUUUCUAAGACAAGUCAUGCUGCUGUUGUAAAUUAUACAACAAAGAACAGGUCUAACUUCCUAAUCUGCCAUCCCUUAUCCUACAGCUUCCUGUUUUCUUGGAUGCAAAUCCAGAUUUGCAAGAAUUUCUUGUUCAAUAUGUGGGAGGCUAUUGUUCAUGGUUUUGUAUCUUCCUGCAGUGCCAGCCAAAUGAGUAUCUCUUCCUGUGUAAUCUAUUCAUUCUAAUGCAUGUUUACUUUAGGCAUUUUGAAACAUCAAGAAAUUCUGAUGAACCAACAGGCUACUUCAGUACUAACAGGUAAAACUAUGCUGGUUUCCCUGUCCUUCAAUUUAUGCUUGUUUGGGAUUCUUUUACAAGUGUGCCUCUGAAAUGCUGGAAUCCUGGUACAGCUUAGGGAAAUACAGCAUUAGUUUGUGGAUUACUUAAUAAUGGGCAACUAUGGAAGUAUGAAGAGGGACGCGGGUGGCGCUGUGGGUUAAACCACAGAGCCUAGGACUUGCCAAUCAGAAGGUCGGCAGUUCAAAUCCCCGCGAUGGAGUGAGCUCCCGUUGUUUGGUCCCUGUUCCUGCCAACCUAGCAGUUUGAAAGCACGUCAAAGUGCAAGUAGAUCAAUAGGUACUGCUUCAGCGGGAAGGUAAACGGCGUUUCUAUGCACUGCUCUGGUUCGCCAGAAGCGGCUUAGUCAUGCUGGCCAUAUGACCCGGAAGCUGUUUGCCGGCUCCCUCGGCCAAUAAAGCAAGAUGAGCACCGCAACCCCAGAGUCGGUCACGACUGGACCUAAUGGUCAGGGAUCCCUUUACCUUUUUAUGGAAGUAUGAUGGGAUAAAGUGUCAUUUCAGCUGCAUUGCCUUAGAUCUCGGGUAGUAAAGGAGGUUGUUGGAACUUCAAUUCCUGCACAUGUGGCCAGUGAUUAGAGGGUGAUGAGUCUGAUAAGAGCAUCUGGGCAGCACCUAGCUGCGUUACCCCUGCCUUAGAUCAUACCACAUAAAACAAAGCCACCACAGCUGCAGAAUAUUUUUGGGGGUUUUAGAAGAGAUAUUUGGUUUUUUAGAAGAGAUAAAAGCAUAUACUAAUAGUAUUUUUGGAAGCCCUUCAGAUAUGAUGUAAUGUAGCAAAGUCAGAUGUUAAAGUGUAAUUCUGUGAUUCACAACAGCCUCUGCACCAUGUUUAUCAGUAUACGUUUCAAUAUAGAGGAAAAUUUAGAUUUGACUGGCCUAAUGAGGCACCAGAUAAUUUCAGCUGUUAUUUUUUUAUCUUCAACCACUAUUGACCGUCAUUACAUCAUACUUUGUUAUAGGCUGCUCACCCACAUGGUUGUAUAAUCUAAAAUAUGAAAAGCAAAGAGUAGGCGUAGAAGUGAGCAAAGAUAUCAACAGUGACAGGAUUUGCUUGAGCUUCUGUAGUCACAUAGGACAUUAAGGGAGGGAAAUAUGUUCAGUGUUCCUGAUCUAUUUUUAAUUGUUACAUCUUCCUUUCAUAUCCAUAUGUCUGAGGCAUUUUCCCAUUAGUGCCUAGUUAUCUUCAUUGUCCUUAUGUAGUGAACAUUGAAACAGCAGUUAUUUCCCACCUUAUAAGAUUGCUCCUCUCCAAAUUAAAAUCAAAAUGAACUGGUUCAAUAUGUUGCAGUCUAUAAUCCUCCAAAUCUUCCUGGGACUCCUGUUCGCUUUAUCCAUAUGCAUUUGCUUGACCCUAUUUCCUGAGUGUUUUAAGGGAGCAACCCUAAUAGGGACAGAGAGCUUGUGGAGCAGUGGGUUGUCUACUACAUUUACAGUUCCGCUGCUUGUGGGGAAGGUUGGGGCAGUUGAUUCUUCUCUUUUGCAGCACCAGCUUUUAGGCUGGGCCAGUGGGGCUCCGACUGGAUCCCUCACCAAGAUAUGAGUUGGCUUUUGUUCCAUCAGAUCUGUCGCUUGCUCCACCCCACCCCUAAAAUGCCCCAUUUGGGGCCAUUGUGUCAGCUGCCCCAGCAGGCACACCAACUGUGCUAACAUGUGGGCUCCCCCUGCCAACCCAAAACAGGUGGAAUAUAGCUGAGGGACACCUCAACCACAUCUUAAUCCCCAGCAGCAGUGCAGAUUAGGGGUCUGGACUAUUCUCUGGAUGGUUCUCCAUAUAUGUGGGUAUGGAUUUAAUGCUGUGCAGGAUUAAAUCUCUCGUAUAAUAAAAUCAUAAUGCUGUUGUCACAUGAGCAGCAUGGUGAAAGGAACAACUAGGACAGGCUGCCGUAGCAUCCUGGCAACUGUCUGCUACACCACUGCUGCCAUUUCAGCCUCAGUGGUGCUAGAGUCUGAGGAGGGAAGCAGCAGAAGAGCAGAUGAUGGGGAGCUGGCCUAGCCAGGCUCUUCCUUUGCAGCUUGUGUGGUCCAUGGUUUGGUUGAGCUGUAAAGUGAGGAAUGUAAAGGGAGAGAGGAGGCAGGGUUAGCCACAUGUAAAGGAAGGAGGAGGAGGUUGGCGAGGGGUUGGGGUAUGUUGAGGUGAGGUGAGUAAAGCUAGUAAUAUGUAACUUCUUAAUUGUUUUUAGAAGUAAAUCCAGAUCAACUCCAGAUCUAGAUGAUCAUCAUGCAAAUAGAAAUGGUGAGUGAUGUGUGCAUGUUUUUGUUUUUUGAAAAAUGGGAUUAAAAACAAAACAAAACAUAGGACAGAGCCUGCUGCUCAGAAACAAUAUGAGAUACUGGAUUAUUUUGUCAUUGGUUGUCUGGUAAGACUGAAUUAUUGCAGAACUUAGGUCCUAGCCUUAAGCCUUGUCUAUGGGUACAGGUAGGUACAGAUCUGAUCUGGGUCAGAAUGUCGAGACAUGUGCACAUUAUUGAACACUAGAUCCCAGGGAGAUGCAACCAUUUGGAUGACUCACAGCUCAUUUUAACACCAGUAUUUUUCUCCACUGGAGCAGAGAUUUGCCUUUGUAAAAAGUAGGCAGAAUGCUUCACCUUUCUAUCAGUAUUCUGUCACGAAUCAUGACUCAUACUACAAGGCAUAUAGAGUAUCGUGCAUCAUAAGAGAUGUUACUGAGUUGGCUUUUUAUCCCCCCUCCACCCCUUUAGUGCACUUGUGUGAUUUGUGUGUCUCUGCUUCUUUAUUUUUCAAAUUAGGCAUGAAGAGCAAACUUUCCGAGCAGUCCUCAAAUGCUGGUGACUCACAGAAGAGAUCUCAGAAAGAGCAUGGCUUGUCCCCAGCUGAGCUGGAAAGACAGCAGAUCCUUCAGGAAAUGAGAAAGAAGACAUCCCUACACACAGACAACAGCUGGAUCAGACAACGCAGUUCCAGUAUGCACAAAGAGCCUGUUAGUCUAAUUGGCACUAAAAUGAGGAGGUAAUAUUGAUUCACUGUGUGUUGCCUAUCGUUGACUGUAUGAUGCUUAUGCCAUUCUGGAACUGUGAUUGAUUUACAAAGCAGUCAAGGAAAGAAUUUAUUUUAAUUUGAGAUGGAUCAAAUUUUCAGUUUUUUCAUGAAAAUUUGUAUUUUCCCCUUGGAUAGUGAGAUUCCUGGUUGUAGUGCACUGUUUUUGAAGUUGAUGUAUCAUUUAAGCAGCAUUUGUUAUGAUCCUUGUUCCUAUUUGAGCUGCAUUAGCAAAAUUUGUUGAUGAAAUAAUUUUUCUUGGAUUCCCAAUGUGUGUGUGGGUAUUCACCCUGUCUGAGAUUGAAAGAGCUAUUCUUGUUACACUCAAGAGCCUUGGGUCUGCUUUUGUUUUGUUGGAACAGCAGGCCCACAGGCUAUCUCCCAAACUGAUUUUGAAGCUCCUCUCAAUUUUGGAAGAGAGUUUCCUUGAAGCUGGAGAAACUGCUGCUUCUGAAACAUGAAUCCAUUGCCACCUUGGCAUGGUCCUUUAGACCGCCUGUGUAUUCAUGUAGAAAACAACUCGCUUCACAGUUGGGAGUUCAGAGUUUGUCACUUUGUGAACCUAUUAAAGAAAUUGGCUUUGAAUCUGAACAUCUGGGAGCAUUGUUAACAUCGUAAGAAAAGUUCAUCUUCCUGCUUUCCCACAAUUGCCAGCCAAAUGCCUAUGGGAACCUCACAAGCAGGGCAUGAAUGCAAUAACCUUACCUUACCCUUUGUCAGUGGUAUAUUCUGCCUCUGAAUCUGCAAGUUCCAUGUAGCCAUAUUUUUAUGUUGAGAACUGCCCUGAGGUCUACAGAUGAAGGGUGGUAUACUAAAUGGAUGGAUGGACAAACAGACAGAUUAGUAGUCUCUAUGAAUUUGUCCAAAGUUCUCUAAGCUAGUGGCCAUCAAGGCAUCUCCGUGAUAGAUGGCCAUCCACUCUCUGCUUGAAAUGAAGGAGAGUCCACCACAUUCUGAAGAGUUCAUUCCACUGUCCAACAGAUCUUAGCAUCAGAAAGCUCUUCCUAAUGCUUAGUCAGAAUCUCCUUUCUUGUAACUUGAAUCCAUUGGUUUGGGUCCUAGCUUCCAGAGCAGGAGCAAGCAAGCUUGCUCCAUCUUCCACGUGGCAGCCCUUUAGAUAUUUGAAGAUGGCUAUUAUGCCUUCCUUUGUUUCCUCUUAUCCAAGCUAAACACACCCAGCUGCCUCAAAUGUUCCUCAUAAGGCUUGGUUUCCAGACCCUUGCUCAAGUUGGUUGGCCUCCUUUGCACACAUUCCAGCUAGUCAAUAUCAUUCUUAAAUUGUGGCGACCAGAACUGGACACGGUACUUCAGGUGUGCUCUGACUAAGAUACCAUUUUGUUACCAAAAAAAUGCAAACCUGUUGAAGCACACUAUGUCCAUGCUCAACCUUCACCUUCUGGCUACAAUGCCAGCCAUAUAAUCUUCUUUUUUUUAACAUACAGAGGUGAGAGUUUGGAUAACCUUGAUUCUUCAAGAACAAAUUCCCGGAGGCCUCAUUCUUGGAUGGGCCAGUCUGGAUCUUCACUGUCUUUAUCAUCUAGUCAAGAUUUUAGUCACCAUGUGCCUCCUGUAGUGGCCACUUCAAAUCGUGCCUACAUGCGCAUACCCUCUUCCAGCCUGCCAUCUCCUUCGGCCAGUUCCAUGAAAACUUCAUCCUUGCCUCAUGUUCUUCCAUCUGCGCAAUCUCCUGUUCCCCGUUCUCAGUCACCAACAUCUGCUUCCCAGUCUGGAACUCAGCAACGCAGCAGGUAUGGGGUUCUGUCUAAAACUUUUGGCUAAAAACUUUUAUGUAUAACUUAACAUUACUGAGUUUUCAUAAAGGAUGAUGUAGAGAACAAUGAACUCCUUCCAUCCGUGCAGAAAAUAAUUAAAAUGGCACCAUUUAUUUUUAAGCUGCGAGUUCUGGAGACCCACACAGAGCUGCAGAAUGUGUUUUGCACUACAUAAUUAGAGGGACAUAAAAAUUAUUUUGUCAGCUCUGCCUCUUUUGCUGUUUUAUUCUUAAAGUGAUUUAUGUCUCAAAGUGUAUGUUUAUAAAAUCAAGCCAUACACACAUAUAUUCUGUAAGCCAGUGGCUCAGGCAUUGGGUAUAUAUCCAUUUCAACCUCCUUCUGGAAGGCUGAAAUUUUGAACAGGGUCCUGCCAAAGAUUGUGGCCACCCCAAGAUGUGCUUCCACUGAACCCGAUUCCCUCUGACCCCUUCCUCAUAACUGAUAUUUAUGGGUUCCAAAUCAGUUUUGCAUGGUAAUUAAUGUUAUACAAUUCCAUUUUACAAUGUGUAUUUAAUUGGAACAUGAAUGCACACAUUUAAGCACCCAAAUACCAUGUUCACCCCUCCUUGUUUCAGGGUUGUUGAAUACCGUACUUUUCCGUGUAUAAGACUAGGUUUUUUUUCUUUAAAAAUUAUGCUGAAAAGUGGGGGUCAUCUUAUACAUGGAGCCACCCCCCCCCCCCCGGCAUUUUCUUAAAUUUGAGUCCCCCAAAAUAGGGGGCAUCUUAUACAUGGAAAAAUACGGGACUUUGUAUGGCCUUUUCUGUGAAAAAUGUACAUUAAGAGCAUGUUUAUAUUAUGUAAAUAAUAUGAUACUUGUCUUCUUGCAACUUUUUAAUGCUGGUUUUUAACCUCUCUGGUUUGAGAGCAGACCAUGGUUACAUCAGUUUUGAUGACACGGUAAAAUCAUGCUUAUUGAUGACAAAGCAAGGACUGGAAUAAGCAUUUGCGAGCUCAUCAGGAAGUUUCCAGUCUCCCAAGUGUUAGUGAUCAGCAAUACAAUAUGUGAACUAGACUGUAGUGUUAUCUUCAAAUUUUAUAUGGCAGGACUUCAGAGAGGUUUCUGUUGUAUAUCCCAGCCUAGUGCUGUGUUGCCUAAAAAGAUACAGCUGUUGGGAUUUGGAUAGGAGCACUUUCUGAAAUGUAUUCAUAAUCAUUUCCCACAGAUAAAGAAAGAGAGAGGAAUCUAAAUCAUAUAUUCCUGCAUGCUAAAUUUAGAAAUGCUUUGGACAUUGUAAUUUAUAUUGAAAAUUUAUGGUGGCACUAUAUUGCAUGAGAGAUUGCUGAAGGUACUCAUUUAAUCAUUGAAAUGGUAACUUCUUUUCCUGAUUUGAAAAUUUCUGUUCUAGGAUAGUAACUUGCAGAUUUCUUCUAGCAGUCCUGGGUUUGGGUUCAUUACUCAUGCUGUUGUAGCACUUCUUUUCAAUGACAUUUCUCUAGUUUCCUAAAAUCUGCCUCUCAGCCGCUUUCUUGUUCUGUAUCUAGGUCGGUCAGUGGAAAGCGAGUGUGCUCAUACUGUAGAAACGUUCUGGGCAAAGGAGCAGCCAUGAUCAUCGAAUCUCUUGGUCUUUGCUAUCAUUUACAUUGUUUUAAGGUGAGAGGUGGGCAAAACGCCAGGGAGAUGGAGGAACCUUACACUGCAGGCUAGCAUGGCAACUUAGAAGACAAUGAAUUAGGGGCUCUGCUAAUCAACCUUGCGCUACAUGCAUAACUCAGCCUGGCAAAUAUCUCUGCUUGCUCACCUGCUUCAAAUUAAAAUAAUCAGGUUCUUGAUUUGAUUGAGGAUUUUGAAAUACGUUCCAUCAGUGGUUUCAUGCAACCUUGCACACAUCUGAAUUAGCAUUCUACAUUUGCAAUUACAUCCUUAAUCACGUAAGGUAGAUUAGUUCGGUCUUCAAAUCUUCAUCUGUUUGCCUUCACACAAUGAGGGUAGUUAAUGUAUGGAAGAAUAUAGUCCCUCUGCCGCCACCACCACACACUUCUGGCUCCAAUAGGAAACUUCCUGUGCACUUAGGUCAUAAGGGGGUGGGGCUUUGUGUUGAAUGCCAGCACUGUCUGAAGCUGGUAAGGCUUUUUCAGUGAUGGCACCUAGGAGCUCCUCCUGGUGAAGUUGUUUAGCUUCUGGUUUAGCUUGUUUAGGGUCUUCAGGAAGUUGAUGGAGAAUUCUAGUGAGCCUUUGGAAUUGAAUGGGUUUUAUGGCGGUUCCAUCUGAAAAUAUGACUGCUUUAAAAUCGACAAACAACGUAUACUGAAGUUAUAUAUUACAAGCCAUCCUGAGCAUUUCUUAGAAGCUGUGUGUGUGUGAUUUUUAAAAAUAAAGUAAGAUACACUUAAAGAAGCAUUCUCACACAGAAAUAGUAGCACUGAUGUCAUUGUAAACAUGAAGUCUGACCAGACUUUAAGAAAGGAGAUGUAGGGUGGCAGGAAUCUGAUUGUGACUCAUGCUUGGUGCCAAAAUCACUGCUUUUGAUUCUUUUGUGCCAUGGAAAUCAUUCUGUUUCAGAAAGCAAGACUCUCGUUUCCUAAUCCCUGGCUCAUUCCUCUUCUCUGCUUAAAGUGCGCAGCUCUUCGCAUUGCUUGUUUCUAGCAUUAUAACCUCUCCUGCAUAUUAACACCCCCCCUCCCGCUCUUGCUCAAGAGGGUACAUGGUUCAAAUCUUUUAUUUGAAAAAUCAUUGCAAAAUGUGUUUGUACUGCUAAUUGUUCCUUUUUCUUCACAGUGCAAUGCUUGCGGGUGCGACCUUGGGGGCUCUCAGGCCGGAACUGAAGUCCGGAUCCGAAACAAUGAACUCUUCUGCAAUGACUGCUAUCUCAGAUUUAAGAGUAAGGGGUUCCUUCAACAAUGCUAAAGUUUUGAUUACUUAUGCCUACACCAAAUGCUUUUCAGAAUUAUAGUUUUCCUCUGUGUAUGUGAUAUAGGGAUGAUUUGUGUUGUAGUGGUUGUUUCUACUGGGAUUUGGGAGGAUUUUCUUCUUGGAUCAAUGAGGCUAUUUUUUUAUGAUUUGAAAUAUUUAAAAAGAAAAAAUGGAACAAUUAUCAAAAGUGCAAUUGGAGCAAUAGGACUAAAAGAAAAGAAACCAGUAUAUCUGAGGGAUAGCAUUUACAUUAUUUUGUAUUUCUCUCACUAUGUGUCAUGAUACAUUAAAAGUACUCCACCUACAUAUUAAACAGUUGAUUAGUAAUAAUUAGGGAGGAAGAUGAAUGGUUUAUAGUGUUUUAGAUAUUGCAAGUUAUGACAAAUCAUAAAUUUUAUUCUGCUUUGAAGGAGCAUUCUCCUCUGGGAGAAGGAGGCUUCCUCUUAGUGGUCACAGCUGGAGGAAGACUUGACAUAAAGAGCUGAGAAAAUCAAUUUUUCAUUGGCUGGGAUCCUAAGUAUGCUUUUAAGGAAUUCAGCUUCAUGAAAUCUGUUGGGUGGCCAACUUAUUAAAUAUCUUAGAGAUUAUGGGGCCUGGUUCGUCUGCUCUCUUAAUCUUGUUAUACUCAGAUUUGUCUUUAGGAAAGCUUUGCUGUGCAUCCCACUGCCAUCAGAAGCACAGUUGCUGAUCACAUGGGGCAGGAACUUCCUGGCUGCAGCAUUUUAGACUGUUGUUUGUGCUGUACUUUUGUACUGUUUUAUUGUUGUUAGCCGCCCUGAGCCCGGCUUCGGCUGGGGAGGGCGGGAUAUAAAUAAAAUUUAUUGUUAUUUUUAUUAUCUUGCCUUAUUUACCUUCAGUGUUUACUGAAGACUGCCUUAUUUUUAACCAGCCUUCAGUAUUAGUUGCUUGCCUUCCAAUUAUGGAUUCUGUGGGCUGUUGCUGUUGGAUUUUGAUCCCAGUUCGUUCCAUUGUUCGGGUCUUUUAUAGUUAUUAUUUUUUAUUUUACUCAAGUUUUGUGGCUAUUUAGUAUGCUGUCCUGAGGGGCCUUUUAGGUGGGAUAAUGUGUGUUGUGCUGUGUGUGCCAUUUUAAUAGUUGCUUGACUUAAUUUGCAAGGGACGUGGGUGGCACUGUGGUCUAAACCACAGAGCCUAGGGCUUGCUGAUCAGAAGGUUGGCAGUUCGAAUCCCCGCGACAGGAUGAGCUCCCGUUGCUCGGUCCCUGCUCCUGCCAACAUUAGCAGUUCAAAAGCACAUCAAAGUGCAAGUAGAUAAAUAGGUAAAUGGCGUUUCUGUGCGCUGCUCUGGUUCGCCAGAAGUGGCUUAGUCAUGCUGGCCACAUGACCCGGAAGCUGUCUGCAGACAAACGCCGGCUCCCUCGGCCAGUAAAGUGAAAUGAGCGCCACAACUCCAGAGUCGUCCAUGACUUGACUUAACAGUCAGGGGUCCCUUUACCUGACUUACUUUUAGGUGGAGAUGACAUAUCUGAAAUGUCAGCUCCGCUUUGACCCAACAGAUUUUUGCUUUAUAUGAAAUCACAGGUCAGCGUUUUUAACCUUACACAAAUUCCAUUAUAGAUGAAGUGGAAGUACUUUUACUAGUGUAGCCUAUCUAGGUUUCUUUUGAAGUAUGAGGCUUUGAAGAGUUAGUGGCCUAUCCAUGUAUGAUAUUUGGAAGGAUCCCCAGCUAGAAAUCCAGUGUAGGUUGAUGUUACCUUGUCUCUUCCAGGGACUUUGGCAAGAGUAGAGUGGCCCCCUUAGCAAAGCAUUAUGAGUUACAGUAGUACCCUAACGCAGAUCUCAGCCUUGUUUGGAAAUAGUUCCUCACGCAAUGACUGCAACAUCAGGGGAUUAGCUUUCUGUGUAAAUGAGCCUUUGCAUAUCUAAUAACACAGACGUAAUAUUCAUAUCACCUUGGUGCCACUUGAAAUGCAAUGCUUUUCCGUGGAGCCAAUUCACAUCUUUAGAUGUUUCAUUUUCUUGAAACAUCUGAGUAGGAAAGAAACUUGAAAAUGCUUUCUUGACUUAACAUGUCCUGUCAAGGUAGCUUUUGUGUUCCUAUUUGGGUUUUUCCUUAUAAUCUUGCUUUUUUAUAUUAAUCUGCUUUUUUAUGUCAAUCCACAUCCCUGCCUUUUUAGACUCCCUGCUGCUCUCAGCUUCUGCUCUUCUCAAAAUGCCUAUAGGUGACUCCAAAUUCAGGGGUUCAGGACUUCUGUCUGCAUCCAGCCCUGUAGUGGGAUACUUCCACCCAUGUUGCUUGCUUGCUAGCCCACAUAAGAUUAUAGGGACUGGUUGUCUGGCUUUCCGUACUGUAAGACUCUUCCAAUCACAGUGGAGGCUGCUUCAGACACCUUUAAAGUGCCCAGUUGUGCAUGGUAGCAUUAACUUGUAGCCAAAAUAUCUGCCCAGUGGUUUCAUGCCUAAGACUCCAGUUUUUCUAGCCCCUCAUGUUGGUUAUGUGAACUUUUGCAAUUGUUGAUGUGGAAGGAAAAGCUGAGGAAAAUCAUUCUUAGUGCAGUCGAACAUCAUAACCAGUGUAGGUGUUUAAAUUUGAGGCCAAAUCAUAUGGGCACAUGCCCUUAGACUUUUCACCCUCUUCCAUCCUCAGUAUAUUUUGGGAUGCCAUUUAAGAACACGCCUGUCGUUAUCGUUGCUGUUGUCAUUAUUUGAGUCCCUUUAAAGGGCUAGUCAUGUUGUCCUGGUCUUCUGAGGGCCAAAAUAGAUAUCACAUUAUGUUAAAUACUUUCAUGCACUUUUGUGACAUUUUAAUGUGAGUAGCUCUGAGCAGCACUGGGAACACAGUGGAUGUGGAAGGAGAGAUUAACCCUUUUUCCUGCUGUGAUGCUCAUGGAAAUUCUUCUUCUCUCCUAUGUAUCAGGAGAGAAAUGCUCAUUGGAGCCUGACCGUAACUUUCCACAAUUCCAGGCAGCUACUAACUUGCGGUAGCUUCAAGUCUCUCUCUCCAAGUCUCCCCCUCCUUUUCUGUCCAUUAGUUGGCUCAUGAGUAAACUUUUGUUACAAGAGCUCCUUCUGCUGGCCUUGUGAAAAUCCAAUAGCACUUAAGAGUGCUAGUUCAUUCAACUUGUUGGGGGAUCUCAUUAUGAGAGCUUGAAAAUGAAAUUCUCAGGGUUCUACCCCCAAGCUACCUUACUUUUCCAGAACAGUUUGGAUGUUGUUAACGCAAUUAAGCAGAAUGCAAGAAAUAUUUGUGGAUUUUAAGAAAGCAGUUUGCAGUGGAGAUGUUUUUAUCUUCCUGAACCCUUGCAUUAAUUAAUCCUUCUCUUUCCUCUUAUUUUAAACAGCUGGACAGCCAACCAUUAUGUGA